AGACAUUCUAAGUAUUGUAGAAGUGGUUGGAAUCUACAUUUUCUGCUCUGAGAACAAAUGUCUCAGAAUGCAGCAGGGGCAUGUUCAAACUGGGUCCGUCCCACUUUGAAAUAUGGCCCCAUGUGACUUUCAUCAGUUCCCAUCCCCAGCCUUCAGCCCAGACCUGGAUGUGGGUAGAAACCAACACACCUAAGGAAAGAGGCAGACAUCUGAGCCAACAGUGGGGAUUGUUGCCAAAGCUGCUUGCAUCACAAAGGUACGGAUGUCAUCUCCUAGUAACACAGAAACAGAGAUGGGCUACAGUUGAAGAGGAAGAGGGGAAGGAAAUAGGAGUUGUGGGCACAAGAGUCCCAUGGGAUGGAGAGAGGGAGGAAGCAGGAAACAAGGAAAGACAAAGGUGCAGUUCAACAUCUACACAAACCCACUGGGAGACUGGGAAUGCAGUGUCAUCAGUGUGCAGAAUGAUGUCCACCCUUAUCUCUUCUAUGAGAUGCUAUGGAAGACCUGAGCCAUCAGACACUUCUUCUCACUUGUCCUUUGUUAGAACAUCUUCUGUCUUCGUUGAGAUCAUGGUAAAACCUUAUUGGGUAUCCUUUUUUUGCUAGGUUUCCCCCUAAAUGUAAUACUGAACUCAUCGAUGCCUAUAAAUGUCUGUGUAUGAGAUUUUUUAUUUUAUUUGCAAGGUAAAAUUGUGUAGCAGUUAUUGACUUAGACGUGAACUUUCUAACUACAGUCAUAAUUCAAUUGUUUUUGAAUUAUCUAAAAUACAUAAUUGUUCAUAGGCUGGCAAUGUCAGUUUUAACUUUAAAGAAAGUGUUGUUAAGCUGAUGAAUAUUAUCUAGGAAUUCAGCAAAACAUAAUUCUCUGCUCACCAGUUACUAGAAUUUGGCUAUUCUACUAAAACAUCCAUUUCCACCCUGGUAUCCUCCAGAUUUUUGGGACCACAGCACCCAUCAGCCUCAGCCAGCAUGACCAGUGGGCAGGGAUUUGGGGAGUUGUAGUACAGCAUUGUUUUGAGAGCCCCAGGUUGGGAAAGGAUGUACUAAAGGAACAGUGACCUUUCUAUUAUAAUAUGUAAUGAUCGGGCAAUACAGUAUUGACAGUUACAACCCAGUUGCCAUUCUGUUCUAGAAAUAUUCUCCCCCCACCUGUGUUUUUUCCAUACUUCUUUAUCUUGCUGGGUUUUUUAAAAAGGUUACUAGUGUCUGGCACAUAAAAUUGACCCCCCUCUUUGUACUUCCACUUUUUAAUAUAAGUUACCCCUUUUAUGCAAGCACCUUUUUUAUAGAAUUCUCUCCCUGCACCCACUUCCUUGAGUAUAUUCUAUUAGCUUUCUAAAUUGGUGGUGCCUUUUUUAAUUAGAGGCACUACUGUCAACAUUUUAUCCUCAUAAAUUUCUAUUUUUGUGCCCAUUCAUCUUUCAUUUGUCCUUUCUUGUGUUCCUACAGUUCACUUUCUGUCUUUAAAAAAUGCUCCUUUCCUAACUCGGACAUCUGUCUAUGGCAUUCUAACUUCCUUAUUAUAUUCCCGUCUUUCUGUGGAUGUACAAUGUUUUCAUCUUUACUCCUUUUAAUAAUUAUGCCCUGUAUUCCCUUUUUCUGUUCAUAUGGUUUAUAAUUCUUCCCCAUAGACUAUCAGCAGUCAUGUAUCACUCUUCUAUAUUUUCCCCAUUGGUCCCAGAAAUUUGUGUGUGAUUCAAUCUGUGACUCUCCGUUCCCUCACAAAAUGCUUAAUUGUUCAGUUACCUGCAUUCUUAAAGUUAAUGUUCAGUUGUCACCAACAGACUCAGAUUCCCACUCACUGCAUUCCCUGCCUUCCAGUAGUGAUUCUGAGAGGAAUGCUCAUUUUGCUUAAUCAAUUAAAAACAUGGCCCACUUAAUUGGUCAGCAGACCUUUUUUAUAAUAUGCAUUUGUGAUCAGAAACACAGACAUCAACAUAGAUAAAGCAGGUCAAAAUCCUCCAACCCCAGUUCCCUAGCUCUAAUCACUAUAAAAUUGGGGAGGCAGGCAUUUCAGCAGUUUUCAGGGUGCAAAUGUAAUUUAACAGAGGUCUCAGGAACUAUGUCAACCAGGCAACUAACAUUUUUUAUUUCCUAGAAGGCCUCAUUCCAGUGGAUAUUGGAAGGGGCCAAUAACAGCCACUAGAAAAUAAUGGAACCGUUUUUUGUGAGUGUUGCCAUUUGUUUACCCAAACGCACCAUGGUACAGAACAUUCUGGGAAAUUAGAAAUGGCAACUGUCAGUUGGACAGUGCUUCAAAGAGCUCUGGUAAAUUGUGUCCACCCCUUGUGAAAAUUAUGCCCCUCCAAAUCAUGAAAAAGGAGAAGAAAUCUCCCCUUUUUUGCUAUCAAGCCCCCCCCCCCCAAAUUAUUAGUGUGAACUAAUUUGCCUUUCAAGGGUUUGGUCCAGGUCUGAUUCCAAACUCUCUCUCACCCAGGAGGUAGUACCUUUUCAAUUUAGAUACCUUCUCUGGUACCCUGUUUUUAGAAGUACAUGUAAUAAUGAUGUGAAUAAUAAUGCCUUUUCCUUCAAAACUAUUUUAUUCAUCAGAUUUCAUCAAAUAACUAAUUGAGUAAAACUCAUAUAUUUUAUUUACUAAUGUGCCUUUCUACUCAAAAGCAAGCAUAUUUUUUUUAAUUGCAGGCUUAAUUAGGUUAUAGUCACAACUCUGGGCCAAAUUACAAAUUCCUUGUAAGGAAAAAAAUGUAUUUCCUUUCCACCUCAAGAUUUCUUUGCAUUAAGCAAAUAUAUAUAUAUAUAUAUAUAUAUAUAUAUAUAUAUAUAUAUACACACACACACACACACACAUACACAUACACGCAGUAUAUAUAUAAAUACACAGUAUAUAUAUAUAACCAAGUCAAUCCCUGUCUGCAGCUCAUGGUUUAAUAAACAUAUAGACAAUGUUUGUUGUUGUUGUUGUUUUUUAAAAAAGACGGGAUGAAACAGGAACGUAAGCCAAUCCCCACACUGACUUCAUGAAGAUAUAAAAGUAUUUAAUGACCAGGUGGAAUGGUCACAGAGGUUGACUGAGAUGGCUGACGAGCUGUUGGGCACUUGACACUUUUAAAUCUUACUAAUUUUUACUUUUAUUAGCAUUUUGCAUACUUUAAACGUACAGUGGUACCUCGGGUUAAGUACUUAAUUCGUUCCGGAGGUCCAUUCUUAACCUGAAACUGUUCUUAACCUGAGGUACCGCUUUUAAUGGGGCCUCCCGCUGCCACUGCACGAUUUCUGUUCUCAUCCUGAAGCAAAGUUCUUAACCUGAGGUACUGUUUCUGGGUUAGCGGAGUCUGUAACCUGAAGCGUAUGUAACCUGAAGCGUAUGUAACUCGAGGUACCACUGUAUUGGCAAUUUGCUUUGACUUACAACUUCACCCACCCUGAAAUCCCUUCUGCUCUUCAUGAUGAAGCUUGUGAAGAGAGCAGUUCUAAGAGUGGAUGGGACACACUUGGAUACUGUAGAGUUUACUCUUCCACAUUCACAGUUGGAGGGAGAGUUCCAAGGUUGGAGGCCUCCCUCACGUCUCCUUAGCAGAGAGCUUCACCAUCAUUGUCAGUGUUCUGAGGGCAGCACGGCAAAAAGAAGGUAGACCGGGGAAAGCUUUGGAUCAGCCGGAUUCAAAGAAGCCUCAUUCUCCAGACACACCUUCAAAUCAGAGGGGAAGGCUAAAUCAGCCCUGGCAUUGUUAGAUUUUCAUUUUUUAAGAAAGAGGAACUGGUAAGGAAAAAUGGGUUAAACACGGGUAAAGAGCCACUUGCCCCAACUCACACAACUUCUGUCAGGGGUGCUGUGUGUCCAGCAGGGCUUUUGAAGUGGUGGCUCCUUCAUCACAGACUCUCCCCACCAUCAACCCCUGUAAGGUUACUCAGCCAGGGUGCAGUUCUAUACACACUUCCCUGGGAGUAAGCACCACCGAAGUCAUUGGAACUUAUGUGGUGGUAGUAAUAGAGUGGACAAGUAUUGGCUUGUGUUGGGAAAGGCGUCCUUCACACCCUACCAGGAGCUAUAAUUUGUACUGAAAAUUGCCAAAUAUGAUCAUUUUCAAUCUCUAAAUUUAGAUUAGGAGUUUUAGAAUUGGAAAUCUGAUUUUCUGAACCAGAUUAAAUUUAGCUCUAUUGAAUAUGUUGUUUAGCAGUUCUGCCAAAAUCAGCUGCAGCAGAGACAGCCCAGGGCUAUAUUUGUUUCACCUCUAAUUUCUCUCUUACUUACACACACUUUCAGUAGUUUCUUUUUAUAAGAGCAAGAAUGAAUAAUGACAGCCCGAGGAAAUACGAAAAGUAAUUUUUUAUUUAAUUGGUUUUGGACACAAAUGUCAUCUUUGGUUGUUUAGUGGAAGAAAAAAGACAACUGCUAAUGGCAAUGCAACCUUUUGCAAAGAAAAAAUGCUAUUUAAACAAUAAAUUGCACUAUUAUGGAAAUGUCAGCAGUCUUUAUUCUGCAUAUAUGUUUUGAGGUGAACCAAAGACCAUUUAGUCCUCAGUGUUUCCCAAGCAGAUAAUGUUUAUCCCAGAUAAUGGUUCAAAGGCACACAAUGCAGUUCUUCUGCUAAAGCUGUUCAGAAGGUCUCACUAUGUAAGCUGCCAGAGUGGGAAACUACCUGCAACCAUAUGUAAAUUGAUGGGGGAGAAAGAAUAGAGUGGAAGUAUAAAACAUAAAAAUGUAAGUGAAAAAGUGGGAAUGAAAUAUUGUAGUAACAUUGGACAUGUGGAAGAAGUGGCUGGAGGAGAAUUACCUUCCUGCCGGAGUGGUACCUAUUUAUCUACUUGCACUUUUUGGCGUACUUUCGAACUGCUAGGUUGGCAGGAGCUGGGACUGAGCAACGGGAGCUCAUCCCAUCGCAGGGAUUCAAACCGCCGACCUUCCGAUCAGCAAGCCCAAGAGGCUCAGUGGUUUAGACCACAGCGCCACCCGCAUCGUCCCAUUUAAAUGGUAUAAGAUUAGCAAGAUUUACUAACUAAAUUGACCAGGGUAUUGAAAAAAAAGUUUUGUACAGAUACCCUUGUCAAGGAGUCAUAGUUGCCUACAUUUCUGUACUGCGUGUACAUACAGUAGGAAGCCUGGGCUUGCCAGUGUGCAGUCCCUGGAAAAGCCCUGUGGCUCAUGUGUAGGUCUAAGAAUGUAGGUAGCAGCCCUUAGAGUUAAACUUGUUGGUUUGUUAGUUUUUAAAUUUAUAUACUGUCUUUCUUCUGAGCAGAUCCCAGGGUAGUGUUUGAUAAUAUCUAUAAUGAAAACCUUGUAUUUAUCCCACCCACCCCCAAGCCACACGCAGACAAUAGGGUUAAUUUUGAACAGAUACUGCUGUCCUUUUCCAACAUGUUUAUUUCUUUAGGUGGCCAAGAAUAAUUUAUUUCCCUUCCUUCUAAUUCCUCUGCUUUUAUCAGUACAGCUCUUAAUUGCUCACUUUUAGAAGGUGGCUGUGUCUUAAGUUUUAAAACUCACUUUCCUUCGACCAAGAAAGUUUACUGCCCUUCUUCUCCCUUAAUGAGUGCCAAAAUCAUCACGAAAACAUACUUUAUGAAUAAUGCAUCGUGGCCCAAUUAAAUGUGACUGCUGCUUAUUUGUUGCAAGGGGUAUUUGCUACCUAGUAGUCAAGUGGCACUAUCUUUUGACAGACAAACCAACAACCUGGAAACACUUUAACAUAGUGGGAAUUGUAUAAAUUAAAACGGUUCCUGUUUUAAAACCUUCACCUGAAAUAUCAUCCCCUCUCGAACACAUUAAUCAUAAUGUUUAAGUUAAAAACGUGAAACUAUCUGCAUCUAUUUCGUUACACCAGCAGCGGCUGCAAUACAGAAGGAUCUCACAGCGUCAAAACACAAGGAAUAGUGGUGGGGAUUCAGAUGGUGGGGAAUUCUUCUAAAAUCCUGUUGUGAGUUGGAAUUAGAAUUGCAAUUUGGACGGAGAUGGAGACAGAGAAGCAAAUAGCUGUGGGCUCAAAAUGGGGGUAUAUAUUAGGUUCAAAUGCUCACUUCGGAGACCCGAUGCUGGGUUGGUGGAUCUGCUGCCUGCAGUAAGACGGUUGAUUUCAUUCCAAUAGAUUCUGCCUCUAUAUUUGUAAUUAAAGCAAACAUUGCAAAAAUGCCAUGAGUGUCCAGUGCUAUUUCAUGCAGUGGAAACUAAACAAUGUAGUACAGCCCCUGGAGCUUCUCAUCACGUGGGGAAGUGGGGUAAAUAUACCUUACCAUUUGUUGGAUGGAUAAUACAUUCAUGUUUAAUAUAUGUCUGAGAAAUGAGGGUUUCUACGUUGCCACUUCUAUGCCCAUUAUGUGUCGGGUACCAUACUCGGAGGGCAGGAACUCUGAAUGGUGAACCACAAGAUAGGCAGCAAGAUGACAAGGUAUUGCCGUUUAAGGGUAGCAACAAUUGCAGUGAGGCUGCAAUAACUCGGCCAAAUCGAAGUGCUGCUGUAGGAGUGUUGAGAAUUGUCACUGCUGUAACCACUAUGCCAGUGUUUCUCAAACUUGGGUCUCCAGCUGUUGUUGCACUACAACGCUCACCAUGUUGUCAGUCCUCCUAGCUAGGGAUGAUGGGAGUUGUAGUCCAACAACAACUGGAGACUCAAGUUUGAGAAACAUGGCACUAUGCUGAAGGUGUGUGAGAUUUAAAGAGUGCUCUGACUUUGAAGAGGAGGAGGAGGAGGAGGAGUUUGGACUUGAUAUCCUGCCUUUCACUCCCCUUAAGGAGUCCCAAAGCGGCUAACAAUCUCCUUUCCCUUCCUCCCUCCCAACAAGCACUCUGUGAGGUGAGUGAGGCUGAGAGACUUCAGAGAAGUGUGACUGGCCCAAGGUCACCCAGCAGCUACAUGUGGAGGAGCGGGGAAGCGAACCCGGUUCACCAGAUUAUGAGUCCGCCGCUCUUAACCACUACCCCACGCUGGCUCUCUUUGAAACCAUGCACUAUGGCAUCAUUAGAUGCCGGCCACAAUGUGCAUAUUAAAAGUUCUUCAGAAAUGCUCCAAAAUAUUCUCUAAUCUGCCCUCCACCCUGAUAUGUUACUUUUCUAUAUCCAGAGGUUUUUUGGUUUGGUUUGGUUUGGUUUUAGCUGGAAAACCAUUAAGAUACAAUAGCUGACUUUCAUUCUGAAGCUAUACACUCAAAAAGGACAUUGUCAUAUGCUUUGGUUGAGCUUUUAGACAUUCCUGAUAGACUAUAAUGUACUUUAAAAGUAGUCUGGGUUUCUGUAAAUAAAAUGUCUAUUUUUUAAUGUGGAAAUAAUAUUGUUUCAUUGGGUGACUGGGGAAACCCAGCCAGAUGGUGGGGUAUAAAUAAUAAUAAUAAUAAGGGUCUGUCAUCGUUGUAUGACUGUAUAAAAAUACACAGAUAAUAAGGCUAAAGUUUGGCUGAUUGAGGGGGGAAGUGUGGAGCUGUUUUUAGGAAAUAUAUUUUCCCUCAAGUUCAGUUAAAAAAAAUAUUAUAGCAUGUUCCCCCCCCCCUACACACACACUCACAAGUAUGUGCCCCCACCCCACUAUAGUGGGUAAUAAUAUUGAUAAGUAGUUUAACUGAUGAAUUAAUCACCACAUUCUGGCAACUCUAUGAUUCAUGUCAAUUAUUUAGACUAUAUUGCUGGAAAUGAUUUGAAAUAAUUGCUAGUGAAACAAUAAGAUUCAAGAUCUUUUGGAGUGACAAGGCUCUUAGUUAAACUAAAAAAAAACAAAAAACUGCAGUGCUUCAUUACAACAAGAUGGGGGAAAGUAUUAUGUGGUUUCAAGAUCGUGUGAAAAUUACGGCAUCACCCUAAUGAAAUAAUUCAUGAUUCAUAUCCAUAAAAAUACAUAGUCUUUGAAGGAAUGGGGCUGGUCAUAUAGUCAUAAGUGGCACCUGAAACAAAGUGUUGCAGUGUAGCCCCACUCCUUCAGAGGAGCUCUCUGUUUACAACUCUAGCCAGGAACUGGAGCCUUAUAGUCGUGUGGAGGCAUGAAAGUGUGAGGAGUGGGAAAUUAGCAUUUCCCCCCUUUCCCAUCCCUUGAGAGCUUCCCUUUCUGUGAUAUUUAGUGCUAGAGAGCUUAGGGUAGGGGCUGCUAGCCCACAAAUCUGAGUGUUUUAUAGCUGUGCAGUGGGAUGGGGUGGUUGAGAGUGGGUAUCCUUUGUCCCUUGCCUUCCUCCCGAAAUAUUCCUGUAAACAUCCCAGCUCCCAUAGUGGUCCCUCCUUCCCCCAACGGCCACCUCAGAGGUGCCCAAAGGACCAUCUGGAUCUGAGGGGAGUGAGAACAAGUCUUUUACUUUCGUUGUGGCAUAUUUGUAAUGCUUUCUGUUAUAAUAAUCUUAUGUAAACUGCUUUUGUGAGGGGGCAUCAGAAAAAAAAAUCUCCCCAAUCCUAAUCCCCCCUCCUUUUCAAGAUACUUUCUAGAAUGGACUUGAACAGGCCAAGGCCCUCUUUGUUUUAAAACCUUUCACCUCCUUUCUUUUUCCUUUCUCUCAGCUGUUACCUUCACAUUGCGUACAUCCUAGAAGCUCAAAAGUACUUGUCAGACUUUAUGUGUGAGAGAGAAACAUACUUUUUCUUGUUCAUUUACAGAUAGUUCUGUAAAGCUGGGGUGAUGCAUCCCAGCUACAUCCAGAAGCCGCCAUAUUGAUUUUGAAUAGUCCUGGUUUACUUUCAAACCAUCUAAGUUUGUUUUAAGAGGAGUAGAUGAGCAGCUCAUACAGACAGCUUCUAGAUAAGUUUUAUCAGAAGUAAGUCUCAUUGAAUCUGGUGGCUCUUAGAUUUAUUCUACAUAUUAGAAUAUGGCGGGAGAAUCCUGCUCUGCCCAAGCUUUGAUCUUGGGCUUCUGGAGGCUUCCUCCCAAGAGGUGUGGGGAAAGCCAGAGGAGCUUGACAUCCUACAGAGAAUAAAUGAGGUGUCAUCGGUCCACAACUCUGGUUUAUUUGCCCUGUUAUUUCUCUAGUUAUCUUUUUGAAGUAAUCAUCCACCCUGUCCGUCCUAACUGCUAGGGAAGAUGAGUUGAGUAAGCUAACUAGGAAAACAGAAUGGGUCCCUGGCAUUCCCCUCCUCAACUUCAAAGUAAGGCCCUCCAACAUUCCUCAGGUGGGAGCCUUCAGAAUUCUGAAGAAUCAAAGCCAGGAUGCUUUUCACAUGGUGAGUGCAGUGAGACAUUUAUUGUAUGUUAAUUAAAUAUCAAUGAAAAGAGCACUGAUUUUCAGUUACUUUAAUUAAGGCGUACAUCUUCAUUACCUGAAAAUGGCCAUAAGUGGCACAGGCAUAUUUACAAGCUCCCUGAAUAUAUUUGACAGCGAUUUUUAGAGAACAUUGGCUCGUUCUCUGUUGGCUUAGGCCUUAGUGGUAGAGAAUCUGCUCUGCAUGCAGAAAAUCCCAAAUUCAACCUCCGGCAUCUCCAGUUAGAGCCAGUAGAUUUCCACUUGUGCAGUGAGACUUUUUGCCUCUUUUCCCCUCCCCUGCCUCCCCCCAAAAUGGCUCUGGAGAGGUUAUGAGAACCAUCUGAACAGCACACAGUGGGCAGGAAGGAGGAUAGCUCUAUCUUGCAAAAUGCAAUGUUUGUGUAGAUGGACUGUUUAUAACAGUGCAAGGAUGAAUUCUCCCCAGCACCAGUAUGUUACCUGCUGCUUAUUUUUUGUUCCGCAGUACCUCUUUAGUUUCCAUUUCUGGAGCACACUGAGCUGAAGGUCUUCAGUGCAACAGCACCCACCCCCCACAGCCCAGUUCUCUUGGCUACAUAGUCACAGGUAAUGCAGACUCUGACAGGUUAUAGUUGAACCUAACAUUUCCCCACAGUGUGCAUCACUUUACACUUAGUGUAUUUCACCUGGCUUUUUGUUACCCUUUUACUCAGAUUAGAUCUUUUUAGAGUAGUGUCUGCUUGGGAUGUAUUUAUGGAAAGGUUUUCAGGUACCAAAAUAUGCCUUUGGUAACCUCUUACAUUGCCGCACUGCUUCCAAACACUAGGUCAGCCUAGUGUUUAUGUCUCUGGCAUUUAUCGUCUUAAAACACAGCUACGUUGUUCUUUUUCUCAGUUUGGAUAGGAGCUGGUUUGAGGGGGAAUGGAUCAAAAUACAUUAAAGGAACGACAAGAUGGGUACAGGAUAGAUAUGGAUUGUGGCUAGUGGUGUGUGUACUCCACUUCAUAAACUGGGGGUGAGGGGAGUACAUUGGAUGCAGAGUUAACAGGAGUGCGUACACAACCUCUGAUACCAAAUCAGAUGAAUGCUAGCCAGGCACAUGUCAGGAGUCACUAGAAAUAAGAUUGGAACCUCUGGUUCUGUAUGCUUCUUCCACAUGUGUCCAGCUACUGUUAUUGCAAGUCAAAUCAUUCUUCCAUGGGCUAAAUGUGUUCUUUCACUCAAGGGUGGUUUUACCUGUCCAGACUAUUAAUUUGAUUUGGAAGACACAAAGAAGGUUUUCUAUAAAGAUAUGCAGGUAAGGUUGGUCCUUCGCUUAGCAGAUAUGCCUACUUAGCUGUGCAAGGUCUUAUAAAAAAAAUAUUACUCUUUGAGGGUGCUUUAUUUGUGAUUAAUAACAAAUAUACAUUAGGUGAAGUUGAAAAUAAAGCAAUUUAAUAAAUACUUGGGGGGAGGGAAUACUUUUCAGUGCUGACCCUUAAUUAAGAUGAGGGGCGAUGGAAGCAUAUGCAUCACCAUUUACAGGGCAUGAUUCAGUCAUCCAGCACACACUCUGCUGUCCAUGAUGCUAACAAUUGAGUUUUGUUUUGUUUUUGUGCUGCACACGCAAGCCACCCAGAAGGGCCCUACUAUAUUAGCCCUUAGAGGAUUCUCACACCAUAAUUCUGUUCUUCAUUGCAUCGCUACAGGAAAUGGUUUAGGAGUCUAUGGCUUCUUGAAUCCACCUGACAGGAUUUUCAUCAGUGUGGGGAAGAAUCUAAAAAGAGGGCUCUGGAAGUUGAAAUGCAGUAUGACUUCUAAACACUCUUCUAAUCAAGCAGAAAACAGGAAGAGCUUUUGCCGAGACAGCCAGAUACUGUUGAUGAAAGAAUUUAUCUUUUGUUCCAUAAAUAGGUUUCAGUCCAUCCCUUGCUGACAGAGCAAGAUGCAAGAUAAUGGAGAGGUGAUGAUUCAGGGAGGAAGAGGAUUGGCUGGUCCAGCUUAUUCUUCCUCCUACUUCUCAUUCAGAGCUCUCAUCUGGUGCCUGGACAAAAGGAGAGAGAGAGGGAAUAGAAUGCCUGGAGAAGGAACAAUAAUCUGGGCUGGCCAGUCUUCCCACCACCAAACCUUCCAUGCCACCCUAACCUUGGCCUUUGCUUUGCCUGCUUCUCAUCUUCUACACAUGGGGGGUGGGGGAAGAAUUGUAUCUACAGUGACUUUAUAAUGAUCUUUUUACCCUCUUAAAAUGUUUUCAUAGUAUUCACUCAAAAGCUUUCCAUCUUUGAUGGGCAGAGAUCAAUUUGCCUCAGUUGUUAAGUGAUUAAUUCCUCAAAUGAGCUUUCAAAAUAUUGAUGGCAGAUAAGCUCUGACAUCCACAUACCAUAUUAGCAUGGCUUCGCUUGUACAAUCGUAGCUUCACAGGGCAUAAAUAUUAGAAGAAUAGUGAUGCCAUGAAACCCUGGAAUAUAAUUGGGGUGCUGCUAGUUUUAUAUAAUGGGAGAGCUUCCACUAGAGGUUCAUCAGAACAGUUCCUGGACAAUACCACUUCAGGCUCGAGGUGAGGGGUUUUAGCGUUGCCUUCUCCAUGUCAUCAUAAGUGUUGUAUGUGCAUGGAUUUCCUCAUAUGGGGAAGCAUUCUUCAAUGUGAUCUCCUAUCUCAACUUUAUUUGAAAAUUCUACACAGGUUUCAUCUGAUUAAGGUACCUCUGCCCGUACGGGCCAGUCGUGUCCGACUCUAGGGUUGUGCGCCCAUCUCACUUAAGAGGCCGGGGGCCAACGCUGUCCGCAGACACUUCCGGGUCACGUGGGCAGCGUGACAAGCUGCAUCUGGCGAGCCAGCGCAGCACACGGAAACGCUGUUUACCUUCCCGCUAGUAAGCGGUCCCUAUUUAUCUACUUGCACCCAGGGGUGCUUUCGAACUGCUAGGUUGGCAGGCGCUGGGACCGAGCAACGGGAGCGCACCCCGCCGCGGGGAUUCGAACCACCGACCUGACGAUCGGUAAGUCCUAGGCUUUUACCCACAGCGCCACCCACGUCCCUCUUCAUCUGAUUAGGACCCACCUAACUUACCACAAAAUUUGGCUUCAGGUAAAAUUCACUUUAUAGUUUUUGAAGCCAUGAAAACCUUGUUUCCCCAUCUAAAAACAACAACAACCAGCACCUCCCAAAAUCAAAAAUGCAUGAAAACCUUACUUUCUUACUAUACUUACUAUAAUUUUCUUGCUAAAUGUAAACUUACCAGUUUAGGAUUGUGGAAUGUUUUGUGUAUAACUUAGCACAUAAAGUAGUACUGAUUGGUAUUGUUCCACUCACCCCACCUUCUUUCCUAGGGCAUUGCUUGGCAGGCUUCCUCAAUGCUCCCUUCCUCCUUCAGUUCUAGCACCCACCCAACCUGUAGGUACUUCCUGUGUGCCUUCCUUCUUACAGGCCGGGUGCUACCUAUUUUUUUUGGGGGGGGGGGUUGAGUAUUGUGAGGCAUCCUUCCCUGCCAGCAAUUAAUACUGCCAGGGCAGUAAGAGUAACGCGUAACAAUUUUCUCCUCACCUAGCCACUCCUUCCGCUCCCCAACUCUGGCAAGGUAGGGAAGCAGUGGUAGGGGUCAGUGUUGGUAACAGUGAUGGGAGUUGCAAAUAUUGUCUCGAGUUGUGGGGAAGCAAAACUAGUGUGGAGGCAAUGAUGUGGGAACAUUGCAGAGCAAUUUAUGAAGUGGGAGGUAAUGCAGUCUACUUCAAAUCCAUUACGAAUACACUUUGAUCACAUCUGUGGGUUGCUGCUUCAUAUACCUGCAGUAAAAGACCUGUCUUGAGGUGCCCAUAGACAUCACCUUGCUUAUAUCAUCAUUAGAUGGAGAGGAGAGAAUUGUAUGUCUUUUGCCAACAUGUGUGCCUAUUUCCUGGUCUUUGUGGGCCAUUUGCCUGCAAGUAUCCUAACAAAAGAUGUGCAUCACAACUUUGCCACUGACUAUUCCAUAAGUUUCAACUCCUCCUUCUGGAUGCAUUAACCCUUUCCUUUUGCAACCUCCAUUCUUAAUAUAUAUUUAUAAAAACAUGAAGUAUAAAUGCUUUGUUCCAAUUCAGUUACAAUAUACGUUUUGUUAGAUAUGGAGAUGCAAGCUGUUGCACCAUAAGGGUACCUAAGUAUAUCUUAGAUUUUGCCAGUUGGGAAAAUAAGAAAAAAAAUACAGUGAAAAUUGAAACCAUAAAUAUUGUAGUAAAAGGAGGAAAGUUUUAUUAUCUGGGCUUAGAAACAAUAUGUUGCUAUAGGAAUUCUCAUUUAAUAACUUUAAGGCAAAACCCCUAUCAAGUGGUGGUGGUGUUUUUUUUCUGGAGGGGGAGAACAAAAUUGGGGUUAGGGUGGAACUUACUAGUAUCAUCAGUGCUUCUCACAGUAGUCUUAUGAUAUAUAUAUGUAUGUAUAUAUUUUUAAAAGGUGACUGCCAAGAAAACCAUUGUUGAGGCCAGUGACUUUCCCCUCAACCCCCCUCAAAGGUCCUCCCCAACUUUUGCCACCUGAAUGCCCUGUAUAGACCUCUGCAUUAAUCAUGCAGAAACAGAAAAAACCCUCACCUUUUUAAGACAAGUUCAGAAAAUAAACAUUUGUAUACUGUUGUUAAGGAAUGGCAAUAUGUAUAGAUACCCAGUAAAACUUUGUAAUAGUAUAGCAUAUCAUCAUUAAUAUGCAUCACAAGGCUACAGUACCAUUCACAUGAAAUGGGAAGGGAACCGGGUUGAACGUAGUAGAGUUGGCUUCUUGAGUAAGCGUGGACAGGAGUAGGCUGCAAGUAUCAUACUAACUGCAGAGAAACAUAGCUAUCGUGAACCCAUAUAUUCAUAUCUUGCUCCAUCCCUGUAAAUGAAAUAUCCUUAAGAAUACUAAUAUAUAUUUCUGAGUUCUCAAAUUGGUGUCCUAAAGAUACAUAUUUUCUGGUCCUGAACUUUCGCUUUGAGCUUGCAUGAAUUCAGUGAAGCUCCUCAAUUCUUGUACGUGCUUGCUUGUUCCUUGUGUGUAGGUAUAUAUUUUCAAAGUUCUAUCAAAUUGUUUUGUUUGAUGCAGUGACCUGAGGAAUGAGAAAGCAGAAAUGUCAGAGGCCCAGUUGUCCAAAGGCCUUGUCACCAUGCGGCAAAAGAAGGAUGACUGGCAGAUUCCUAGUUUAGUGCUAAGAGGCUUAUGUAUUUACUGAUGCAGACAGAUACGGUAGCAAUGCUAUAAUUACCAGUCUUAUUACCUUUCAAUACAGGAUAUAGGAGUUUUGCAUCUGUGAAAUUGGCAGUAAUUUAUUUUAACGUGCUACUUCUAAAAGUAUUUCAAUCAUCAUUCUAAAAGGUUUUUCUUCUUUUAGAAAAAUGCAAUGUACCAAUAUUUCUGCUGGGAUAAAGGGAAAAGACCCAAAAAAUGGGCGGGAGUAAGGGUUAACUCUAAACCUUCACAUUGCUAGAUAAUAGGGCUUGUAAAACCCAACUUUGGAGUCAAAAAUUAUUCUUCAAAACCCUGUUGCAUGUUUCCCAUCCUAUGGACUACAGUUUGUUAUAAACUCUCUGUUGUUGGCAUCUGUCUGUCUCGGGAGACAAUGGAAGAAGUGUGCCUUUGGGGGUGAAGUUAAACUGUUGGAAGGUUACAGCGCCUGCUGUGGCUGUAGAGACCAAUAUGGAAGACAUAAAGGUAAAGUAAAGGGGCCCCUGACCAUUAGAUCCAGUCGUGGACGACUCUGGGAUUGCAGCGCUCAUCUUGCUUUAUUGGCCGAGGGAGCCGGUGUACAGCUUCCGGGUCAUGUGGCCAGCAUGACUAAGCCACUUCUGGUGAACCAGAGCAGCACACGGAAAUGCCGUUUACCUUCCCACCGGAGUGGUACCUAUUUAUCUACUUGCACUUUGACAUAUUUGGUUGCAAAUUGGACAGAUGAAGGCAUCCAGUUGUUCUGCUGCAAAUGCACCAAGGUGUUUCUUCUCUGCGCUCCUCCCAGUGGUCAUUCCUUCUCUAGUCACUGCUAUGGAUACAUGACCUGUCUGUCUGUCUCCAGGCACUGCAGUCGUCUGCAAGGAAUUCCCACAUGGGGUUAAUGUUGACAGCCUUUGUGUCAAGUUUGCAGACAUCUUUGUAAUGCAGAGUUGGUCUUCCAAUGGACUACAGUUUGUUACAAACACAAAGCAUUUAUUUGCACAACCACCCUAUGAGAAGGUAGGCUGCUGUUCCUGUUUGCAGAGGAGAAAUCAAGGCUAAGGAAGGUCUUUAAGUGUGACUACAGCAGAGAUGGAAACUUGAUCCAAAGCAUACAGGGCCCGCCUCCAUCCCUUUGUUCAAGAAGAAGAAGAAGAGUUUGGAUUUGAUAUCCCGCUUUAUCACUACCUGAAAGAGUCUCAAAGCGGCUAACAUUCUCCUUUCCCUUCCUCCCCCACAACAAACACUCUGUGAGGUGAGUGGGGCUGAGAGACUUCAAAGAAGUGUGACUAGCCCAAGGUCACCCAGCAGCUGCAUGUGGAGGAGCGGAGACUCGAACCCGGUUCCCCAGAUUACGAGUCCUCUGCUCUUAACCACUACACCACAUUGGCUCUCAAGCUAGGUGUGCCCCAGAAGCGUCUUCCUGGGAGCAACUGCCUGAGAGUGGCACCUGUCAAAGAUGCAACCUCUGCACUUGUUACAACCUUUUCUAAUGCAUCUAAGGCAGUCGCAGAAAGCUGUGUGUGUACAAGUCAGAGUUCUGCAUGACGAAUGGCUCCUAACCCUCACACCCCGCUUGCCUGAGCCGUUGCUUCUUUUAAAUCACCCAUCUUAUCUUGAAGAAACACAUCUUGUUCUGUAUCCGAACCAGGUUGCUUAUCUCACCUCCAGAGGCUGCCCAUCAACGUGAGGGUGUGAAGUGAAAUGACUUCGCCAGCUAUCGGCUCAAUUUGCAGUGAGCAACCCGCAUCUCGAUACCAACACAUAAUUCAGUUGGUUUUGGCAGAUUGCUAAAAGGAAGGCUAGAAUCACACUGCCAGGGACACUGAAUUAUAUCAACUUGAGACAGAAUCUGAGCCCUGCAGGUCAGGAUUUGAGGACACUAAAGGAAGCUUAAGCUUGUAUUUGUAACAACAAAUAUUUUGAAAUGUGGAUGCUCAGUGCAGACCAAACUAUAAUGGAGGCUGAGGUUAACAUUCGACAAAAUUUUGCAGAAGCAAUUAAAUACAAUGCAUAUGUUAUCAGUUAAAUUUAUAAUUCAACACAGGAAGCAGCUGUAUUGAUUGAUCUUUAUAUUCAAUGUGAUCAUUGUUAGGGGAAACAAUUCUUAUAUUCAUUCCUAAAACUAGUAAGAAGCUGCUCAAAAAUCCUUCAUAGCUAAAGUUAGUUUAAACACACUGACCAUUUAUAUGCCAACCCUAAGAAUUGCCAGGCACAUCACUAUCAAUGCUCAGGACUGUGUUUUGCCGUAAUUCCAUGAGAAUGUAGAAACAGAAUUGAAAACAAAAUUGCGUUUCAACAAUUUUUAAAGCAAGUUUCUAGCCCUUAUGGUCAGGAACACAUGCAUGUUGAAACUGUGGACAAUGAUUUCUGAAAACAGAAGCCUGAGGAAUGGUUAAAAUGCAUUUUCACUGGGGCUUCCAUGGCCUGCGUAGGUCCUUGGCCCUCUACCAGAACAUUUUUGAACUUGUAUUAUCCCUUCCCUCCUUUGGUUUGUUGAUUUGCAAUUCCUCCUCUUAGUUGGUCCCUGGUUAUUUAGCUGGAACCCUUCUACCCACCCCAUAACAAAAUCUGUCCAGAGGUGUCAGCUUUUAUAAUCAAAUAAACCAAGCCACUGUGAUAAGUAUGUGUUGUUAUGGGCUUCUAUUUCAGAUGUCUGUGAGUAGGACUAUUGGUGUAAGUUGCCUAGGGAAAUACCUUGAUGCCCUCUUAAUAGUCUGUUGAAGCAUAUAGCUAUGCUCCAUGCAACCUAUCUAUUUGUAAGUAAACACAAAAUACUACAAGACAACUUGCACCUGCAUUUUUGGACACCAAAGUCAAUAUAGGUUAGGCAAGGCCCUUGUUUUCAAAUGGCUCCUAUACACACACACACACAUAUAUGUUUUGUUCUGUUUAUGGCCUGACAGCUGCACAUCAGAAUGAAGCCCAUAAAAUUGUGACGUAUGGAUGUAUUUCACCAAAUCCUUCCUGGGUGACAUUUCAAAGGCUGUACUGGCCAGCCACAAAUGUAACAAUCACUGAAAGAAGCACAUAUAUUCAACAUUCUAUAUAGUGUGUGUGUGUGUGUGUGUGUGUGUGUGUGUGUGUGUGUGUGAAGAGCAUGGGUAGAGUGUAAAGAAGGGCUGGGUAUGGUUAUUUCUGGCUUCUGUUGCCAUUGGUUUAACCUAUCUGAACUGGUCACAGUGCCAACAUCCCUUAUACUUCAUUAAAAUGCACCACAAUCUUACUCAUGUUUAUGCAGAAGUACAUCUCCCCUGUGACUUACCCUCUGUUAAGUGUGCUUCAGGUCACAGCCUCAGAAGCGAUGUUUCGAGUGGAGUCCUAUACCCACCUCCCUGGGAAUAAGCCUCACUGCACUCAAUGGGGCUUGUUACUGAGGAGCUAUGUGUAGGAUUGCACUGUCAGCGAAGUUUUACAAACCUGUAAAGCAGCUGUCCCUCCUCCCUCCUGGUGCCUCCAUUGUCAGCAUCACAACAGAAAGAUCUGCAAGAAGGGAGGGUCUCUUUUUCUUUUCUUUUUAUCUUGUCAUUCCAGAAUCCCACUUCUCGCCUUCAGCUGCUUGCAUCCAUAUUGAUGGGGAACAGGAUAAAUAGAACAAGCUAAUUUGUAAUCCCAGAUAGAAAAUGAUGGCUCGACUGUUUCCGUCAUUGAGCACUCUGCCAGUUUAAACAGCUGAUUAGUCAGCUUCUGUGGAAUCGAUCUGAAUCAGUUCCACCUGCAUGCUCCCACCAGGAGCCACUUUAUUGUAAAUCAAUCAUUCUGAAAACAACUCACAAAGGGGCCAGUCCUCACUAACAAGCCAUCAAUUUGACCUGUCUGUCUGGAGCACACUGCCAAUUAGGAGUGCAACAAACAUUUAUUCAAAAAUUAUGGGCAAGUUUACACAGUUUAUUUUUCCUCUUCUUAAGAGGCACCUGUAGCAAUAUAUGUUGCUGUAUCAUGUUUGUUUUUAAAAUCUUAUUUGGGGAGGGGGCAGUUUCCAGCUAUCGCAAUAGAAAGAGCUUUUGGUAUGUGCAUGAGAAAGAAAACAUGUUCAGAAUUUUAACAAACAGAUGGGGCAGUUAGCCUUUAUUACUAAAAGCCAAUGUUAGCAGGAACUCAGAAGCUUUAUGUCCUGCCCUUGAUCCCCUAGGGUAUAAAGAUCAAUCCUAGAAGUCAGAGAAGUUCUCCUCUUUCUUUGACAUGAUGAAUUGCUAAAUUUUGGCCUUGCGGGAUAGUGGCUCAUCCAACUGGCAGUGGUUGGAGAAUCUGCCUUAGGAGGGAUGCACAGAUAUAUGGUUUGGUCUUUCAACUUUUCCUUUAAGAUAGUUCAAACUAUCCUAAAUAAAAGAGAAUGAAAAAGCUAUGUUCUAGUUUUCUGCCCUUUCUUUUUCUUUCUUUUUUAAUUGGCAUGUCUGGGCAUUUCAUUUAUGUCAAUACUAAAGUGUGAGAAUAAUUUUGGAAGCUCUGUGUUGUGUUUAGUAUCUCAAGAGUGUAAGACUCUUCCAAAUAGAUGCAGGAGGGAUGGGUGCGGGGAUAUGUACUGCUUUAAGCUCUGAUGCCAGGCUGGGUAUGCUAGCUGAGAUAAUGCGAUUGCAUUGCCAAAGUGUGCUUUUUGAGACAGGUUAUGGUUGGCUAUAAAAAUGUGAUACUCUGUCAUACAAGCUGCAUAACACCACAGCUCAAGAAGAAGAAAAAAGGCUAGGGAAAAUAUUUCAUUCAAACCCUAACUUAAAAGCAUAAGAAGAACCUGUUGGAUCAGGCCAAUGACCAUCUCGUUCAGCAUCCUGUGGCCAACCAGAUGCCUGUGGGAAACCGCCAGGUUGAAUCUGAGCACACACGCACUCUUUUCUCCUGUUGUCUCCAGCAACUGGUAUUUGGAAACCAUUCUGCCUCUGACUGUGGAGGCAGAGCGUAGUCAUCAUGGCUAGUAGCCAUCUAUAGAUAGCCUCCUUUUCAUGAAUCUUCUUUUAAAGCCAUCUAAGUUGGUGCCCAAAAGGGACGAGGGUGGCGCUGUGGGUUAAACCACAGAGCCUAGGAUUUGCCAAUCAGAAGGUUGGCGGUUUGAAUCCCCGCAACGGGGUGAGCUCCCGUUGCUUGGUCCCUGCUCCUGCCAGCCUAGCAGUUCAAAAGCACGUCAAAGUGGAAGUAGAUAAAUAGGUACUGCUUCAGCGGGAAGGUAACCGUUUCCGUGCACUGCUCUGGUUUGCCAGAAGCGGCUUAGUCAUGCUGGCCACAUGACCCAGAAGCCGGCUCCCUCGGCCAAUAAAGCGAGAUGAGCGUCACAACCCCAGAGUUGGUCACGACUAGACCUAAUGGUCAGGGAUCCCUUUAUCUUUACCUUUAAGCUGGUGCCCAUCAUUGUCUCCUGUAAGAGCAAGUUCCAUAGUGUAACUAUGUCCUGUGUGAAGGAGUUUUUUAGGAAGAACUUGGUGACUUUAAAAUGUCUUACUGUCACAGAACUCUUUCCAAAUCAAUGCAUUUGCUAAAGAGCUCCUCCACAUGUGUCACAGAACCCCAGCGCAUUGCAGAUGAUUCUGUGAUGUUCCAGGGUGAAUUGUGCACUCAUUUGCUCAACAGAUGGAUAAGUCUGAGAACAUGACCCAGAACAUGUCCAACACUCUUGUGCAGCUGGAGAUGAUUGGCCAAUCGGCUGGCCGCGGGGGCUUGGCCUGGGUCAUUUAAGGCCAGCGUGGCCUGGGAUCUCCCCUUUACGUCCUCGCCCCCAGCUGCGGUUUCCCACCCACCCACCCUCUAGGUUUUCCCUCUGAUUUUGCUAUGGACCUCGGUCGCCGCAAGGGGCCUGGUAGGAAUUUUUCCACUUGGCUAACUGGCAUUGAUUUAAAGCCAUUUGGUUUUUUUGCCUACCUCGUAACAAAUCGUCACAACGCCUUUGGUUUUGGCGGUUAGGCAUUGGUAGGGGUAUUAUUAUGCUGAUGAGAUGGGGGGGAGCGCCAUCACCUCCCCCAAAUAUUCAGGGUAGUCCGGUAAAGGAUUCCGGGGGGCGUUGCCUCGUCCGAAACCUAUGGAGGCUAGGACCUAGAGCACGCCCCCGAGCAGUGACCCCUCGGGGAGCGCCUAGGGAUGUGCAUCUCAGGGGCUCCCCCUGCUGGUGUUAACCCUUUCCGGUUCUCAUGCCGGAUAGUCUGAUAGGGCCAAUGCCUAAAGCCAAUACCAAUACCGCUCUUACCUGUAACCAAUAAAGUUGUGGUCAUUUUUCGCCCAUUAACCUAAAUUAUGGUGUCCUGUGUCUUCAUUUAUUCCAACUGGUGGGGAGGCGGGAAUCACCACGCAAGUUUGUCUGCUUUUACUAAUAUAACAAAACAGGUGUGAGGGGAAAGGCAGCAGACUUUGCAUCUUGUAAGACUCUUAAGAGGGAAUGUGGGAAUAGAGGAGGCACAAUACAGGUCUAUGAGGAUCUGUAGUUGCAAUGCAAGUUUCACCAAGCCCUUUUGGGAAGGAGAGGCAUACAGUGGCUGAUUUCUCCAUCUCUUGAAAUACAAAAGCCAAAGAAGAUUGUCACAUAAUAAAGUAAGAAUGUGCACAUUUACCAGGAUAACUUAAUUUAUAAUUGCUGCUGCUCAAAAUGUGAGAGAGGACACCACCCAUUACAUGCCGUUCCUCCGCUCCCAGAAACUGAAGCAAGAACUUGACAGUCCUUCUCAUGUCCCCUCUCUUGGUUCUACUUUAUUACCACUGUAGUCAGCCCAUUCUUCAGAAAUGCUGAAAGUCCAGCGAAAAAAUAAAUGGUUUCUUUAGCCUAUACUUGUCCUGCCAACUGAUCCUUGGAAUGCCUUUUGCUAUAACUCACUUUCAUUCUAGGCUGGAAUUAUGGAGGCUCAAUGCCGAAAAGCGACACCAAAUGCUUUGUAUUUUCUGUCUCAAUGACUUUCACCCUCCGUUUGUAAGGAAAGAGAUGUAGGCAGAGUCCUCGAUAGGACAGAGAAGGAUUCACAGGCUCAAAUGGAACCCAAGCCCUGUUUAUUAUUUGGCUGAGGGAUCUGAACUGUUUCAGUGGGACUUACAUCAGAGUAAACAUAGACAUAUUGGUUUUAGUAUGUUUAUGGUAUCUGUAAGUCGCUUUGAGUCAUUUCCACAAGUAAAGUAAGUCUGAUGAUGAUAAAAUAUCCGGUCUGGUUUCAUACCUGGUUUUGGGAGAGAGAUGGGGAAAUAUGAGCCUGUUGGUUCCCCUUAAUCUCCAAGUGGCUCUUGGCACCAUAGACCAUGGUGUUCUUCUGCAACAACUCAAGAAGGCACUGUACUACAGCAGUUCUGCUCCUACCUUCAGUGUCAAACGGAAUCUGUUCCGGAAGUCCGUUCGACUUCCAAAACAUUUGGAAACCAAAGCGCAGCUUCUGAUUGGCUGCAGGAACCAAUCAGAAGCUGCGGAAGCCCUGUCGGACGUUCGGCUUCCAAAAAUAGUUCACAAACUGGAACAGUCACUUCCGGGUUUGUGGCGUUCAGGAGCCAAAACGUUCGAAAACUAAGCUGUUUGAAAACCAAGGUACAACUGUACUAGAAAAUAGCUUUUGGGCUGUGGGGAUCCACAAGGAUCCAGUCUGUGCUUCCUAUGCUUUCUAUAUGGAACCAUUGGAAGCUGUCUGUCUUUCUGGAUCCAUGUUCCUUCUCCUGCAUCCUAUUCCUCACUCUGUCAUGUCCUCAGGUAUCACCUUGGCACCGGAUAAUGUGUAGCUUGAUGUCUACUGAGGAAGAGAUCUGAUCUUCCAUUUAGUGCAUGGAAGGUAAUAAAUGACCUUGUUUUCUUCCUAGCUGACUAUAGCAUAGUAUCAUAAACCUCAAGAGGCAAUUGUCUGGUCAUUUCUACUUACUGCACUCAGAGCUAGGAAGGGUCUAUGACCAUUGGCAGGAAGAAAAUGGGAUUGCUACUUCCUUUUUGGGUGGGUUUCAUGUAUUUUUGAGGGUUGUCUGACCAGCAGAGUUGAUAGCACAGCUUUUAAAAGCAUAGGAACCCUCCUACACAGGAGAAAAGGCAGCAACCCAAGAAGGUAAUCUGGAAUAAGAGGUAACCUAUGCAAGCUGUUGUAUAGAGGCUAAAAAGUGAGAAGCCCCUCAGUUCAAGUGUAAUCUCAACUAUUAAUUCAUUAGGGGACCUUAGACAGGCAGGUGUUCUUCCAGUUUCUGUCCCCUCCAUCCUCUGCAAUAUGAGGUCAAUAAAACUGGCCUCUGUUACACAAGUACUGUAAAGAAUACUGGAGAGCUUGACUUACACUAUACAGAAGCUAUUAUCAUGCUAAGAUACACAUUCUGGAAUGUGAGGGUCUCAAGGGCUUGCAAAUUGAAAUCCAUGCAUUUCUUAGAAGGCAGUCUUCUGUAGGUCUUUAGGACUGUCAUGGAGCCAUAAUUCUUCAUAUGCCAAGUCUAUUUCUUGAGCCUGUCCUGUUAAAAAUAAAAAAAAUCCAACUGGAUCCCACUAUCCCAUAUCAAGCCGCUACAUUCCCAGCCAAAAUGAUCUGCAAGUCCCCCACCAGCUGCCAGUGUUUCCAUAAAUGCUCCGGUGUUGUGUCUGCAGCCAGAUGGUCCUUGACAAAAUCUUCACAUGUCAACUUGCAUUGUGAUAUCAGAGCAGUUUCUUCCCCAUAGUUUUGUGUGCAUGUGCACACACUUGCCAUUAUUUCCCUUCUCUUUUUUUCCUGCACUCUGAAGAAGGAUUUCUGUUUUACCUCAGACGUUAUUCAGUAAUGGCAGCCUAUGAAUCGCUGAGAAUUUUGCAUUUAAUUCCGACAGUUCUAACACGUUUUAUUCCAGGAUGUGGCUUUGCUUGAUACAGAAUUUUUAUCCAUAGAAUGGAUAGCAGAGAGAUACUGUACACAGCUUUGCUAUAUUUUCUUGUUGUGUGCCAAGGAGGAAGAAGAAUCGCCACAGAACCCUAGUGAAUUGCUAGAGGAGGGACAAAGAGAAAGGAAGGUAAUACAAAUAAUAUGCAAAGGGCUAACUAACAAGACUUGGGAGAGUUGGCCUAGACUAGUGGGAGAAGGUAUGUGUAAGGAGCUACAGUGGCACCUUGGUACCCGAACUGCUUAGUUGUCAAACAGAUCUGCUCCCAAACGCCGCAAACCUGGAAGUAUUUUGGUUUGUGAAUGUUUUUUUGGAAGCCGAAUGUCCGACGCAGCUUUCACAGCUUCCAGUUGAGUGCAGGAAGCUCCUGCAGCCAAUCAGAAGCCGUGCCUUUUCAAACGGUUUUGGGAGUCGAAUGGAAUCCCGAGUUGAACCCUGAAUGGCAUAUUAUCAGCUUGAGAUGAAGAGAAGAAGGAGGAAUGGGAGAGUUAUUUCUUUAUCAAUCAAACAAACAUCCGGAAUAUCCCUUUCCUCUUUUGAAAGUCAUUUGUCCCCCAUGAAAGGAGGGCAUUUAAUGGAGACUGGUGUCUUCUAUUCCUUAUGGGGAGGGAGGCUUGCAAUUGUUUAUAAGGAUUUCUACUUUUUCUUCCUUUCUGGAACAACAACAAAAUCUUUGCUGCCACUCCCAGUGAUGGUUAAGCUGCAGUGGGCAGCCCGACAGUUUUCCUAACUUUAGUCAUUCUGUGACAAUGAUAAAUACCACCACCAUACAUAUAUUCAUACUCCAUGAAUUCUCAUAUUCUCUCUCUCUCUCUCUCUCUCACACACACACACACACACACACACACCACCCCAGCCAUAAUUGUAGCCCAGCUCAGGGUUCGAGUCACGAGUGGCAGCUGGUACCCAUGAAAAUCAGAGUGCUCAGGAUUCCAACUCCACCCAAGCUCGUCUACCAGCCCCAGCCUUAGCCUCACCCCCUCUUGAGAUUCAAUAUUAUCAUCCCGUGAUUAUGUGUGAGUGACUUCAGCUGAAAAACGUGUGAGGGAGAGAUGAAUUCUCUUGUUUCUAGUGUCUGACUUGAGAUACCCAGUUUACAGAUGCAAACUGUUACUUGAUAGUCAUUAGCGGAUGUACUUCAAACCAGCUCUGAAUUCUUAUCAGUGCUCCUCCUUAUUUGAUACAUUUUCUCUGGAGUUUGCAUGCAUGCUGCGAUACCAUGAAAACUGUCAUAUUUGAUUAUAUUUUUUGUGAGACUUUUUUUUCUUUUCAUUUCUGUACAUUUACCAUGAAUAUUAGUUUUAAAAUUUGAAACAGCAAGAGGAAGUACUUUGCUUGUUGGGGAAAAUAUUUCAGAGUCUGUCCAGUUUAAUCUUGCCACCAUAACCACGAGAUGGCCACCCUAACCAGCAGCGAGGGUGUCCUUCAAAGACUAGCCCCUAGGCACUGGCACUGGUGUCUAACAUCUAGCAGCCGCACAUCAGUCCUAGGGAAAUUAAAGCCAAUUUCUGGACACCAGACUGUGGUUUUUAUUCAUACAUCUAGACAGCAUGGAGACUGCCUUGCCAUAUACUGACAUAAAGGACAAAUAGACCUAGUUAUUAUCUGUGACACAGUGAGAGCCCAGAUGACAUGCUCCGACAAGGUCUGAAAACAGUAAAAUAGAGAUGUUGAAAGGAACUGGUGUUAAAAUGAAGCUCCAAGGACUGCAUCAUGGGAUGGUGGCAGGAUUAGGUGUGUAGUGUCUUAAAAGUAGCAUAUUGGGACACACACGCACUCCUUGCCAGUUAACUUCAAAUCCUGUCCAUAUAAGAGGCUGAGUUUGAUCUUAGCAUUGUUAGUCCAGUGAAUUCUUUGUUGGAGUUCUGAAUUUGCAAUAUAUGAGGUAAGUGUUGAAUCUUAUGUAGCCAAAAUAGCACCAUUCAUGUUACGAAAAUACAAACAUUAUUUAGCGGGGAGGGGGAAAUCCAGAGGGUGGUAGUCAACUAAGUUUUACUUAGACUAGAUCCAUGACAUUAAUGAACAUAAUCCAUUUCAGUGGGUCUACUCUGAGUACCACCCACUAAAUGGUCAUACACCAAAGAGAACCCAAUGGAAACAAAGCAUGCUAAUUAGCCACUGGAAUUGCUAGUAAAAACAGGUGGGGCCCAUGGAGAAGGGGAAAUGGAAUUGGCUGGAGAAGGGGAGGGUAUGGCCGCAGUAGUCUAGGAGGCUUCAAAACAAGUUGGCAGGAUAGGACUAGCUCAGGUAUCUUCAACCUUUUCAGGCCAGGACCCAUUUUUAACACACAUGCAUUGGGGAACCCAUUUCUUAUUCUUUUACCAUACAUUUGCAUGGUGGUAAUGUUCUUGUUGCGACCCGCCUUGGAUCUGGCUGAGACCCACGUGGGUCCCGACCCACCAGCUGAAGACCAGUGGACCAGCCCAUAGAGAAGGCAAUGAGUGCAGAGGGUGUAAAGAGGAGAGUGGAAACUGGGAAGUUUCUGUAUAUUUAUUCCUCCUUUGCCCUUUACUCCAUUUCUGUCUUUUUCUCCAAGUGAAAUAAGUGUGUGUGUGUGUGUGUGUGUGUGUGUGUGUGUGUGUAAGAACCUUCUCAUUGUUUUGAUAUGUCAUUCCCUGGUUUACUUUGAGAUGCUAUUUUUAAUCGUCUCCAUAGAAGGAAGUGAGAGUUGCCUAUAGAAACCAAUGGAGAAAUUAAGUUAGGAUUGGGCAUUAGUACAUCCUAACCUAACGAAAAUACCAAAAAUAGAGCAGCAAAGAAAAGAGUUCCUGCAAGUUAAGGGAUAUGCUGAAGCCAAGAGGGUUACAAAAUAGAAUCUUCUUCUAUUUUACUCAGUUUGGAGGGCUGUGCUGAGAUACAGAAACCCUGCGCUGUUGUUAAUGCAGAUCAGAGGUAGGACUGAAUCUGCUUCGGAUUCCCAAGUUGCACCCACACCAUACAUUUAAAGCAGCUGUUACAUGCCACUUUAAUUGUUGUGACAUCUCCCAAACAAUCUCAGAAACUAGCAUAUGCAGUGGUACCUUGGUUUAAGAACAGCUUAGUUUAUCAACAACUUGGAUUAAGAACGCUACAAAUUUGGAAGUAGGUGUUUUGGUUUGUGAACUUUGCCUUGGAAGCAGAACAUGUUCCGCUUCCUGUCGAGUGUGUUCCGUUUGUAAAUUGAGUACUGCUGCUAUGGGAAAGCAUGCCUUGGUUUAAGAACGCUUUGGUUUAAGAAUGGACUUCCAGAACGGAUGAAGUUCAUAAACCAAGGUACCACUGUAAUUAGUCUUGCAACAUUGGUGAUGUAUAAAUGGCUUCUGCAUGUGGUUUCAAAUGCAAGAGGCUGUGCAAUGCAGUGAAAGCUUGUUCAUGCCAGAAGCACCAAAUUCUGCGUACAAAUCCCCUUAAAAUGGAUUUCCUCUCCAAUCCUGGUAGGAGGGCCCCAGCAGUGACUUUGAUGCCAGAGGCCUCAGACAUCCCAGAACGCGGCAUGAUUGCCAGUCCGUGUCACUGCUAUUCUUGUAGCCUGCAGGUGUCAAUGCAAGCACCAAUAAAAAUGAACCAAUAAGGAUAGGGAAAGGAAUUUAGCAAGAUGAGGAAGUUGGGGAAAAUAUAUUUUUCAUGCAUAAGUCGAUCAAAUUCAGCAGCCUGCUGUGAUGGGAAAGAUACAUAAUAUGAUAAAGCUUGGUAGCAAAGACAUGUGUGAUUGAACAAACCAAUGAAGAGAUAACAUUUGAAAGCUUUACAGCUUGGAAAGCUGUUAGCAAGCUGGGGUCCCCUUCAUCAUUUUUAAUUUUAGUUUUACUGCCCUUCAUUUGCUUUGACAGGUUGAUGUUGCCAUGGUGCAGUUGAAAUCCUCAUAAAAGUGCUGUUACCCUUUCCAAGAAGGCUAUUUUUUCCAAGGGUUUAUGCCACAUUUUAUAGUUAUGUCAGAAGGUUUACUUGGUUUAUGAAUCCUGCAAGCAGUAGGAUUGCUUUGGAAACUCUGAGUUGCAUUUUGGCUUCUGCCAUUUAACGGUUUAAGCUUUAAAAAAAGAUCACCAUAUCAACGUGUUAUGUCCUUUCAAUAAUUAAACUCAUUACAAAUUUAUCCUUUUGUUAAUAAGGGCACAUAAAAAGCAUUCUAUGCUUAUGCUACCCAUUUGAUCCAAAAAAUAUUUGCUGCAGAGGGUGGGUGGAUGUGGGGAGAUGUCACAUGUCCUUAAAUAUUGAUCAGAUAUUGGAAACAACAUCAUCAAUCACAUAAACAUUUACGAUUUGGAGGUGGGUGUGGGUGGAUUGGUACUUACACAGAGUUUUUGUCAUACCUAUAGAGUUAUUUCCACUGGCAGGCAACCCAGGAUGCCCAUGACAACCUGUCCAAAUGCUAUAGCCAGCAGCAUGCAAAUGUCAGUCUCAAAUAUAAAAACUUCUGCUAGCAUGAAAAAUAGCAUGUCCGUGAUAGCUCACUUUCUCUGACCAUUGGCAGAGGAAGUAUUCACUUGACAUCAAGUUAACAUGGGGUCACAGCACAGUAGGGAGUUAGCCAAAUAUGUUACACUACCCAACUAGCUCUGAUCCAUACUGCACUUGGCCCUAAACUACAAGAACAGAGAUUGGCUAAGAUAUGUUUAUGCAGUUUCCAUUAAAAAUGCAGUAUUGGGCCACGUGGAAAAGAAACAAGCUGCCCAGUCUGUGUUUUUUGGUGAGCCGCCUCUGAUGGAUAAGCUUGCUAGGAAGUAAGUUGCAUUGAAAUAAGUAAGACUUCUGUGUGAAUGUGCUUAGGGUUGUGCUGCAAGUAACUUGCAACAUCACAGAAAACCUAUAUCAGCGAGUGGAAUUGACCUCAGGCUUCUCAAGAACCAGGCUGGUAGUUUUUCUUCUGUUGCAGGCUUCCUCUUCAACUUUUGGGUGGUGGCGGUGUGACAUGUGCCUUUACAUUAAAGACAUCUUUGAUCCAACGAUUUUGGAACAAGAACACUUCCCCCCAUUUCUACCCCUUUCUCUUCAGUCAGUUAAGCAGGUCACUUUUGUUGCAGCUUUAUAAUCCUGCUUUGUCUUAAAAAACAGUACCCUGUCAUUGGUCCCUCCUUGCUCGAUACUUUCCUCCUUAAUUGCCUUUCCAUUCAAGCCAGAGACGUAUAGCGGCAACUGCAGUGUGGUGCAAAAAACCCCAUUCAUUGUUAUCAGUCAACAGAGUCUCCUACAGGAGCACCUUAACAAGAGCUAGUUCACAACGAGCUGAAGGCACAAGAUGGAUGGUGUUCAUAGUUCAUUAUUUGAACAAGGGUAUCUGACUUAUGGCAAAUCUAUCUGAGAGAGUGUUGUAGAAUUCUAUUUUAUCUUUAAGAAAUGGUGUUUUAGAAAAGUAAGAUAUUUACUUCUCUUGCAGUGAAGAAUUUAAGUAGAAAAAUUCCCUCUGUUUGUUUGAAUCAUACUAGAAUGAUGAGGCAGGGCCGAGUCAUACAUCAAGCAACCAAAAGGUGGGGGGCAGGGGGCAGGGAGAGACAUGACUCUUCAGGGCUGUAUUUUAUUUUGUGCAAGAAGAAGAUGCCCCAUGCUAUGGCUGGACAUACUUUGUGCUUUAAAAAUAUUGUUGCACGCCACCCCAGUCUCUGAGCAGUGCAAGGUUACGGGGGUUCCAGGCCAGGGUUCGUGUUUCCUUUGGAAUGAGGCACAGAGGAGACUGUGGUGUCUUUAUGAUAUAUGGUUUAUUUACACAUAUAUACAACCUGAGCCUACAAUGGAGGGGUUUGCAGCAUUGACACACCAGAGGGGCCUUGCUUCCCCUGUAGCCACAGCCUUGGAUUCAACCAGAAAUCAAGCAUCACUCUGUCUCUCUGGCUUCCUAGCCUGUCGCUUUCCCAUUUCUAGCUUCUAGUUCAACUCUCACCAUUUUUCUUUCUAACUACCAACCAGUUUGCUGCCUGGCACAGAUCCACUUCAUUUGUUCCUUUAAUGACCCAUUACCUAGGCCAGGCAUGUCCAACAGGUCGAUCGCUAUUGGCUGAUUGAUCGCGGGGGUGUCCCAGGUCGAUUGCGGUAUCAACUUUGGUCAGUGCCCCCCCCCCAAAGCUCUACAACUUUGGUCAAUCUUCCCCCAUCUACAAUGGGUAGAUCACAGCCAGUCUUUUUAUACUGUGAGUAGAUCACAGUCUCUUGGGAGUUGGACGUGCCUGACCUAGGCUAUCGCCCCAUCAGGAUGCUAGCCUGGCUUAAUUUUUAACACUUGCUGGAUCCAGAGGUUACAAGGGUCUCGGCAUACAGCCUGCUUCCCUGCCUCUAAAUUCAUAAAAAUGAAUUCAUUGUCAGUUCUCUUUUUCUGCCUAUGUUACUCCUUAAAUAAUAAUAAUAAUAAUAAUAAUAAUAAUAAUUUAUUAUUUGUACCCCGCCCAUCUGGCUGGGUUUCCCCAGCCACUCUGGGCGGCUUCCAUAGAAACCAAAAAUACAGUAAAAUAUCACAGAUUAAAAACUUCCCUAAACAGGGCUGCCUUAAGAUGUCUUCUAAAUGUCAGGUAGUUAUUUAUCACUUUGACAUCUGAUGGGAGGGCGUUCCACAGGGCGGGCGCCACUACCGAGAAGGCCCUCUGCCUGGUUCCCUGUAGCUUUGCUUCUCGCAAUGAGGGAACCGCCAGAAGGCCCUCGGCACUGGACCUCAGCAUCCGGGCAGAACGAUGGGGGUGGAGACGCUCCUUCAGGUAUACUGGGCCGAGGCCGUUUAGGGCUUUAAAGGUCAACACCAGCACUUUGAAUUGUGCUCGGAAACGUACUGGGAGCCAAUGUAGGUCUUUCAAGACCGGUGUUAUGUGGUCUCGGCAGCCGCCCCCAGUCACCAGUCUAGCUGCCGCAUUCUGGAUUAGUUGUAGUUUCCGAGUCACCUUCAAAGGUAGCCCCACGUAGAGUGCAUUGCAGUAGUCCAAGCGGGAGAUAACUAGAGCAUGCACCACUCUGGCGAGACAGUCCACGGGCAGGUAGGGUCUCAGCCUGCGUACCAGGUGGAGUUGGUAGACAGCUGCCCUGGAUACAGAAUUGACCUGUGCCUCCAUGGACAGCUGUGAGUCCAAAAUGACUCCCUGGCUGCGCACCUGGUCCUUCAGGGCCACAAUUACCCCAUUCAGGACCAGGGAGUCCUCCACACCAGCCCGCCCCCAUUACAUAAAUGCAAAUGCUUAAUAAUUGUUUCUCAACAGUUUCAGCUGUUCUUCUCUCUCUCUCUCUCUCUCUCUCUCUCUCUCUCUCUCUCUCUGUGUGUGUGUGUAUAUGUGUAUUCCCAGUCAUGCCAGAUACGGAAAACAGCUAUAAAGUUGAUAGGCAUAGAUGAGAUAAAUAAUGGCGGUGAGCAUUUUGUGUGCAUUCUUUCGGAAUAGGGCAUAACGGGUGUAAUGGGGCAGGACAGGCUUAUGCAUGCUCUGCCAAUGUGCACAGGGGCCAGGAGUGGAGCCCCCAUGCAAAAUGGCCACCACCUGUAGCAGAAAAGGGGGGGGGGAUCAUUUUCACCACUUUGGAUGGGUCAACACUUUAUAGCUGCAAUAUCAAGUGAUGACUUCCAUAUUUGAAUGAGCUAUAAUAUUCCACAUUGCUUUACUUCACCUUACCAAAAUAUACUCAAUUAGAGAUAGGAAGAUUCCCCCACCCCCUUCAUUAACAGGAUUUGUAAAAUUAAUUUCAGAAUUGAAGAUGCAUAGUUUCUUACUGCUUUAAGUCCUUUACUUGUUUUGCAUAUUCUGCUCCCUGCCACAUUGCCGAUGGAAAAUAGUAAAAAUACUGUUACAAUUUAUCUUGAUGUGGCUGAUUUUAGAUGCAAUCAUGUGUAUGUUCUUUUUGUGCAGUGUUUCACUAAAACACACACAUAUGUUCCUGUGCCCCAUUCAAAAUGAUAGUGAUAAAACCUGGACUGUAAUUUGCUUUCUUAUAGCAUCUGAUCACUAUGCACAGCUGCAUAUACAUGCUGGUAAAGCACUGCACAAGAAGAAUAUUGAUAAUAAGUAGAAGCAUUUCAAGAUAGAAGUUUUGCAUUAUGAGAACAAAAAAAAACCCCAAACCCAAACAAACUCAGGGAGCAGUGACACUCUGUUUAUGCGGGUGGGAGGAACUGAAAUCUGAGAGGAACAAUGGAAAUUGAUCAUGUGCUAUGCUUUGUACAAUUUUUAAAUUAUAUAUAAUGAUAAAGGGUCCCUAAUGCAUCUGCUACGUUGAGGGGAAAAAGAAAGAAGGAAAAGAUAAUAUCCAGUAUUUGGUGAGGUAUUCAAAUGAAUAGAAUUUCAGAUGCAUCAAGCUUCCCCAGCCUCUUAGAGCAAAGGUGUGUGGCACAUAGCUUUAAGGCUAAUUCCAGAGCUGCAAGCUUCAGAUCCAGGGAUGAAGGCUGUUUGGCUUUGGAGAGUUUUAUGGAGGAAUUAACUUUUUCUGGCCCAAACAUGUCCCUGACUGGUAGUUUAUCAUAGGAAGAGGCUGGUGCAUUGUGAAGCAUUUGAAGGAGUGUCCUGAUACUGAGGCGAGCGACACUGCUUUGCAAUGAUGUCUCUGAAGUGCAAGCAUAUCACAAAUCAUUUGGGCUGCAGAAGCACAGCAGAACUGAUGUGCACCGAUGUUGCCAUUUAAUGUGGUUUCCCAGCAAACCUGUCAUAAAAUUCAUGAUUGUAGCUGACCUCUCUUACUGGGCUCCUCUCUCUUUCUUUUUUAAAGGCCUAUAACCUGGCUUUGAGAAACUGUGCGCCGGAAAAGUGAUGUGCAGAGAAUCAUGUUCUCUUCAGAAAAAAGAUACAGGAGGUGAGGCCCCAGUCAAACAGUUGAUUAAAUGUCACAGUGCAUUGGGCCAUUUCCUAGACUGUGGUGGGAUUUAUUUCAUUCUGUCUGCACAAGAAGAACCCGACCCUGCACUCUUCUUAUGUUACAGCUGCCACUGAAAUGCAGGCUGAAGUUAAUUUUAUGCAUUUAUUAAUUAAAUGUAUUGCCCACUCUUCACCCAAAGGUCCCAGGGCUAUAUUAAAAAAGUAAAAUAACAACAACCACUAAACAAAAAGUUUAAAAAAUAACACCUUAUGAUCACAGUUAAUAUACAAUAAAAGCAGCAGCACAUCGAUACAUCAGAGAGGGUUCAAAAACAUUGGAGCCCUUCUAGGAUCUGCUUAAAUCCCCCCUGGCCUUCCUCUCAGUCACUCUUUCCACUUCCUCUAGUGCAACAGAAAGGGAUCCAUCCCCGAAAAACAGAUAUGCUCUAAAAAUAAUAAUCCUGCAGACAAAGUGGCAGUAACUAGGAAGAAGGUUUGGUUAGUGGGAGCUUUCAAAUUCCUCUCCAGGAGGUGCCCUGUGUGGUUGGUAUCUUGCAUGUGUACUCACAUAUUGGAAACCUUCAAGGUCCUGUAUGGCAUCCAAUAGCAGAAAGUUUUAUGCCCAGCUUAGGCAAGAAAUAUCCAAGGGCUCCUCUGCGGAUUCCUCAGCCCAAUGCAUUCAUGCACUGCCCCUCCCCCCAUCUCAACACCUGCUGUAGCAACUGACCUUCAGCAGAUUCUGAUGGCAAGCCUUGUCCUCACUUUCUACCUGCUGCAUGUGGGCCAAGCUGCUGUUGAAGGCACAGUUCCAAGUUGAAAUCUAUGCUCAAUGCACAGCUAUGGGAAUGACACUUGCAGGGAUGCUGCUUUGAAGAUGGGCCUUGCCCUCUUACCAUUUUUCAGUCCCUUCUCAAUGCAGCCCGCCCGCAAAAGUAAUUGCUGACCAGAGCUGAAACAGAUAAAAUGCUAGGGCAGAAAAUUGGAAGGCUGUUGUUGGCAUUUUGAACUUAGUGCUAUACAAGCCAGGACAGUAUGCUAAGUGGAUGUAGCUGAAGAUUGAACUUUUGGUUCUCUUAGUAAAGCAUUUGCUGUGUAAAUUGAUCCCAUUUGAUACUUGUCUUUUGGACAAAAACACAUUAAUGCAAUCCAUGUAAUGUUUAGUCUGGUCCAAAAAGCUGAAGAGCUCACAUUCUAGUUACCUACUUCUACCAAAGAGGAAAGAGAAAGGAAAUUUGAAUAGGCAAAAAACAAAUAUACCAGUUAGGGUUACUCUGAGUAUAUGAUAAUCAAGGAAAUGCAACUUGAGGAGAGGCAAACAAAAGUUCUUUUCCCCAUCUCUUCACUGUAAUCAUUAUCAAGGAAGAGCAAGUAUUGGUCUGUUCAGCAUAGCCAAUGAAAUGUUCCUCCACCAUUAGAAACUAGAGGGAAUGCGUAGUUUUCAUCUUCCACUGUUACAUCAGUAUCUGUUACACCAAUCCACUGUCAUCUAUGUGAAUGCCUACCAAGAGGUAUGGAACAAGACAUGGGAUUGGUAAAAUGGCUGCUGAUGUCACAAAGGCACUUCUUCCACAAGCCUAGUAACCAACACACUUACUCAGAAUAAACCCCAGCUUCCUUAAAGCUCUGUAGGAGUAAGCUGUAAGAGAUGGUUGGGGAAACACUGCAGUUAUUGCUGCAUAUUCUAUUCCAUUCCAGCCUGACUUUACUAAGCCUUUGUGCUGUUUUCUUAGAUCAUCAGGCUGCCCCCAACUUGACUCUGAAUUUCUUAAUGCAGGAAAACAUGAGAGGAAGGAGGAUUAGGCUUAAGAAGGUAAGGCAGAAACAAGAUAAAACAAAAGACGAGCGAAGCUAGUUGGGAAGGAACACAGCCAAAACUACUACCACAUAUCCACAUACAUUUGUGGACUUUCUGCUAGUAAUAACUACACCAUAGGCUUUUCAGCACUCCUGCUCUCAAAAGUGACUUCUGCAGUUUUUUACGUAUCCAUCAUCAGUUAAUGAGAAAAGAAAUUCCAUUCAGAAAUGAUCAAAGGGAAGAGAAAUUGCAGUGACGUUUUUAUGGGUGGGUUAUGGAGCUUUUUUGUUGCACUUGCCUUACUUUCAAGGUGGCCAAGGGGUUUUCUGAGAGCCCUGUAUUUUUGUGGUCUGCUUUCUGCAGACCUCUUGGGUGCCCACACUUCCUGAAAGCCCCAUGAUGUUAUAGUUAUAGUUCAUUACUUCUUUUAAAUAAGUACAGUUUUGUUUUGUUUUAAUUCAAAAGGAAGGAUUUUCCUUUAAAAGGAAAUCAGCAAGCUCUCUUCAGUCUCAGGUGCUCAUUAACCAGCUUCUCCAGCCUCCUGUAUUUCAAUUAAAGCUGAAAGGGAAUAGGUCAUGAGGUAGCUCCUCCCAUUGAUAUUUUUCAGGUGGGGAAGUGUGAGCAGCUGGGGGAGCCAGGAGAGUGCUGGAGAAAUAUUCAAUGGACAUAAAAAACACACAAGUGACCUUCAGGCACCUUGCAAGGCUAAGGUAAGCUCAGCUCAGCACCUAUCAAGCUUCUAAAAGAAAUUUUAAGGCAAUACUGUGAAUAGGCCAUAAACAUUGUGAAUAGGUCAUAAAACAGGAGCCAAAUUUUAAGCCCACUUUGGAAGAAAAUUUUAAGUAAAUUGGAGGGUAGGUAGUUUUCUUGGAGUAGUGAGCAGCAGCCAGUUGUGGUCGUUUCAUUGUCCCUUCAUGCAGAAUUUUCUCAGUCCCUUCCUAGUUCUCCAGCGCUCAGUGGAAAUUGACAAUGACUCUUGCUGUUAUAAGGGCAUAGAGAUGGGGAAGCUGUGGCUCUCCAGGUGUUGUUGCAUUAGGGCUGGGGCUGACGGGAGUUGGAGUCCACCACCAAGUCCCCCUUUCCUGGUAUUAAAAUAUGCUGAAGUAAAAUUACAUUUGUAAAAGAAAAAGAGAGAACACCAAAACUACAUUUUUUUAGCAUUUUGAAUUCUAAACUGAAUACUAAUAAAUGAUUUGUUGUUGGCAUCCAUCUGCCUCGAGAGAUGAUGGAAUGCACCUCCAGGGGUGAGGUCAAACUGCUGUGUUAGCAGCACCAAAGUGACCUGGGCUGCCUAGACAAAAAUACCCCUCUCUUGGCCCCGCUGAUGUGGGCCAAAGGAAAGCAGGGCAAUACAUUUGACACUGACUUGGCUGCAAGCGUUACUGGAAGGAGGUGUACAAUGUACCAUCCUGCCGUCUUAGGAACUCCACUCUGCAAGGAGUGUGUAGGGUUUCUCCUUAGGCUUUUGUUUCUCCAAAGAUAUCCUGCAAAGCAGCAGAAGUUUAGCAUCAGAGUUUUCCUUCUAGAUGGGCUACCUUCCCAGGUGGAUGAGCCCCAUCUGCCCCUCGCUUCCCUCUACAGCAUGUGCAGAAACAGCCUUCUUGACCAUUGGACCCAUUAUUGGUCCCGUCUGCUCAAUCUGCUGGAGCCUGUCUUUGCAUGUAGGGGAAGUUCCAAAUUCAACAAGGGUUUGAGACACAUUGACUACCGUCGCACGGUAUGGCUGGCCAAAGCUGUUUCUGGGGUGUGACCUCUGUCUCAUGCUGACACCUUCUAGGAGGCACAGGAGAGAGCUGAAUGCAGGGUGGAGCCAAAGGUGGGCAAACUACCACACAAGGAGGAUGCUGUGUCUCUCACCAGAGGGACUGUCUGUCUACACCAGGGGUAGUCAACCUCUUUAUACCUACUGCCCACUAAUGCAUCUUUCUUGAUGGUAAAAUUUUCUUACCGCCCACCAGUUCUCGAUAGAAGUAGGAUUCAGCUUGUGCCGUAGAACCCCCUACCACCCACCUAGAAUCCUGAAAUGCCCACUAGUGGGCGGUAGGGACCAGGUUGACAACCCCUGGUCUACACCCACCCACUCCCCUAAGAAAUAGUAGCUAAGCUGUGUAAACUGUAAUUCUAGAGGGAGAUUGCUGUUUCAGCCAUGAAGGGUAUAAGCCAGGUUUGUGCUUUCAUUGUCAUGUUAUUCGAGGUUGACACAACCUCUUCUUCCUACUGCAAAAACAAUACUCCUUGUACAUCAGUAAACUGAGAGGAUAGCCUCGAGAGUGACUACAAGGGCAAAUUGGCAGGACAUUGUCGUGGACAAGCACAGUCUAUUAAUUGCAGCAAAAACAGCUGUGGAACAUGAACUAGCUUCUCAGCCCAGACAGUAUAAAUCUGCUGGCGCUAAAUGCCUUCAUUUAUAUAUGAGGAUACAAAAGAAUGGUCUUUAAUUAUUUCUGGCAUAUGUCCUUUAAAUUCAAAGCUGAAGAAUCGUUGCGGGCAAAGGGUAAUACUUCUUAACAGGUUACACUUCCCUCAGGAUUUCUUGAUUGACAUCGAAAUGGGUUCCCCCCCUCCCCAUCUGAUUGACAGGAUGGCAGGUGUGAAGUGAUGCUGGAGUGCUGUAAUAAUGUGUCAAAAGACCUUAAAUCAAGACUAAUGUGGCUUCAGUGAUAAGUUCCCAUAUGGCUCAUAUGGAAUUACAGGGACAAGCUCAUCCAGGGACUGUUAUUUUUGGAAUAUCUAGAUUAUUUAAUAGUUCAGUCUCCAAGGAGUAUUUGGACAGAGGUUUAAGAAAAGCAAUUGCUUUUUUUAAAAUUUUACUUCUGUGAGGGGGUUCCUUAAGGCAAGAGACGUAUCCGGGGGGGGGGGGGGGAGUUUGCCCCGACAAAAAUUGAUGAGCUAACUAUAAGAAGGUGCAAAGGCGCUUUGAGGAAAUUGAUUUUUCUCGACAAAACUUUAUAGUAGGAAGUGCCAAAUUCAUAUUAAGAUUUCACUUCAAGUACCGGUAAGUGGCAACUUUAGUCCCAGACCAAAACCAGCUUUCUCCACUGCAUCAGGAAGGUUCCCCCCCCCCCAUCAUCUCUGAACCCUCAACAAGGACAUUCAGCAUUGCUGAGAGGCCAAUUGCUCUCACACUAUAGUUUGACUAUAAAUGUUUACUUCAUGUCACUUCAGUUCUGCAAAUGCAGCAGCUACAGCCGUAGCAGGUGUUGUAACCUUCCAACGGUUUGACUUGAUGUUUUGAGGCACCAUGAUCUUGUGCAGGUCGCAUGACUCCUGGGGGAGCAUGUCCUGGAAUACGCACGUCCCUGUUUUCUACCCAUGACCUGACGUGAAAGGCAUGCUCUCAUUGAGGUGGCAGACCUGUGUCUGAGUUUCAGAUUGCCUGUGGGGGCUUACAUUAAAUGAAUGUGCCAUAUAAAUCAACAAAAAAUCUAUUCCAUAUAGAAAAACAAGCUGACUUGAACCAAGUUGAAGGACCAUCAGGUUUACCUGAAUUUUUGGGGUGAAUUUGGUGACAGAGGAGGGGGUGAAGCAUCUUAUUUUCUUUCUUUUUUGAAACUUGGGGUUCAGUUUUUGAAGAUGAAACUUGCUAGAUCUCUUUAAUGGUUCAUCAGGCUGGUGGCCACCAUUUUGGAUUUCUCUGAAUGCCCUGAGAUUCCUGGACUGAGGAAUGAUAACUGCCCCAAAAAAGUUGUUGGGAGGGCUACCUCUCUCUAUCCCUGAAGAGAUUAGGGCCUUCUGGAAACCUAUAAAUGACAACCACCAGUUUUGAGGAGCUUCAGUAGGUUUUGCUCCACCCCCUCAAAAAUCCACCUCAUGACCAGAAUGCCACCUCAUUUAAUGGUGAACAAUGCCCGGAAAUUAGGUAACGAGUGGAUUGCCCAGCUCUAGUAAAUCCCUGGGAGAAGUAGGCAUCAGUUAUGAUUGACAUGACUAACCAACAGUGCACAGGGUGACCUAGUCAGAAGCACACUGCCUCACAACUUUCCCAUGGAAGAAGAGGUGCUGAACAAAAGUUCUGCUUAGGGGACAAAGGCUUCCUGCACAAAAAGGAUGUACCAGUUGGAUUGUCCAGGCCCGCUGUCCAUGGAGCCAGCUGUGCUAGGAGGCAAUAACUUACAAGUGUUUGCUUGUGUACUGCCUUCCUAAAUGUGAGGUGUUCUCAGUAAAGUUGCAUGUAUUUCAAUCUGCCUUCAAGUUUUCCUUCUGCCUAGUGUGAUAUUUAUCAUCAUCAUCAUCAUCAUUUUCAGUGCUCCCCAGCAAACUGGCAAGAACCACUUCCCACCUGACAGACUGCAUUGCAUCAACCAAACAAGCCAAUAUAUGUAUGUGGAUAAGUGUUUUGUUUGGGUAGGUUCAUUGUAUCGAUUUGAUACACACACACUGACAGACAGAACAAAACUUGAUAGAUGUUAGAUAAAGACGGAGGAUGUGAGUAUGUUUUGCAGUUUGGCAUCCUCCCGCAACAACGCUUUCUUGAACAGCUGACAAGAGCUUGGACAAUCCAGCAGUAUGCAUCAGCUUUGAGAAACGUGGAGAUUUGUGUGUUGCUCAUUUGCUUCAUGCAAUCCUGUUGGCCUUUGUCGGAUUUCUCAGCUUUGUGGCUGAAGCUUGACGUAUUGAGUGGACUCUGGCCUUCCUUUGUGUCCGUGAGUUAGCCUUACAUUAAUUAUAGCUGUAUGCUGUCCUCUCAUAUUCUUCCCUUCUCUCUAGCUCCUUGUUCCCCUAAGAGCAGGCUGUUUCCAAAUAUGAAUAAAUCUGAAUGUCAAACCGAGCUCCCCCUUACUGCUUCAAAUACCGAUCUGAAUAUGAAUGUCAGGACCCUGCACAUGCUUAGUUUUUCGUAUGAGCAUUUCUCGCCUAUCUGGAGGAGUGAUUUGACUUCUCUGUAUUGCAUUAGACCACUGUCAUUAACGACAGGGGUGUCAUUUUGAUGUGAUCUGUGAGGCAGCCGAAGCUUUGAAGUUGAAAGAUAGAACAGACAUAGAUAAAUUGUGCUCAGAGUAUGCUGCUAUUGCAACCAUUAUUGCUGGCAAUUAUUUUGCCAAGUGACACAUCUGAUAAGAAGUCAUCCGGCUUGCAGGGAGGGAAGAGAGGGAGGGUGGGGGAACCUCCAUUCAUUGCAGAAAUGUGGUAGAUCUGUUGAUUUUAUUUAUUUGGGUAUUUUUUUAAAAAAUAAAUAAACAAAACACACCAGGCUGAUAAAAGCAUAUUAGAUUUGAGAGUCGGUUCUGUCCCCCUAUAUUUCUUGUGCUGUUCUUUCUAAGCUGUAUUUAAGGUGUGACUUUCUGUCUCUUUGGAUGACCUUGGGCCAGUCAGGUUUGCUUUCUAGCAUUUUGGACACCAGUCUUAUUUUUUAUUGUGUUCUUCUGAGUGUCUUAGCCAUUAAGGGCCAUAUCAGAAUAGCCAUAGCAAGCCCAGCCCACCUUUCCUUAUAAUAUCCAUUAAAUUAUACACUGUGUGCACAACCUUGAAAAAUGGCAGAAUUACCAGCUAGUUCUGAUAGUAAGCUCUGAACAGCCCAGCACUGCUCAACCUGUUUCUUAAUCACUUGGAUGAUGGAGUAGAGGAGAUGCUGAUUAGAUUUGCAGAGGACACCAAACUGGAAGGUGCAGCUACUUCUCUUAGAAGAACCAUGGGUUCCCAGAUGUUGCUGAACUACAAUCUCCACCAACCCUAGCCCAGCCCAGUGAUGCAGCAAGAUAGACCCCACUGUGGAUCAGCAGGAGAGGGGGGCUCUCUGAAUAUGUUUGUGUGUGCAUACUGUACAUACAGUGUGGACAUUGGCUACUUGGGCAACGUCCACAGCUAGAAUAGGAACCUUGGUGGGUUGGCCAACCCUUGAUGCAACUUGGUUUAGCCACCCCAAUCUUAAGAGGUUUAGUAGACCACAAGCUAAUCACCAGUUAGCAUUUUUAGCUGCUGUAUUGCAUAGCUAAUGCAGUUGUAGACUGCAUCAACAUAGUGAGUGUCCAUAUCAUGAAAAGUAAUUGGUCCCACUCUAUUUGGCUUUGCUCUGACUUUACCUGGAGUACUGUAUCCUGUUCUGUGCACCACAGUUUAAGAAGCAGAUCGAUGAAGAGGAAGGAGUGCAACAAAGGUAGUGAGGAGCCACCACUGGUGGCUGGUACCUAUUGAAAUUGGUAGAGACGAAGACCAGAGAGGCCAACAGUAGGUGGAGACAGAGCCAUUAAUUCUAUUUUUACCCCCACUCUCCUCCCUGCUGGCUUCUGUAAUGGCAAUACUGAGACUAAGGAGGAGAAAGAUAACAGUUCCACACCAAAACUGUAGAAGGCAAGUAGGUGGGGUCUACCUGAGGUUAGUGGUGGAAUGCCCCAUUUGCCCUAAUGGACCAGCCUGGAGGUUACUAAGCCCUAAGGAGAAAGGUUGAAGGAGUCAGGUAUGCUUAGGCUGGACUGGAGAAGAGAUGAUUAAGAGGUGAUAUAACAGCCAAAUUUGAAGGCGCAAGUUUGUUUUCAAUGGGUUCAAAUAACGAAUAGUGUUUUGUUUUUAAGAAACAUUAAGAAAAAAUUCCUAACAGUAAGUUCCUGAUCAACAAGAGGACCUCUCCUCUUAUUCCAUGACUGCUAAGCUUACUCAGGAAUCUUUGGUGCGAUGCCUAGUUGAAAGCUUUUUGAAGCUACACUCUGCCAAUGGGAUCACCUCUCUGCACAUGCUCUCAAAGAACCCAGAUAAGUUAAUGAGACUUGCUGUUGUGGAGGGUCAUACCCUUGUCAUCCAAGGGACCAACAGCUUCUCUAGCUAGUUUCUUGCUACUGAGGUCUUCAAAUAACUUCUUGUUGUUGGUAAUAUUUUUAGCUAUGUGCUGCUCCUUUGGUUUCCCUUACUAUAUGCCUGCACUUACUUUGCCAAAGUUUUGUUCCUUUUCGCUCUCUUCAUUUGGACAAGUCUUCCAUUUUUGAGGGACUCUCCUUCAUUAGUGGUGGACUCUCCUUCAGCAGAGGUUCUUAAGCAGAGGGUGGUUGGCCAAAUAGCAGGAAUGUCCAGAAUUUCUAUUCAUAGAGGAGAGAUACUAGAAAAGUUGUAUUUCUUUUGGGAGGGAAAUACAAUAUUUUUCAAUCUAUACAAUAUGAAAAACAAAAUGGCUUGUGUCUGCUGAUUUGUCUCAUCCGCAUCCCUCAUUUUAAAAUUGGAACUGAUGGUUUCAAUCUGUCUUUAUAAGGGACGUGUUUAUCAUAUUCUGUCUUGCUUCCCAAAUCAGAAUUGUACAUCGUGGAAGCUUCAUCAAGCAAUAUUAAUUCUGUUAGCCACACUGUGAAGACUCAAAAUUGCAUAGCAAUAUUAAACACUUUAGCUACUUCAGUGUUAAAUGAUACUCAAAGAGAAUCUUCUCCAGCAACUAGCUAUAAUACAUUUGAAUAGCUUAAAAAUACUGGAGUUAAAACCAUUGAUUUAGGGUCAGUGAUACCUCCCUUGCAUUACAAGACCAUUAUAAAUAGGAAACAAAAGCCUAAAUAGGCAAAGUCAUCCAUUGAAAGGCAUUCUACCUGACAGUAGGUAAUGUGUGAGAAGAGGUGUCAACUGUUGCAUCUGGCUAGAUAGUGCACCCAAUGAUAUAAAAACCCUUCACUGAAAUCUCAGGUGUGUUGAUCUGGUGUGGAUGCCAAGCUGGAGUCCUGGGCAGCUUUCUCCAGAUCUAGAUGUGGAAGGUGUCUUCUCCAUUCCAGGGUUCCUGAGGGCUCUUGGUAUGAGCCAGAAGUGCACCAGGCAUUCUUCUGUUGCCAAGUAUUCUGAGCAGACCUGACCAAUCCAGGAGCUCUGGAUAGUUUGCCAAUCGCAGGGCCCAAUACAGCAUAAUCCUACUUCCUUCUAUGCUUGAAGUAUCUCAGUUGAAGCGGUUUUUUCAUGGCCAACCCGCUUAUGAGGCAGGAUGAAGGAACUGCCUUGGGCGGCAGAAGCUGAAGAGGCAGAGCCCCUGUUCUCACCCCACCCUCUCCAUGACUGGCAGCAUUGCCACUUCUCUGUUGUGAUGGGGCAGGUGAGGCACCAAUGGGGGCACCAUAUCUUUGCCUUUCCAGGCAGGGGCGGGGGCACAGGGGUGGCACAUUCCUGUUUCAGCUCAGGAGCCAAAACAGAUGGCGUGGCGUUGAAGUUCUAUUUAUAUAGCAAGAUUUGCCUUUUUUCUUUCUUUCUGGCAGGGGUCCUACUUUUAAACAGCAAGCAAAACUUCCCCACCUCUGUUGCCACCUUUGCAUUCUGGUGAAAGCUUCACCUGUUGAAAGCGACACCUCUGGAUUUCUGAUUCAUACUCUCUGCUCCUUGACUAAUGUUUGUUAUUACUCUCUGGUGAAGAAAAUGUACUCUGCACAAAUGAAGAUAUAUUCUCUCAUUUGUUAUUAAAAGCUGAGCUCAGGCUUCGAAAGUUCCAGAGUUGAGCCCUGGCUCUCAAAGCAAGUCCUCUUGCUGCAGCUCUGGCCUGCUAAAGUUUGUGUUUGGGUCUCUCUGGGCUGAUAUUUUAGUAUCUGCUUCUCCUUCUUACUAUAUUAGCAGUUUUGGCACAAGAAGCCCAUUCUGAUCUGGGGCCCAGUCCAGCUGCUCCAACAUGUCUUUGCAUUAAUCUGUCCAAAGGCAUACAUAAUAGAUUAUAAAGGGCUGUCUGUAUUCUGUGGAGCUGCAAGUUCAUGCAGAAUGAGGCAUCUCUCUGACAGCUGACUUAGACAUAACUUUAUAAAUGUAAGUAGCAGAUGGAAAAUGCACCCCCCCACACACACAGUGAACUGGUUGCGGAUGAGAUCAAUUUAUCAGUGGUGUGCAUGUUAACCUCUGAUAGUUGCUGUGUAUCAGAAGUAGAGGAGGGGGACUUCUGCCAUCUGUUUUUUGUACCUUUUUUUAACACAUAGAGAAAUCCCCAGCCCUUUCAUUUGCAAUAUAAAACUUCAGAAUUGGUGGGCAGUGUCCACUGAAGGCUCAGGAAAAGUGAAUUUAGAGCAGCCAGGAGUUGUGCUGUGUUUAUCUUCCCCUGCUCUUUUAUAUUCUUGCCCAGAGACUGAGGAGGGGCUAGAAAAUGCCGUUAGAUGACAGCUUGCACAGGGUCUUGGGAUGGAAGGUAGAGUGGAUUGUUGGCAAGAGAGAUAGUGUAGUUUAGUGAAUAGAGUCCUGGACUUGGAGCAAGGUUCAAAUCAAGCUCCCUAGAUGACCUUGGACUAGUUACGUUUCUCUACCUAACCUAGGAUGGUUGUGCAGAUAAUAUGGCAGAAAACCACAUAUACCACUCUGAACUCUUUGAAGAGUGUGAUGGGCAGUUACGAUGAUAAGACCAGCCAUCUGGAACUUUGUGAACCACAGAAGAAAAAAGUGGAAUGUGCUGCAUUUCAUGUAUGAAUUGUGCUGGUCUAAUGUACUGUAAGGGGACGCAGGUUGCACCGUGGUCUAAACCACAGAGCCUUGGGCUUUCCAAUCAGAAGGUAGGCGGUUCGAAACCCUGCGACGGGGCUCCCAUUGCUCGGUCCCUGCUCCUGCCAACCUAGCAGUUUGAAAGCACAUUAAAGUGCAAGUAGAUAAAUAGGCACCACUCCGGCAGGAAGGUAAACGGCAUUUCCAUGCACUGCUCUGGUUUCGCCAGAAGCGGCUUUGUCAGAAAAACUGACCCAGAAAAACUGUCUGCAGAGAAACGCUGGCUCCCUCGGCCAGUAAAGCGAGAUGAGCACCGCAGCCCCAGAGUCGUUUGCAGCUGGACUUAACUGUUAGGGGUCCUUUACUUUUACCUGUACUUACAAAAGUUGGGUUGCAGGUCUCCGGUUCUGUGUAAUUUGCGUAUGGUGGGCAGUAUUCAGCUGCCACCCAGAACCACACACUAUUUAAGAUUGCAUUUGUGUUUUGUUGUUGUUGUUGUUUUAGUCGGAACCAUGUCUGAUCAGUAUUUGGUCACUUAAAGCACUUUCAUGCAAUGACACACUUCUUCUUCUUUGGUGAACACUCGUAGCCGAGUAAGAUUGUCUUCCAUAAAUACGGUUUUAACAAUGAGUCCGUAUUUCUGGACACACCACAACCAUGGCAUUGUAAUAGAAACAAGUGGCAGUUUUAUUAUAAUAUGUUUUGUGCUACCAUUUCAUCUGGUUCUUUGGCAGUUUUGUUUGGUAAAUUCCCCGUAUAACUUGGCUCAGAAAGCGCCUGUUUGAGUUCACACAUUGACUGUGCCUUGUGUCAGCCACAUCAUCUGACAGAUGGAACGUGAUUGCUCAGCUUUAAAACAUGCCGUCUGGGAUCUGCAUCAGUUCUCUUCUUAGAGUUUUAAUUCUUUCUGCAUGCCUCUGACUAGUCUUUGGGCUUCAAAUGCAACCAUUCUGAGUGAAAGAGAUGAAUGACCCUCUAUUUUCAUGGGUAUGGGUCAUUAUGGUAAAUCCAGUUUGGGGCUUAUUAUGUCUUCAAAAGAGAGGCUGCUUCUGGAGCACCAAAAGGGGAAGAAUGGACAGUGCUCUUUUUUCCAGGAUGGCUAUCAUAGCAUAGCAAGGUCUGGAAAUAUAAAGACAUUUAUGCUGCUAACCCUGCAGAUUUCCGGGCAAAAUGCCCACCAACUUGGCUUUCAAGUGCAUGUUGAUAAAAAUUGAUUCUUGGAAGUCCGGAUGAUUAUGUGAAGUUGAAAGAGAAAAUGAUUCUGCCUCAGGCAAGUGCCGGCCACAAAGCAAUAUCAAGAGAUUUCAGAACUGCCCCCUGGUCUCCCAGCAUCUUGAGGCCCACUGGCUGAUUUGGAUUGUUGAUAAAGUGCCAUGGGCGCCACCACAAACCCAAAAUCCUGGGGUCCCAUAAGGAGCUGUGCCCUGGAUCCAUUUUUAUGUCCAAUGGCAGCCGUGUGAAGUGAUGGGUCUUUAAUCUUUACUGUGCAGUCUAUAGAUACUCUAAUUUGAUGGUGGUCUGGGGCUCAGGAUUUUUCUUUUAUUACAGUACUCACCAGUACAGUACUUGGCUUAAGUCAGUGCAAUGUGGCAGCAAAAAAUACCAAAGUAGGUGAGAACUAAUCUCCGAAGCCUAACUGUCCACAUUGUUUCAGAAAGCAAUGGUUUGGCGGACCGUGUUAUGCAAACCAGCUUAGUGAAUUUACAAGGGUUAUUGGUAGCAAAGGCUCACUUCAGGAAAUACUCAACUUUCAUUCUAAAAAAUACAAAUCAGGGAUAUAAUAUUUAUUAUUAUAUUUAAAUCCUGCCCUUUAUUCAAGCAGCACAAGGUAGGGUGCAGGGAGCACACACAAACACACACCUUAUUACACUGCUGUGUGAAAAGCAGUCUGAUGAAGAGAGAGUCAAACUUCUGCUAAGCUGUGAAGCUGGCCUUGGACAUGUCACUGCCUCUCAGCCUAACUGACUUGAGUUACUGUGAGAGAAUGAUCACAAGUAGGCCACCUCAAGCUCCUUUGUUAUUCUAAACAUAUUUCAUGCAGGUGAUCUUUAAAACACAGAAUUGAGCAUCUUUCUGCAAGCAUUUAUUAUUUUUGUGCCAGUAUUCCAAUAAACCAUUUACCCCUGAAAAUGAAGUAGGCAGGUUAGGUUGCUUCCAGAUGGCCUCUUUAUUGAGCAUCCAUCCUGAUUUGUUUGCAGGGGACUUAGGCGAUGUCAGGUAUUUACUGAACAUUCAUUCUGAUGCAGUUGAAGGAUGUUAUGACAUUGGGUCAAGCAAUCAUUAUCCGCCACUUUCCAGUGCAUUUUCCCAUCCCUUAUCACAAAAAGUCUGUUUUGGGGCAGUGGGAUGGAUUUGUUGCACAGCACCUCCCAAUGGACUAUAAUUACACAUCGUGAAUUUGCCAGUAUGUGACUGAAUCCCACCCAAAAUAGUGAUAGUCUGGAAGUGCCCUUGUUUUGAGAGGGGAAAUGUGUAACAGACAUGGUGUUGUUCCUGUUUUUGAAAUAUUAAAAAAGUCCUUGACAAAGUGGAUUAUGUGAGAAACUGAUCAUGUCAAGGCAGGAAGCUGAAAAGAGCAGCCAUGCUGUGUCAAAUUUCUGUGGCCUUCAGCUGAUGUUUCUUGGCAACUGGGCCUCUCACUCCCUAAAGGGAGAAUAAGUCUGUGGUGGAUCAGAAGAUCUGGUCUUGAAUGGUCUAUGUGCCUUGACUAUUUGUAGGGCACGUUGCAAUACAUUGUUUUAAAUGAAUGCACAGAUGCACCACGGUAACCCUGCAGAGGAAUAUGCUAAUAGUUUUGUCUGUUAUAACAUGCAGCUAUUGUAAUUGGUAUAAAGAGUCAACAAACAGCCUGUCUGACCCUAUGGAGCCAUUUUAGCUGUAUCAGGACAUUUUAGUUGCAUCAUCAACAUUGGGAUUGUUCUUGGAGGUGCAAAGGUCAAAAGGGUUCUCCCAUAAUCCACUAAGCACCAUCCUCUGCCCCUAUCCCACUAGACGCCAUCUCUGGGGUCUUAAAGUUCUGAACCUGAAAUCCAGAACCCGAUUAAGAAAGCCGAUCAGGGAACAGACUCUCCAAGACCUGGCCAUGUGCAUUGUGGCCAGCGGACAGUUGGUUUUGGUCAGUCAGGGUCCACCUCCAAGGUUCCUGGAACAAGCUGAUAUUAGAAGAUAUUAGAUAUUAGCUUGGAAGAUUAAAGGAAACAGAUUUAUUCCAUUGUCCCUUCAGCCCAGGAACAUUGUGGUGGUGGUGUUAAAAAAAGCCAACACCCACAAAAAGCUGGUUUGUAGCACAUGGUGUUGAGACUGGCUGGCUUUUCAUUGAGUGAGAUACAUAAUCUCCCUAAAUUUCAUUUCCUAUAAUCGCCCCAUGCUAAAUACACAUUCUUUCAAGUUGUGUCUCAAGAUGCUUGGCAGUAGGAGUCUAGGGGUCCUUGAAUCAGAUGAGACACUUCAGCAUUUAAGGGAUCUCUGGUGAAUGUGUGUUGUCUGUUGGCAAGUUGAAACUCAGGCCUUCUCUUCCUAAUUCAUUUCCUCCGGGGCAGGAAAGAAAAAGGGUUUCCAAAGGUGCAAGAGACAAUAAUACUGCUGAUUCCCUUUCCAAGGUUAUUGUAAGCAUUACUGGGGCAAUAUAUGUGAGUACUGUACUUCAAACUCUCAAAGGGUUACUUUUGGAUGAGACUUUUAGUUGACUGAGAUGCCAUGAAUCGUUCAAUUGCAAGAUGAUGGUUUAGGGCUCUGAUUUAACACUGCACAAGUGCAGAACAGUCAGAUCUAUGUUCACGUAGUCCUAUGAAAUAAGGUGCAAUUGCACAUAGCUCCCUGCUACAGCUUCUAAAUAGAUGAUUAGCACAAUUGUACCUUGUUUUACAUGGUUAUGUGCACAAGCUCCUGCUGGUAGAUUGGGCUGGAAAUCACGUGUGCUACUUGUUUGCACACAUAAUUCCUUGGUAAGCUGUGGUGGUGUGUGCACACGUCUGCUUCUAUAUGCAUAUGACCCCCAACCUAAAUAUGCAUUAUAUCAUGGGGGAAAGAAGGAAGAAAAAAGCCACACAAGUAUAGCUCCUUGGUUUUUAGAACACAAAUACAUAAAUUUUUAAUCUGAGAAAAAUACAAAAUGAAACCAUGUACAAGUUAUGUACAAACCCUUUUUACAAGACAAUAUAUUUAUCACUGGAUAUUACAUAUGACAAAGUCAGGUAGAUCAUUUCUGAGCACCAGCAUUUGCGCACUCUCUUUCUCUCCCUCCAAUCCUUACUCAAACAAACAAACAAAACAAAUGAUGAAGCCACACUCCUUUUUCUUGAUGAACUUUGAGUUAACACCCCUGUUUUCCCCCCUGUUGUCCCUUUGGGAGAAACAGCUGGCUAAGACAGAUGCCUCUGUAAGUCAUUGUCCCAUAUUUGCUUCAUUGCUGGGCCGUGGGGAGAAUGGGUAGGCCACCUUUGAUAAUUCACAAGAUUUCUAAAUCUUGACUGCAAGGUUUUCAUGACAAGCCGUUUAAAAUUUGCCACUUCUUACUACACAUGUAUGUCAUGGACAGUAUCCCAAAGGAGAAGUUAAUUUUUCAAAAAGAUUGCUUUGAAAAUGUAACACAAGUCUACUAAACCUCACCUUGGAAACAUCUGAUGACUUUUCUCUAAUGAUUUUUUGUUCUUGUUCUAGUUUAUCUUCCUAAUCUGCAUUAAGGUACCAAACUAGUGUUUCUCCUUCAAUUUCAAUUAGAUGCAUUUGUGCAGUUUUCUUUUCUCAUUUGAAGGCCUCCAGACCGUAAAUUAAUUGGGAAUGAACCUGGGUGAAAUGGAACAUGCAACAAUAGCUGCCACAAAACAAUACGAAAAUUUGCUUGCCUCACAAACCCACUGGGAAGCAUGUUUGGGUGAUCAGUGCAUAGAGAGCGCAUUGCUGCCAGGGUUUAAUGCUUAUGCCUGCUCUUGGGAGGCACUUUAGCAUGGGCAUAGCACUCGAGGGUGAGGGAGCCUGCCAAAGUGAAUGCAACUAGGCAGGCUUAAGAGUGCUUCACUGGUCAGUUCUCGAGGGUCAUAUGUAUGUAUGUUGGCCAGGUCAAUUUUUCAGGAAACAAGGCGUGCUUGGGACUAGUAGUAUCUGAGAUGAGGGUAUUUCUUUGUGGAGUUUGUGGAAAUGGGACACAUGGAAGUAAGGAAAAACCAGUUACCCUGAUGCAGCAUGGCAGCAGACUGCCCCUUGCACAGCUGCAUCACGCACAUCUGGCCACGUUGGUCACGGGUGAGAUUGGUCUUUCUUCCCCAUGUAGAUGGAAUGGUACGAUUCUACAAAAAGGGGCGAUGCUUUAAAGUGUAGGACAACUGGUGACCCUGGCAGGUGCAUGCCACAAAUGGAGCCCUUAAACUGCUGCUACUUAUGUGUGGUGUACUUAAAUCUUUGAAGACCCUAUAAGGUAUUUAAAAGGAGGAGGUGGCCGACUUGGCUGUGGACAUUGUCAUGAAUGCUCAAUUUUGAAAGCAUGGAUCAUUAACCCACGUAAGUUAUUGCUGUUGUUAUGUGGCGAGUUCUGCAGCUUAUUAUUGCAAAGUACCUUAAGCACGUGUUUCUGCAAAUAAAGCCCUCAAGUUUACCCAUUUUGCUUGCCUCUCAGUGGCAACCACCACACCAGAUUAAUAGUUAGACGCUAAUACUGUUUUCUGAAUUUCCUUUAAAAAUAUAGUGAAAGCUUUCUGUGGUUGCCUUCUGCAUCACUGCUAAAUAGUGUGCUUGAGGAAAUACCUUUCAUCCUUGCAUUCUCGCCUGCUUCUGCUUGCUUAACUCUUUAUCCUUAGCUGAGUCUCAAGAAAGAAAGAAAAAUGCACAAAGAAAAAGUCUGCAUUGGCAGGGGCUGAGGGGAAACGACAUAACUCCCCCCUUACUUGUGUUGCUCCUACUAGUUCCUCAAGGCAACUGGGUACUUGGUUCCCUGUUACUGUGGCCUCUUUCUCUAGAUCUAGAAUGGCUAACUCUUUGAUAUACCCUGGAUGGAGAGAGAUCCCAUAGCAGUUUCUUCCCCAGUGAUUCUUACUACGUAGUGCUUAGAGGGAGCUGAAACAAAUGAAGAAAAGACUCUUCUUCAAUUCAAUUCAAUUCAAUUCAAUUCAACUCAGCUGUGAAUGACACAGUGCAACAAUUAAAGUGAAAGAAGCAGCUAAUUGCACAGUAUGCACUUAAAAAUGCAAGAAUCUCUUUGUAGUCCAUUUAAUCCAGCCUUCUUUCUCCAGCAGUGACCAAACCCCUACGGUAUACACAAUACAAAAACAAGCAGGGCACAGUGAAGAUAACCAUCUGACAUUGUUUCAUCUCUGGCAUCUACUAAUUAGAAGUAUGCUGUAUCUGAAUAUAGAUCUUCCAUGUUUUAACUAUCAUGGGUUAUCAGCCACUGACAGACUUGUCUUAUAUGCAUUGGUAUAAUGUUGAAUUAUAGAAUGUGUGGCUCUUGGAGUCAUCACACCUUAUGGUGCAAGACCAUUAAGAGGUUGUCUCUUGAAUUUUGCUAUGUGGCUGCUAAUCCAGACAACUUCUGAAAUUACAGAUGCAUAAUUCAAUGGGAUUGGGGGAGACUUGCAGCUCUACCUUCAUUCAUUGUCAUUUUCUACCACCAGAACUGGAGGAUUGACUGUCUAGAGGCAAUUCACCUAUGUGCAAACCCUUUCCCAAUAUUUUCCAGUUCCAAAAUUUAGCUUUUCAUUUCAUCCUCAAUUCAAAGCACAGAAAAAACAUCUUUAGACUUGGCUUUAUUCCUCUCUAAUUAGAAUCAUAGAAUCAUAGAGUUGGAAGAGACCACAAGGGCCAUCGAGUCCAACCCCCUGCCAAGCAGGAAACACCAUUAUCACUAAGCAGCCCAUGAGCUAGUGUGUGCAAAUAUUCACAGUGUGUGACUGACGACACAGGGGGAUAAGAAACUGGGAUCAUGUUUGCAGGAUAGCCAUGUGUUUGUGGUCCUGCCUGUGCAGUAGCCAGUGCUUGUAGGCUCUGCGUGUAUGAGAGCCACCACAAGGUAGCUGCAGAAAAACCACCCUCUGUUGAAUAUAAAUUUGUGGGCAUCUCUUUAGCCAGACACCACCUAUCUGACUUUGUUUAAUUUCUCUGUUGCCUAGACAAGGGCUGGUGGGGAUGGAAGGCAGGGCGCCCAGCAAUAGGUAGCAGCAGAGCCAAUGGCAACAACUGACGUUUCCAUCUUCCUCCCUGGUGAGUUCUACAAAAGCAUCACUGAGACUAAGGAGGAUGAGGAUGACGGCAAGUGCUGCCUCUUGGACCAGUUGUGAACAAGAAAGGCAGGCAGAUGCGGGAUGGCUGAGGGACCAGCCUCCACUGUAUCUAGAUUUGUAGGCCCAGUUUGCGUGUAAUGCUAAGAAUAAACCUUGAUUACAGCUCAUAGUUUGUCGGAAGUGAAGCAUGCCAUGAGUUCAGACAUAAUGAUGACCCUCCCAAAAAAGGCUCAGCCCUGGAUUGGCUAGGUGUUGCAUGUAUAACUGGUUGCAGUCACACAGAAGUCAUCAUUGCCUGAUGUAUUUGAUGUGUGUGUUUGGGGGGGGAUACUAUCCUGGGGCAUAGUCUGAAGGCACUUGAUGAUGCAGUUUUGCUGCAGCUAAGCAGGUUUGGCUCUUGGCAAUGCCUCUCUGAGUGACUGCCUGGAAACUUAUUGUACCCUGCCUUCAAUUCUGUUAUGGAAGGAAGGUGGAAUAUAGGUGUAAAAUAUGACUUGUGGAACUGAUUGGUUCACACAUGAAACUGCCCUCAUAUGAAGAGAUCCACUUCUCUGAGGCUGCAUAUUAAUGUGGAACAAUGUAGUGUGUGAUCCAGGCGGGCACAGCCAACUGGGAAUGCUACUGCUAUCAUGGAAACUGUUACCAAUGAAGGCUGAAUUGCCUCUUCCCCAGGGCUGUCUGUGUGUCCUCUAUAUGAAAUGUAUUAAAGUUUUGUACUCACUCAGGACAGUCCAUAUUCUGCACCAAAAACCUGAACUUCUUACAAAUUGUGCAAACAAAGUACAGUACUUUUUCCACUGUUUCCCUCAUUCUGUAUAUGUUAUUUUGCAGUGUUUGUUAUAUUGAGUGAUGCAUUCUAAUUUUGCAAGAUCUGGAGAAGAGCAAGGAACUGUGCUUAAAGGCCAAUAAAGUCCCCCUGCCCCAUGCUGAUUUCUGAAAAUCUGUUUCAGCCAUCCUCCCUGUUGAGUGAGAUUUAAACAAACUUACCUAUACUCAGAAACUUUCAAUAUACCUUCAUAGCAAUAAGGGCUAGAAACUUGUUUAAAAUAAUACAUACAUACAUACAUACAUACAUACAUACAUACAUACAUACUAGAAAGUGAGCUGAGAUUCUCAAGAAAUUCUAUCUAUACCUAAGGCCACAUUUUGUACUUUUUCUCAACCCACUGAAUUGGAGUACAUACACAAGUCCUUGCCUAUCCAUAUCCAGUCAUUCAAAGCUAUUAGCAGUCACAAGAAGGAAAUCGUAAGAAAGCUUCCACUAUAAUUCCAAUCUGUGAUCAUCUUUGCAUGGGCUUAUCCAUGUGUUGUAUUUAUUUACAGUCUACACCUGGACCUGCCCAAUUCUUAAUAAAGAUGCAUUGCACAGCUGAGCUAUGAGUGCCACUCUCUAUUAUUUCAACUUCAUUGUUAUAAAACUUCCUGCUUUAUGUAACGUGGCCAAAGAAAUAGAACGGUGAGCUUUUUUUCUUUACAGGUAAUCUAAACUGAUUUAAUUCCUGUUCUUUGCUCUCAAAGCAAACAACCACUUAGACCCAAAUUGAGUGAAUUCUCUUGGCAUUGAGGCAUAUUUCGCUUUUUUGUGUCUUGCAGUUCAUGAAUGAAAAAGGAGUACAGACUCAGGCACAACCCACAUGUGUUUGCACAACCUACACAGGCUGCAGUUUGGCCUUUGCAAACGGUCUGGGUGGAUGGAUUGUGCCCUUUGGGGGUGGAUUUAAAUGACCUAAAGCAAAAUCCAGAAUACAAAUUGCAGCCUGCCUGUAGACUUAUACUUCUCAAAGCUAAAACCCACCUUGGUCUGGGGUAUUGUGAUAUGGGUAUAAAACAAACUGCUGUUCGUUUGCUCUUUGUGAGGAAAGUGGUGAUAUAAGUACUUUUGAUAAGCAAUCCAAUUCCCCAUACAUUAUAUUCACAGUUCUUAAUUUCCUCUCUCUUUUGAAAAGCUAAUUCUACAAAACAUAAUGACAAAGUAGUCACAGUCCAAGAAGUCACUCCGGAAUUAAGUCUAUUAGGUGCGAGUAUGAAUAUAUUUGUACUGCAGCCAGUAGACAAACAUUAAAGCUGAGAUAGUUUUUAGCUUAAAAUAGUGGGUUAUAUAGUGGACACCUUUAUCUGCUCAGUACUCGUUUGAUUCACUGAUAUUACUCUAAUGAUAACAAUAUCACAGAAUGUUUAAUCUCAGCGUUUGGUUUUUUUACAACUUUGCACAAUUACAAAGCCUAAAAUCAGCUUGUGUAGUGGAACCUGAUGCCAAUCUCUUGCCUCUGCCUGAUUGUGUCCCCCUUCACUUCAGGAGAUCAUCUGCCCCAGCUCAGCCUAGAUCAGCAGUUCGUAAUUUAAACCGGAGAGAGUUGCUAAAUUAUUUAGAGCCUCAAAUGCUGGAGUGACCAUAUAUUGCAGCGCAGAUAUGAAACAUCACCAUUUUGCCUGACGGCUAGAAAGCUUGUUGGCCGUUUUGUAGAAAAAACUCCUGGCGACCUUUCCUACAGGCCUUUUUUUAAAUAUUCUAUUGAAUACAUUCAUUAUUCUUUGUUACUACAGUUAUGCUUGUUUUGUUGUUACCUUUAGGGGCAGAGUCCCAAAAGCUUGGAAAUUAAAAGUUUUAUUUCUAUCACCUAACAAAGGAAGACAGAAAUUAGGUGGCUGCAGUAUAGCAUGAGCAGUGCCUGAACUACAAUGUUUACAUCACAAUUAGAGCUCACCUAAUAUCUGGAUGUAUUGCGAUUGGGAGGCUGGAUUCGGCUUUUGCAAGCACGAGAGGCCAUUGGCAAGUUGUGGUACGGAAAUUAGUUUUGUCACCUUUCGGGCUGCAAGACCGGAACUGCAGCUUAUCUUUUGCUAAACCCAGUUCCUGGCAUAUAUUACGAUCUGAUUCCUUGUCUCCCUCCCCUUAAAAAUCAAAACAAAAUAGGUUCGGAUUAAAGGCCUCUGAAUCUUGGUGAUAAACUUGAAAUUUCCAUGCUUGACCCCUUUGCACCGAGAUGUGCUAAUCAUAGGUAACAUGAAGCAAUGAAGGGAAGCAGCAUUUCUUCUACCGCUUUCUGGGUAGUCCCCAUUAGACUCUCAUUUAUUUGCUGCAUUCUUGUUUUAUGCUAUGCUAACGUCCGCUACUUUAUUGCCACUAUUAGCCAUUUAUGUGAUAUUGGACUUUCUAUUUACCUGUGAGGAAGAUGCUCUGUAUGAACAUCUGUAGUAACUAUUGGAGCAAUCCAAUGCAUAUUUACUCGGAAGUAAGACCCAUUGUGUUCAGCGGGGAUCACUUCCAGGUAAGGGUGUACAGGAUUGCGCCAUAUGGUAGUAAUCUAAUGGAUAAUUUCAGAAUGAAGUUAAUUUUACAAAAAUAUGACGUUUCCACUUUUUUUUCCAAAAUAAAUAUGCUUCAGUUUAUUAAGAGCUGGUGUCAAUGCUAAACAAAAUACACAUCUUCCAGGAAAGAAACAUUCUAGUAUGCUCCUCUUUGUUACUUCUUCUUUGAAUUACUAAAAUACAAGUUGGACCUUUUUAAAAUACAUAAUUUUUCUCUCUAAUUACAUUUUUUUUCUUUGUUUUGUGACCAUCAUUCUCCUGAAAGACAUGAAAAGGAGCAGGAAUAUAAUAUAUAUAUUUUGCUGGAGUCUGGCCACAUUUGUAGCUGUUUUGUUAAGGGAAAAUACUUGACAGUGAAAUAAAGAAAAAAAUAUAUUUUCUUUCUAAUAAAUAAAAAUAAUUUAGAACGCUAGAGGCUAUACAUGACUGUUUUGAUUAUGUUGUUUUAUAAAUGAAAUAGUUUCCAAAAUACAUGGAAGCAAAUAUUAAAGGCAGACAAACAAAGAUCUGUCUACUUUGCUUUCUGGCAAACACUUGCCUUUCUUUAACUUUUCCCACCAGUGGUUCGGCAUGAAAGAGGAACAAAUGUCACAUCACCAUUCAUGAAGUCUGUCAAGUUGUUGUUUUAAAAAAAAAUAGUUCUGGCCUUCUGUGAGUCAACAUUCAUCUUCAACUUCUCUGAUUGGUGGUAUCAAGCUGCUUGUAGACUUAUACUGAUUGAUCUGAUUGGCCAUGUGUGUACUCAUGGGCUUGAUUUGAAUGUUUCUGGGAUAGGCAUUAUCCGGCUCAUCUGUAAACCAUUUCUUUUCUGCUAAAGAGCAAAAUGGAUAGAGAGACAGAACAAGGGAGGAGGAAAAGGAAAAGUUUAAUUAGUGCCAUGCCAAAAGCAGUUGAGAAAAGUGCAGGGUGCGGGCGGGGGAGCAAUCAAUAGAAAGUGACUUUGAAUAAUGGCUAGCAGUGAAGUGCUGUAGAUUUUAUAAACCCAAGAACACUGAUUAGAAGAGAGGGUGGAACGUUUGCAGGCUUGAAAGCAAAGGGUUAAAAAGAACUGGCAGGUGACUGACUCAUUUGUGGAAGGUGACCAGAGCCUUCAAAGUGGUGUCAGAAGUGCUGCCCUCUGUUUUAAUGUGAUUAGUGAAAUGACUAGUGAUUGGCUUUUAGAAAAGCACUACCUGGUUUAAAUUUGAACUGAAAUGAAUUUGCCGCAAUACAUUUCUCUCAAAGAGUCCCCAUUGUGACUUUCUUUGUCAGAUACUUUACGAGUGCUUGAUUAUCUGAACAGUGUUUAAUAUUUCACAGAUGAUUUUUAGUACUGUAUUUACUCGAGACUAAUGUACCACCAAAUCUAAUGCACCACCUCAAUUUUAAGAACCUUGAAACAAAACAAAAAAAGUAUUUGCUGGUGAAUGUGCAUUGAAUCUAAUGUACACCUUAAUUUUCAUAUUGUAAUUUGGCCAGUAAAGGUGAGCAUUAGAUUCGAGUAAAUACGGUAUUAGACAACACACAUGUUAUUCAAUGGCAUUAGAGAAAUAUGUAGUGUUUAUUGGGGAAUUAACACAUGGUGGCUAUAUCCGAUAGCUGACAUAGUACAGUGAUGAUGUGCAACAAUAUCAGUAUCUGACAGCAUCUGGUAGAGAAUGUAUAGUGGAAUUUAAUAGAUAGAUGACAAUUCAUGAGACUUUUAUUUCAUGUCUGCCAAAGUCAAAUUAACAUGUCCAACAUGUCCAAAUCACAUACAUUUUGAAUUUUGAGAUUAAAAAUUGGCAUUCAAAAUGCAGUUUAUAUUUCAAAUGCGAAAUGUCAAACUCAGAAUCUGAAUGGCAAAACUGGAAAAUGCAAAAUUUAAAUGGAAUCAGGGCUGGGGCUACUGUAUUUCCCAGCGUUUAUUGACAAAUAGUUGCUGCUGUCUGUUCCUACAUGACCUCCUUGGUAGUCAUCCCAGGCUUUGUUUACCCUGAAUACAGUCAUGAGUAGCUUGUUCAGCACUGACAAAACCCAUCAGGAUACACCCCACCCCACCCUGGUCAAAUAACCUAUUCUCUAAAUAAGUACAAGUUUCUAAAAUCUCUGUCAGUUUUGAAGGAGAUUCUGCUCAUACAGUGAUGCAUACAGAGGGCUUAUUCCAUGCAAUAUGGAAUUCUGCUUUUUCAGCGGUCUCUUUUGUAUAAUAUUGCAACUUCAUAUUUUACUAAAUGCUGAUGUGCAGCUUGGAACUUAGCUACCCACUUUGUGAAUGUUCUGUUGAAAUUAUUGGCUCAAAAAAGUAGUGAAACCCAUUUUAGGGUGCAAUCUUACGAUCCCUACUCUGGAGAGCUCUGACAUUGAAAAAGGAGAUUAGCAGAGGAGAGCUAAUGGGGAUGUUCUGGAGGCGAUUUGGGAAGCAGCUUGGAUCUGAAGAUUCCCAAAUGUUUCCUGCCCCUUAAACGCCCCCAAACCAGGAGGAAAUCGAGAAAUGCUUCUGAGACUGUCUCCUCUCUGCUCCCUUUGCCUCCCAUUGUUUCCAGUGGGAGGGAAAGAGAGGAAGUUAAGGAAGACUUUAUUCGAAGCCUGGAGACGGAUGGAGGAAUUUUUUAAAAAAGCAUUCCUCUCCCCUGCCAGCUUGAGUCCAGCAGAGGGUGUUGGUUCAGCUGCCAUACGUCAUUCAUCCACACCCCUAAAGACUGGACUGUUAAAAUGAAUAUUUUCUGAGAAAAUAAUUUUUUUCAUUAUGGGUCAGUGGGGGAGGCAGAUUACUGUGGGAAAAGGAAUGGAAUGGGUUUGUGAGAUAACAUAUGCACAAGUGGCAAAGGCCAAAAAUAGGCUGCUUUCUCAAUUCCUGGAAUUGGGGAAAUGGGUGGUUAUGGUAGGAGCAACUAUUUGAAGGCAUGGCUAAGAAUCUGUGGGAGGAUGGAAGUGAGCCCUACUUUGGUGAGGAGGUGGGUGCCUCUAUCUCCUCCACUAGAAGGGGAUUGUUGCUACAAUGGUCCUUGCCAAUGCACCCAACCCCAAAACAAAAUUUAACCCAUAUGGGAGUAUCCACACUGUUCCCAUUUAGAGGAACCCCUGUUGGGUUCCUUUGGAAACUUUACACAAAGAAUUGUGCAUGAAUAAAUUGCUAUGAUGGUAGUCAGCCCGGUUUAGUGAUUUAUGUAUGUGAGGCCCACCGAAGUCACUCCUGAACACUGCUGCGGAUACAUAUUGAUAUUACUUUGGAACUGAGCAUAGUUUCUAGAGAAUGUGUGUUAUAUUUGUUAGGUGUCCAGCUUAAAUUUAUGUGCUAGAAAAUUAGCUGACACGCUGAGGUUUUAUUCGCCUAGUGGCUUGUUAUGUAUAACUUUAUGUUGCUUGUAGAAUUUUUUUACUUAACAGAUUAAAAACGGAAAAUAUCCUGUUAUUUAAGGAAAGGCACAUUUUGCCUUUUCUGUCAUAUAUGUGUUCAAGAGUUGGGUAUGCUUCCUCCUUCUUUUUUUAAAAAAGAAGUAUGUAUGAUUCUGAACCAGGUUCUUCACUCUCUAAUUAAGUUUGCUCUGAUGUGAACAGAUUGGCUGAUAGGAAUUCAUAAUGUUAAAUCCUGCACAGUGAAGCUAACUGAUUGAGUGCCUUAAAUUAUUCUUCCUGACAAAAUGAUAAAGUUACAGUCUGUUCUCAGAUGAUCUACAGCUUGCCAGACUCCUACAGCUUCUUUCUAUAUUCAUUUAUCUUUUUUGUCAAGCUGGGUUUUAUACACACACAUAUAGCCAUAGAUCUUUUAAAGUCAUCAGAAUAUCUGAAUUGUUAAUGAGGCUCUAAGGGAAGGGUUUCUGACGGGCUGGCUUCAGAAAGGUUGUAGGGGUGGAAUUCUGGGAAAUGCGUACACAUCAAAAUAAUUUCAGCUCCAUUUAAAAACCAUUUAGUUCAAGUGUGACACAUGAACCAUUAUGCAUUUGUGGAAACCAAUUUUGUAUGAUCUACGAUUAAACUAACCUUUCAGAGAGGUGUUAAAAUGCACUGGUUCUCAUGUUUUAAAAGCCUUGCAAGAUCACAUAAACAAUUUCAAACUAACAGUUUUUCAAAUACUUGGUAUUUAAAAUGAUAUUGAGAGAAGUUAGGUGUGUGUACUUUUUAUCUCCCUCGUUUGUCAUUACUUUUCGUCAGAUCUGCUGCUUUACAAACUUUGCAGAUGGGAGAAAAGCUGGGGCCAUUGCUCUGGUCAUCUGAGUCUGCUCCCACCCGCUCCCCACAAAGGGGCAAUCAGUUCCUGGAAUUUGAAAUUUGUAUGAAGCAUCUAUUUGGGCAUGUGUUUCCAUGUACUGGUGCAGCAUGAGCUGCCCGGAAACAGAGGAGUUGUUGCUCUCAUGUCUAAAUAUGAUAUGUGUGCAUAAUUUUCCUGAGACAUUUUGGUUGCGUCAAACUCCUGUUUGUUUCCUUUGCAGUUCUUCAAAUAUUCUCCCAGAGCCUGACCUCACAUUUUGGUUGAAGCGAAGUUCGGCAGUAACACUACUACAUUCCCAGACUUCUGCAAGAAGAAGGGCACAGAUAAUCAAGCUCAGGUAGGGAAGCUUAGACUACUAUUUUGGAAGGCUCUGCAUUCUAGACUUGUGCUGUGAAAUUGCCCAUUAGUUUGGGGUUCAAAUGUGGUUCAUGCAAAACCUACAUGCAACUUUCUUUUCAGGCUUCUGAUAUUGGUUGGAGUAAAUUACACUUUAUUCCCACAGCAAUCAAAGGGACUUGAGUUAGUUGUGAUCAUGACUAAUUUGCCUCACUGAUUUCAAUGGGGUUAAAACUUGAUGAAAUUACAGUACAAUCCUAUACAUGUCUACACAGAAAUAAGCCCCACGGAGUUCAGCAGAGCUCUCUCUCAAGAAAAUUGGUAUAGGAUUGCAGUCUUAGUCUGGGUACAGCCCAAAGCAAAACACAAUCCAAUUUGUCCCCCCACUUCAGUCCUUGAUGUCACUGGAGGAGAUUUAAGUAUGGGCUACCAUUGGAACUUUACUGUGCUUAACUGUGACUAGAUUGUACUCUUGGGGUGGUAUUCAACUUUUACUCUUAAGUAGACCUAUUGAAAUUAAUGGACCUAAUAGAGUAGUUCAACUAGUAUUGAUAAAAAUGACCUAAGUAAAACUACGUGACGCCCCCCCCCUCAAAAAAAGGAAUGUAUAGCUAGAUGGGGUCGUGUGUGUACAGAAUGCCACUGGAUGCACAAACUUUCGUGUGGGAGAGAAAAAUAUAUAAUCUGCUGCAAAUACCUUGCAAGUAACAAGUUUCAUAGCAGAAUAUUUACAAUGAUAAAAGCAAUGUGUGUGUUUGUGGUGGGGUGGAUUACCUUGCAUGCUUUUUUUCACUCCCUCUAAAUGGCAUAUUAAAAGUUCUGCCACCCCCAUGCUUGUUUAUUUGGCAGGGAGUAUUUUAUAUGCAGUAGGUGCCAAUCAGCUUGCUGGGAAGGCAGAGUGCUCUCAUUAUAUCUGAACUGCUUUCACAAUUCCUGACUUGGUUUUCCCUGCAAAACAUGUUUCAUGGCAUGAACGAUGAGAGGCUGAAAUAAAUGAAGAUGCCCAGCUAAGGUUUUCAUCUACAUUGCUUCACAGCUCUAGGUUGUUUCUCCUCCUGCACUCCAAUCUCACUUGUAAGGUUUUAUGUUCUUGAGUUUUCUGUGGGCCAGAUGAGGUGAACAUGCAAGCCACAUUGCCUGAAUUAUAUGUGUCCGUCUUAAUUCAUGCAUAAGGCAGGGUGUGUAGCUUCAGUUUUAAAGAAUUGUGUGGGUGAGGAGAGCUGAAACCUUCCCCUUUACCCAGCUUCCAUAUAGGAAGUGAUCCUGGUUGAGAAAAAAUGAAUGCUUUGCUGGUCCCACACAGAAGGAGGGGAUGAAGGUUUCAAAACCCCUCCCCUGGUCACUCAUUUGGAUGUUCAAAUCACAUCAAAUCACGUCCUGCUUUACAAAGUAAACAGACAUGAUUGCCACCAUCACCACUAGUCUAGCCCUGAGCUUGGGGAAAACCAUCAAGUUGUAAUUGGGGGACUUUCUGGUCCAAGAUUAGGGCCGUAUACGUAAAGGUGCCUCAGUCAGCUCAGGAUCCACAUCCACCAUUUUCAGUAGUGGAUGGUGUAAUGGUUCUCAAACUUUUUUCACACUUUCAGAAUAAAAAUUUACUUGUGCCAAACUGAUUUUUUAUUGAUAAUAAAUGCAUUGGAAAACACAACUAGGCUUGUCCUCAGCAUCACUUGAUGCUCUUGCUCUCGUUUUGAAAAGAUAUCUAUCCAUAAUCUGCAAAUAAUAUAGAUAGAUAGAUACGAUACUAUGCCAUGCUGAACUGUUUAAAUGUUCCUUUGAUUGUCCUUGAAUCUUCCCACCACACUUGCCAUCCUCUCCUGUCACACAAGUGUGGCACGCCACACCCUUUGAGAACCACUGGUGUACUGGGACUGUGCCUUUGACCUGACCUCUGUCAGAGGUACUGCAGUAUACCAGGAUAUAGAGGGGCAUGGCAGCAGUAACAUUGGGGCAGUGCAAAUGCGCUGGCAGGAGCACCACAUUGGCUCCACUGGUGGGUUUGCAUCGCACCUGCCAUGCAGUCGCCACCACCCACCCAUCCUGGUCUGCUGCAGCUACUCGGCUGGCCAGAGGUCAGGUGAACAGUGCAGCCCAAUAAUGUUGUCCCCUGCUUACCAACUUUUUGUCUUCACAAGUUUUCCAAACGCAGCUUACAAAUGGACACUUUCUUAUUACCACCAUGCAUUUUAACAUCAGUUCUAAUCUUCCUGCAAUCGUGGUGUUGGAGCCAGAGCUAUACCUCCCACUUACACGAGAGAGGUAUCAGACUUUGUUAACGCCAAGGUUUGCUGAUACCCAAAAAAAACUUUACAGAAAAACCUAAGAGGUUGAACCCAUCCCUGUCAAACAGCCCCAUGAUAACUCAGUGGCAUGAAAUGUUGAAUGAAGGAAAUGAGAGAGAGAGAGAGAAACAGAACUGGAUGGAAGGGAGUCUGGGAUAGAAUGUGUGGACCUAGCUAUAAAAAGGAUAAAAAGAAUCAUCUCAUUGUCCGGAUAGAUCAAUUUCUGGUUCACACUGAAAAGCCAUUUUAAAAUGUCCUGAGGGAUGGAAGUGAGAGCUGCUCAUGAAAUCAAUAGGGAAAGCAGAAAUUUUAAUCUAGCUGAAACAAAGCGCAAGUGUGUUCCUCCCCACCAAAACAGGCUGGGGAGGUCUAUGCAUACUCAGUGGACACAAAAUGCUCACUAACUGUUGCGGUGCAGAGGGAAACCAGGGAGCCGGGUUAAUGGCUCGACCCUCUGAACAGCAGCAUUCCGUACAGCAACAUUAUGUUGCAGGGCUCACUUGUGUACAUAUUUGUUGAAAUAGCAACUUGCACAAAGUGUGAAAGGACGUCACUUGUUUGUGAUGUAUUAAAGUCAAUUAAUGGCCUAAAUCCUCUAAAUUCAGAGGGGGAUAACUUAAGCAUGUAAUAGCUCAAUAGGAUCCCUGCUUUUGUAUCUUGAAACCAAGUACGUGUCCAGUCCUUACAGUUUUAGUUCGGAGAUGUUUGGUGCCAGCCCCUUAGCAUUUUGUGCCAUUAUGGUUUCAAAAUAAAAGCAGUUGGGCGACACAUCUGCCAGUCGCAGUUUAGCCAUCAUUCAUGUAAAGAAAAAUUGUGGGAAUAGAUGUUUGUGUUACUAAAAUAUGCAAAACAGCUGUGCUCAUCAGACUCAUGAAGAGUUCUGCCUUCAGUGGGGAGCAAGUUGCCCAUUUCUGAUCUCAACAUAAAUGCCCACCCAAUCCAGCAAGGGAGAUCCAUGUGCAUAAGCAGGCAGUGGACACCGACCUGGAUGUGCACCUGCAACCAGAGGCGGAGCUAGCUGUACCGGCACCCAGAGCAGCACACAUGCUGUGCACCUGGGGGUAGGGCUUGCUGCCCACGGGGCGGGGCUAGCCGCCCAGGGGGGCAGGGGAGCAUCCCGGGGGGUCACCGCCUGCGGCGAGUAGCGAGCAUCUGGGGGGGCGCUGCCUGCGGCGAGCGUCCCAGGGAUGCGGGGCGGCAAUGUCACCCUCCCCCCAGGGAUGACACCCGGGGCGCACCGCACCCCCUUCCUCUGCCAGUGCCUGCAACCACACUGCACUGAUCAUCUGGGCCUCAGUGAACAUUGCUGGAUGCAACUUUCAUUGUGGAUGUCCCCAUCUUUCAGCACAUCUCCACCUCUGCCCUUGGCCACCACUUGCACUUGCCUCCUUGCAUGAAUCAAGCCCAGGGAUUUUUUGUGUGCGUGUAAUGUGUCUAGUAUUAGAAGUUAGGCACAUUCACAUAACAUUUUCAGCAUGAAAAAAGGCUUGAGGACUUCCAAAAUGUUCCCCAAAUGUUCUUGCAUGCUUACUGUUCCUUUUAUUUGUCUUUUUCCACUGGUUUGGAGCAGCUUCAUAGAGUCAGCUGUCUGCUGCUGCAGUGCCACUCAUUUUUUUAAAAAAAUCUUUCUCUCCUCGCCAUCAACAAAACAAGCAAGUCAACAUCAGUGAGGGCAAACAAAAGUUAAUUCAGGGCGAAGGUAAUGCUUCUUAGCUUGCUCGCUGGUGAUGGGAGUUUUUAAUGGUGCUGCAGUAGCAGCAGCUAAUCAAGGCUGUGAAGAUGCUUCCAGUUGCCACCCUCCCUGGGGAGAGGAGCCUAUAUGGAAAGUGGUUUUUGUCCCCUUUGAGCCCCAAAAAUAACUAUGGAGGAUACCAGGGACUGUGCUAAACUGUUUGUUUAACGUCAUGGGAAAGAGUGUGACCUGGGGUUCAAUAAAUGCCCCCUCUCGGCCACAAAUCCCAUCUCUGUAUCACUGCAGAUUCUUAAUACCCUUUGUAAUUUGUACACCGUAACCUGCAAAUUUGCUAAGCCAGGGCACCUGGAAUUAUAGUCCAAAUUAAUUGAAGGGAUACCUGUAGGAUGUGGUACCAUUUCAAAUGGGAGAUGGCAGGGACAGGAGCACAUUAUUUGGUGUGUGUUUCUCAUAUAAUUUUCACAUCUGUUUUUAUGUUACAAAGCCUUACGUGCUUCAACACUUUAUAAACACCUGGGCCUUUAUUCAAAGACAGUGUUUUCCAAAUGAGUAAACAAACCAACAAACAACCCCAUGCACACUAUCUCUACUAAGUGAAUCUACUUGUAUAUUGAAAGCAGUGUAAAAAUGGGUAGUGAUUUAGGGCACAGUUCAGCAAGCAAAGUGGGCGAAUACUAUUCCAGUGAAUGUAUGGUGUUCCUGUGCUGGAUCUUGUUAAAAGAAUGGAAAGGCCCUACAGCAGCAGUAUUUGCUGAAUUGAGCUCCUUAGAGGCCCAAUUGAAGCAAGGCUUUCAUUGAUAAUUUUGUGUCAAGAAGAACAUUUUCUGGUCUCCCCCCCCCCUUUUCUUUCUUUCUCUAAUACAAACACAUAAUCUACAAUGGUAUCCAUUUUAGAUAUUCAGUUAUGCAUUUCCUCAGACACAUUUUUUGCUGCGUCAAAUUCACAUGACAACUGCUUUCAUAUUGACAUCCCUUCCAUUGUUGGAGGAACCAGGUUGUAGCAUUAACAGAAAAGCAGGUCUGAUGGCAAAGCAGCAUAUGGAAUCCCCACCCGCAACCCCCAGAGUGAGUCUAAAUAAAUUAGUAACAUAAUAUCAAGUCAAUAUUCACCACUAGAAAUGGGGAGAGGGGGAAGAAUGGUGGUGAAUGUAUACUGGGUGACAGAAGUGGGGAGAUAGAGUGACAAGACAAGAUGGCACCACAGGAAAAACAAAAAACAAAAAAACAGUUUCACCAAGUGAGCACCUAGUUGUUCAGUUGGGGGGGGGGACACGUGCAGUUGGAAAUGAAAUGCAAGCAGGUGAUAGGGUAGAAAAAAGAAAUCGCAAAUGAGAGUUGAGCAACAGCAGCAGCAACAACAGCCAGUUUACUUUGGGUUUAGAAACAAAGCCAAAUAAAUAAAUAAAAUUAAAAUAGACAUUACAACAAAUCUGAAAUUAAAAAAAAAAACUGAAUCAAGUUUGGUAACGUGGUUUUUAAUGUGUCACAAGUUUCCACAAGGACAAAGUUAUAGAAGGAAACCCCACAGCAGUUUUCUAGCUCAUGCAGAACCAUCAAUUGUCAUACCUUGGCCCAUUCUAUUCAUCCUUGUCGCACUUUAGAAAGAGAAGUAAGCUAUGUAAGUUUUACAACGCCUUUAAACUGUCACGCGUCCCAUUGAGCACUUUAACUGGCACAUCCUUGGUGUGUGUUAGAGAAUGCCUGGUGGCAAAGAUCAGCACCUUCUUUUGCAAAACUGUGCAAAUUUAUCUUCAGGGUCCAGCGCAAUGAGUUGGCAGUACUGCUUUGGUCUUACGGGGCAGAGGGUGAGUGGUUGAUGAGGGUAGGGACAAUAAUAGUCUGAAACAUUUUCCAGUAAUGCCAACUUGCAGUCACCCUUCAGUAUGUAAGACUGGGAACUCCCAAUCAGGAUUACAAGUAAGGCGGAAAGGCUUUAGGCAUUGCACCAAACCAGAGGUUGUCAGUAAAAGUGCUUGGCUUCAUUGUCAAUUCACACAGCAAGCUUCUAUAAUCAUCAUGCUUUCUGGAGGAGGAGAGGGGAGGGGAAAUAUCUAUAUAGCAACUCCCCGCAUCCCCAAUAUACUUUCUAAAACAUAAAGCACAUGCCAGGCAACCAGCUAGCUAAUAUUUCUAUAAAGGGAAGGGGUAGGACAGAGGAAGUAGGGAGCAAGGAGGUGCAGUUGCAAGGAACUAGAAUUCUGCAAUGGAUAAAUAAGGUGGUGCAGGGCUCCAAGGUGCAAGCCUGAUAGUUUAGAAACAUGUUCUGUGAACAUUCAAUCCUGACUCCGUUCCGGACCACAUUUAAUUCUCUGCAAUGUUGUUAGCUUGGCCAGUGUCUUGCUGAACUACAUUAUUUAAGCACGUUUUUUUUCUGGAACUAAUGACUAGGUCUUACUGACAAGUAAAUGGGUUAGGCACUAGAUAUGAGCUACUGAUUAGCACAGAGGGUUGCAAGAUGUCAUUUCAGAAACCUUCCUGACUGUACAGCGAUUCCCCAAAAAUGUUCACUGAGUGCAAAAGCAGACUUAGUAUAUUGGGGCAGCUCUGUGCAGGAUUGUUUCUCCACAUACAACCUGCCAAUUUAUGGGCAGUGGCAUAAGCGAGAACACACCGCAAAUCCCUUACGUAGCCCUGCCUGCAUUACAGCUGGUAAGUGAGAAGAAAUCCCUGACGCCUCAGCAAGGCCCAGAAAGUAUGGGGAUGAUACCAUCAUGGAGCCUUCUCUGAAUGGACAAAAGAAUUUUUUUGCUGCUGGAAGGCUAUGUUAACAGGGCUAUUCCCAGUUAUAAGCAUGUUUGCUGCUCUAGGAGCAGAUUGUUGUUGUUUAUAAAAAAAAAUGCAUAUAUUUUUGAGGGAGUGCGAGAGAGAAAGAGAGAAGCAAAUUUCUAGUUUCAAUCCAGAAACAAUUGUUCCUCACUACUUUGGGAAACUCUGGCUUACUAGUUCUAAGGCAGUGGAAUCUUGCAACCCCGAUUGAAGGAGUUAGCAAUAGGCACUAAUGCAAGGCAAUCUGUUUUGUGCGUUCUUUAAAUCCUUUCAAGGAUUUAAAGGGUAUGUUGCCAUUAAGUUCAGCAGGUGCUAUGCAACAGCUAUAUUAUUAUUUACCUUGGCUAAACCCAUCAACUAAAGCAUGGCCCCAGAUUUUCCUGUUCGUGUGUAUGCAAGUUCUUUCUGGAGGUUUUAAUAGCAUACAAUUAAGCUAUCAGAAUGGGAAGGGAGUGCGCUGAUAAUAAGAGUUUAUUGAUACGUAAAGUUACUUGCUCUUUUCUGAAUAAAAUGAGCGUGAGCCUUUGCCAUAGCGGGGAGGAUUUAUACCCCAUUUAUUCUGUACAUAAGGUGACUAAUUCACCUUUUAAUAGAUAUAAAAGUCUCAGGGAGGAAGAUUCUAAUAAGCUGUAUUCAAUAUUUAUGAUACACAUGGCUUUUCUUCCCAAAUGUCAAAAGUAAGAGAAAAUAGAGUUAUUCAUGUGGCAGUAUAGACAAAAAUUACUAUGCAAUUAGAACAUUGUUUGAAAAAGUUGGGGAGGUUAAAUAAUUAGAACUGAAGAACUACAGGCCUAGUUAUUUUUUUUUUAGUAUUUUUGUAUUAAUGUGAAAAAGGCACUCUCUCUAUAUUUUUAAAAAGUCCUAUGUGCAAGAAACAUCCUGAUAUUACUUUGGUAUAAAAGCGGGUGCAGCAAAACUCUAUAAAAUAGUGUGAGGCUGUUUCAGCACAAAAGACUGACCCCCCCCACCCCUACAGCACAUUUAUCUGAUGCUUAGAAAAGUAACCACUUUGGGGGUGAAUUUCAUGUGUGUGAAUUACUUUAUGCAAGUGCCCUUUUACUACACCAGGCUUGCAUUAGAUAACUUUCUGUAGCUGACACCACAAAGUCAGUAGUCACACUUCAUGUGGUUUAAUCUCCGUUAGAACAGUUAUGGUGGGGGGGUUCUUCGCAUCUGCUCUUAACAUUUCCCCCCACCUGCUCUGCGUCAUAAAUAAUGUUUGGUCUGUCUGUUUCGUUGCUGUUGUACUUAAGGGUUUUAUGGUAUUGAAAUAAAAAAUGACAACCACAUGCACACUGUUAUACAUAUGCAAAAUAUGUGUAUAAAAAUGGGAACUCCACAGGGGAGGGCUGGGGAGAAGAGGGAAAGCUACUAUUGGACACACCAAUUGGGAGGGUAUGGGUGGUGGAUACAGCUUCACACACGGUGGGAGUGGGUACACGUAUCAAAGUCUAUCUUCCUGCACGUACUUCUGCUUUUCCCGGGAGUCCCUGGUCUUAGUUCGAUUCUGUCGGUUUGCGGUUGCUGGGAUAGAAUGAACCGAUGAGCUUUUCUUGCUAGACGUAUAGGAGGAAUGGGAAGAAUGGGAGAGACUAGCCCGGGACUGGCCAGCAUUGUGGUCGUACUGCAUCAAACAGAAGAUCCAGUCUGUCGGCACAAGCUCAAACUCAUAAGGUGGGUUGGCUAUAACAAAACUGAAAAAGAAAAGAACAGCCGUCUUACUUCCUUUCCAUGAGGUUUCCAUGCUCUACACAAAUAAUAUCAAUUUCAUUGUUCUGCAUGGGACAAUGACAAUAAAGAUAUCGUAUAUCGUAAUAUCAUCAGCUUGAUAUUUUCACGCUGAAAGGAAUGGAGUGAGCUUCUAUUGUACAGGUUGUAGUAGUGUUGUGAGGAGCUGCUUUUUCAUGCAUCCAUCCCACAGCACUACAGUAAAGGUUCCCAACAACAUGUGUGAGGGCCUUGACUUUGAAAUGUACUGCUGGUGGAAUCCAUAGACAAAGCAAGCGUUUUCAGGGUAGUGGUGGUGGUGUUUCAGCAAAUCUCUGAGUUAUAUUUGUCAGUUAGAAUUUGAAGCAAGUUCGGAGAAGCCUCCCCAAGGCAAGACAUGUAAGGUACUUCAAGAGAUGCCCAAGAUUUUCAGUGAACCUGUUGUAAUUUCUCUGUAGCCUUCUGCACAACUCUCACCACCAAAACAAUGCAACAUCCUCCCAUUUUAAUGCAUUCAGGGAAAGGAUAUUUGCAUCAGCACAAGAGACAGAAAACAGCUGAGGCCAUUUUCAGUUCAAAGGGUAAGCAGCACUGAGGUGGCUUAAACAUCUGGAGGGUGCCAGGUUUGGGAAAAGGUGUCUUACUAUCCCUGCAGCCAUGUCUGUAGGAAACAGAUCCAAAAGCUGAUAGGCAGGUGAGGAGAGUGUUAUAAAGUAAGAAAAGUGGGCUGAACAAGUCAUUUUGUCUUGGAAGCAGUUACCUGUAAUACACUAAUGUUUGUGGUAGCCCCCCUUGCUGGAAUAUGCUCUGCCACAGUAGACAGGUUGGGGAAGACAGCUUGUCCUGCAAUCUGUGACUCUUUUGAUCAGUUCAGUUCAGAUAUUUUUUGUUGUUUGCCUCUGAAUCCUAUCUGCUGUAAGUCAUACCUUCAGUCUUCCCUUCUCCCUAAUUUCCUUCGCCCAUUUCUCUUCCUUGACCCUCUUUCCAUACUGUGAGUUUUAACCUAUUGCUAUAUCUCAUUUGCUAACCUGAGAAUUGCAGGGGCUUUAAAUCCUGUGCCUACUUUGGAGGCAAAACAAUUGUUAAGAGGGAAACAGAAUGGGGAAAUCUGGAUUGUGUUUGCUCACCAGUGGUGUGUGUUCAUUUACUUUAUCUAUCUAAACUACCCAUAUCUCGUGUUUCUACCCAACAAACGUACAACAUUCAAAUGUUGAGAAUAUCAGAUACAGCCAUGUCAGGAAUUUAACAGUAAUAAUUGUGUGUUGUAAGUUUUUUUAAAGUUAUCCUCCCCUUUCAAAAGCCCAGAGAAACAAAAUAAGUUUUACCUGUUGCUGGAGAAACACAUGAGCUUCGGGGAGGGGGGAGAGGGAAUUCUAGAGAUCGGGCAUCACCACAGAAAAUGCUUGCCCCUGGUCCCUAGUUGCCUCACCUCUGACAAUGGGGGCAUCUAAAACUGGGCUUUUGAUGACACUCUCAGCACACAGACAGGUUCAAAUGAGAGAAGGUACCACUUCAGAUAUCUCAGUCACCUUUGCAACUUUGGACUAAUUGCUUGGGGUUAUGUGGAGCGAGGAAGGGAAUAUAUUUUCUACAUCUUUUAAAAAAACACAUGGCUUAUUAACAAUGAACUCAGUAGUGAAGUAUUCUGGUACAUUGUGAUCAACUGGUGACAGUUUUUUAGUUAUUUAUUUGUAGUUCAAAAUCAGCUUGUUCUACUAGUACAUUAGGAAAAAAUGGAGCUGCUAAAAUAAUAAGUUAUACAGUGUACUUCCUCAGGUUUGAUGUGGGGGGUGGGGAGAAAGUGUGUUUUAGUCUUUGCCCAUAUAUUUUUUUCACUCUUAAGACGACUGAAGGAGUCCUUUUAUGCAGGGCUAUCCUAUGCGUUAGGAGUCUCCUGAUAAACAGGGAAGUUCACUAUAUUCAGGAAAUGAUCAGUGGUAGUGAACUCAUAUAGCGAAAAAACCAUGGGAUGCUUCAUACUUACAAAAGGGGCUUAAACUCAGUGAAGCUUACUACUUUGAAAGAAACAUGCAGUAGCAUAUGCACAAAUACUUCUACCACCUUAUCUGAAAACAAAACCCAGAGAUAUAAGGCAAAGCUAUAUUCCAGAGCAAAGCCGUUGUGUUCAAAACAUUUUCCUUCAACAUCCAGCCUCCCAACCCCAUAGAUUUUCUGGGAAAAUGUGAAUGCUUGUACCUGCCUUACUACCAUUAACCAACACUUGGUGCUGUGGUGAAGUUUACAGGGACAGUGAAAAACAGCAAUAACAAUAACGGCUGGCCAAGAGGCUUAAGUUUUGUACAUACCGCUUAGUGCAUUGGCUAGGCGUGCUUUGGUUGAAAUCUCUCAAUCGGUAUAUUCCAAAGCAAAGCAUAUUGUAUGUUUUCAAAGCUUUACAAAACAAAUCUCCAUAACAACCACCGUCCUAGGAGACAAAAAGGAGAAGAAAGGAAUUAAGAGGUUGUUCUCCACUUCCUUCCCACCCCCCACCCUUCAGCCUCCGUUGCAACAGUGAUAAUGAAAGGAUGUAUGGAGGGGGGUAUAUUUUAAGUCCGUAGUUCUAUGCCAAGGGGACAAGGUGUGAGGCAAUCUGUUGUUUACUUGUCACGAGUGAGAAACAAUUAGUCAAGGAGCUGUCUAAUUUAAAUAUUUAAUCUUGAAACCAGCUAAUAAAUGUGUGCAUGGGAAUGUGUCCGAUCCCAGUGAUUGUAUCCCCCCCCCCAAAAAAAAACCCUCACAAAAACCCCAACCUGGACUGGGAACAGUGACUGACUCUUAUUUUAAUUGAACAUGUAAGCUUGGGGCCCAGAGAACAGCUAUUCCACAAAUUAAGAGCAAUGUAGUCUGAACUACUGGAUGAUUAAGAAGGUGUGACUUUUCCUAACUUGCUCCGGUCUUGCAAAUUACUGUGUCAUAUGGCUCAGUUUAUUUAACUAUGUUGUCAAUUUUCACCAAGAUAGUUUGGAUUUCACUGGGGAGAUUAACACUUAGUAGGUAAGAAUCCCCCUGCUUUCUUUAGCCCUGAAAAAAAUGGAAAUUAGAGAAGGGGAGGAUGUGUUUGUCUGUAACUGAAGUUGCCACCUAUCAAAAUUGUCUUUUGUCUCCAAGCCAAGCAUUUGUUUUGAUUAGGGGACUCAACUGGCAUUCAGUAUGGCAGAUACAGAAACUGGUUCAUAUAUAUGACAAAUCAAACUUCCAGCUUCAGUAUCAUCUGCAUAAGCAACAGCAGUAUGUGACCCCCACAUACUGCGAGAACCAUGGGGGUAGUCAAAACUGGUAUUGCACAAGGAUCCAAUUUGUGCAAAGGGGCAGCAGGGUUGCGCAUGUGCUUCACAUCUCACAUAGGAUGUAACCUUUGUUUAAGUAAGUACAUGGGCAUUUGUGUAUUCUCAUUUGCGGGAUUAUCCCUUCUACAAAUUAGGUGUCAUCGCCUCAAACUCGGAGGAGGAGUCAGCCAAGUCCAGAGCUGCUAUGCUACCAACUGGGGAAUUUGAUCAGGCUCUUGAUGUUGGGGUUUCAGAGCCAACAGUGCUUGACUUGUCAGAGCAAUCAAGCACUUCCCAUGCUACCCCAUCUGUCCAACUGGUGGUGGAAGAGACCUAGCAGGCCUAAGUUCACCUCUGGCCUUGGUUGAACCAAGUAUGGAGUGACUUGUGGUGCUCCAGCCACUGGCCUGCCUUGUGGGUACCUGAUUAAGAUGGGUCAGAACAAUAAGGGGAGGGAGAAUCAAGUGCAUGCCCAUUGCAGUUAGACAUACUUAAUCUGUUUGAUGUUAUUCUAUAUGUACAUGACUUCAUUUUCUACAUUUCAUGGCUGGUAGUUCAAUGUUUGAACUGAUGGAGAAACCCUAUGUCUAAGAUUAUGCUGUGCUUGUUCAUAUUUACAGCCUGCCUGGGUAAACAAAUCUUGAAGAAGAUGGAGAUGCCUAAUUCUCACGGAGGUCAGGUUUGAACCACACCAGAUACAGAUGGGGAGCUCUUAUGGAAGAAUAUAAAGCCAUGUAUAAAGCACAUAAAGAAUUGACAGGUCAGUGAGUCCUUUCUCCUCAACAUUUGUUUUCUGUUUUUUAUAUAAAGGGCCAUUCAGUCUCAUUGAGCUACUGGCACGGUUACAGCCCAGUUCAAGUUUAUUACCACUGCCAACCCUAGUUCCAGUUUAAAUUUCUUUGACCACAGGGAGGGCUAGUCUGGUUAGAGGGAUGACUCCUUCCCCUUGAAGAGAAGGCCAAAGGAUGGAGAGGAACCUGCCUGAUGCCUCUAGUAGGAGGCAUCCAUUCUAGGAAGAAAAUAAUAGCUCGGUCAGUAAAGGACAAGACUCUUAAUCUGAGGGUUGUAGGUUUGAGCCCCACAUUGGGCAAAAGAUUCCAGCACUGCGGGGGUUGGAAUACAUGACCAUCAUGGUCCCUUCCAACUCUAAGGUAAAGGUAAAGGGGCCCCUGACCAUUAGGUCUAGUCGUGACCAACUCUGGGGUUGCAGCGCUCAUCUCGCUUUAUUGGCCGAGGGAGCCGGCGUACAGCUUCCGGGUCAUGUGGCCAGCAUGACUAAGCCGCUUCUGGCGAACCAGAGCAGGCACGGAAACGCCGUUUACCUUCCCGCCAGAGCGGUACCUAUUUAUCUACUUGCACUUUGACGUGCUUUCGAACUGCUAGGUUGGCAGAAGCAGGGACCGAGCAACGGGAGCUCACCCUGCCGUGGGGAUUCGAACCUUCUGAUCAGCAAGCCCUAGGCUCUGUGGUUUAACCCACAGCACCACCCGUGUCCCAUCUUCCAACGCUAUGAUUCUAUAAAAAUCUCGCACUUGGAUAUGGCAAAUUGUAACAGCAGCAAUAUAGCAAACAGCAAUAGAAAAAUAGGAAUUUACCCAAGCCAGAGCAGAUGGGAAGAAGCCAACAACUAGAAACUUCUCCACAGAACCAUGUGGUGUGUGCGCGCUACUCCACUAUUCCCUUGCUAUGUCUUGGGUUGCACUUGGAAGCCAGCAGCCAAGGUACAUAAGUGAAGAGCUCUUCUUUGCUGCCAUUAACAGUUGGAAGGGGGUUGUUUGGGUAUUUUGCCCAGGUUCCAGCUAAUUUGGACAACAUUUCCUGUGAUGCAGAAUAGGGCUGGAUGAUGUUGGGUUUUCAGCAUUGCAGUGUAUCACCAGUAGGCCUGGUAUGAGGAGCAGACCACGAUGUCAGUAUCUCUCAGUGGUAUAUCGCUGGUGAAACCACCACUGCUCCUGACUGAGUCCCUCUGCCAGCAGUGUCCGCUGGAGGCAGUCAAGAGUUCCCUCCUCCAGCGGGUUCUCCUAUCAGUGGGACUAAGGAGUGGUGGCGGUUUCACCAGCGAUAUACCACUAAGAGAUACUGCCAUCCCACUCUGCCCUCAUAUGACGCAGAGGGAGAAACAAGCUGUAUCGGUGAGGUGCUGAUGCAGCUUGUUCUUCCCUCUGCAUCUUUAAACUGCUCAACUGAGGAGUGUGCAGCUGCCUUGCCUCAGCUGAGCAGUUAAAGGAGCCCUGAUGCUCGUGGGAGAGCACCAGGGCUGUCUCACCUAGGGAGGGGGAACCUUCCUUUUUUUAAAUACAAUUCUAUUAAAUUUCUGUUUUGAACAACCUUAAGAUAUCAAUGACUUCCCUUCCUCUCUUUCCAUGGUUCAUUUUGCACAAUAUAAAUCCCUGCAUAUCUUUAUUUACAUCCAUCAAAACUUAUUCACACUGUUGAAUUUAUCUUAAUGCUGCCCACGUUUUCAAACUGAAUUUUCCUCCAUUUAUUCAAUAAACAUUUUCCAAUCUCCUUUAAAUAUAUGUUCUUCUUUUUCUCUUAUUCUAUAUGUUAGCACCUUCCUCUUCCUCAGCUAAGCUGUGUUGUCCCAGCCCGUGAGUGCCUGGGGGAAAGCGCCUCAGCUCCCACAGUGAGAGCUGCAGCAAUUUCACCUAGUGCCUCGUGGGCAGAGGCCAGUGCAGCUUGUUUUUUCAACAUUGCGAUAUAUUGCCAAACCGUGAUGUUUGCCAAUACAUUGCAAUGGCGAUACACUUUCAAGCUGCAUUGGCCCCAGCUGGCGAGGCACUAGGUGAAAUUGCUGCAGCUCUCACUGCGGGAGCUGAGGUGCUUUCACUCAUGUGCUUUGUGGGCUGGGGCCAGUGCAGCUGCCCCCAGACUACAGCUGAGUUGGGGAGGGGGCGGAAAGGCUCCUACCCCCUGCCACUUGUGUGUUAGUGGCAGGGGCUCCUUGGCGGGGGGGGGGCUGCCCGCUCGCCUUCCACUCCCCAAAUAUGGACCAGACGACAGUAGUGUUUAACUGCCUUCACCCAUACAAGCAUGCUGCCUCUUUCCCCGGGGUGGUUGUUCACCCCAGGAGGAAAGACGAAGUCCAUCCUCCUGGGUGAAGUCUGCAAGGCAGGGCUGUCUUAGGGCAGGAUGAUGGGCUCCAUUUUUUGUGGGAGGAAAGAUGCAGCCCACCCUCCCGGACAAAGCCAGGCAGGCCGUAGCCAAGUUAGGCUGCUUCUGCACAAGCCGGAGGUGUAAACGUCUCCAUUGAGGGUCGUGCAGCUGUGCCCCCCCUCAGUGGAAAAGUGUGACAGAGCCUGCACCUCCCCAGCUAAACAACCACAAUCUCGUUCCUACUUGUGUAUGAGCAGGAGUCGGAAAGGGGAGCACAUUAAUGGAGACCCCACUGCGCUGCUGGAUCAUGUGAGCCAGUGGCUGGUCAGGCGCUCUGUAAAACAGCUUGGCUGAGGCGAGGGCCCACUGCGGCGGUAUGAGGGCAGAGUGCGGUGGCAGUUUCACUCAGCAGUAUAUCGCUGGUGAAACCACCACCAUUCCUGACUUCCUUUGCCUCCGGCACCUGGCUCCACUUGUUUCUUCCUCAGCUGGGUGCUGGAGGCAGAGGGAUGCAGUGGCGGUUUCACGAGCAAUAUAUCCCUGAGUGAAACUGCCAUCGCACUCAGCCCCCUCAUACCAGUCCUGGCCAAUAUAUCGCCCAGGACUGGUAUGAGGGGCAGAGUGCAAUGCAGAUCUAAUGCAGAAGAAGGUUUGCCAGGGGUGGGGGGAGGAGGAAUUGUGAUUAUGUCAGGGGACAGCUGGAAAAUAUCUGGGAGGUGGGUUAAGUCUUCCAGCUGCCAAUUCUCAGAUCACUGCAGCAAACAACCCCCAAAUUCAACAGCUCUGAGUGGGAUACUCAAAGAAAGGCAACACUGCCUCUAGAGAUUACGUAUCUUCUCUGUUGAGGACAAGACAAAGGCAGCUACAGAAUAGCUCCCGGACUUUUCCUUUUGCUGUCCUGGUCUUACCCCGAGGUCUGCAAAUGGCCCAUCGAGCAAUGCCAGCUGCGCCACCCGACACCUGUCCCUGUUUGCGAGUGUCUGGGGUGUGCUGUAGCCGCCUCUCAGCGCGUUCUCCUCCGCAAUCAGCGACUCCAGCUCUGGCGUGGCUCCUCCUGUUACCAGCGUACGUAUCAGCGUGAGAAUAUUGUCAUUGAAGUAUGUCUGCAGAGAUAAAAGAAAGCUCUUCAAGCAAACACCAUUAAAGUCACAACUGAAGACAUCCAAAUUACAACUUUUCUGGGUUUCUGCUGUUUAAAGUUCUUGGCUUGUCUCUUCAAAUAAUUUCUCAUCGGAAGUGAAAAGACAGCAGCCCCCAAUUACUCUAUUUUCUUCUGUCCCAUUAGGCUUUUGCUCGACCCCCCCUUUUUAUUUUAUUUUUUAAAAAUCCAACUCAGGACUGAUUUUUAUUAAAGAACAAAAAUGUAAAUCAUUUAUGUUUCCUAUAAUUGGUGUUAGUGGUGAAGCAAUGACUGCCUUCCUUCUCAUUGCCUUCAUGUCUAAUAACAGCCUUUAGGACAUGUAAUUGUAAAAAUCCAGACCACAUUUAAAGCUUACACAGGCUAGAUUGCCUUUUUAUACUUGUCACCAAUCCAUUGGGGAGCCGCCUCUGUGCUUCGGGUGUCAUUACUUAUUACUGUUGCUGGACUCGAGCUGUCUUCCCGCUGUAUUGUACUAAACAUCUUAUUACGAGACUUGACAGUGUUCAGACACAAGCAUGUAUCAAUUAAACAUUUUGAGUUCAUUCCAGAUAAAUGUAUGAUGAGUUUAGGGUCCUGCUGGUCCUUUUAAAAAACUCUAGGGUAUGGGGUAAGUGUAGUUUAUUAGGGAAGAUUUUCUCCACAGUGACAUUUUGCCAGCAUCAGUAGCUACUCUGGUCUCUCAGGCAAAACAAUGGGCAUUUUAAAUAUUAAUUAGACGCCAGCGGAAGGAAGUUCAUUUAAAAGUGCACAUGUCGGGUUGCAAGAGGCUUCCUUAAGUAGCUGCAAUCUAUGGCUGGUGGAGGACAGUAUUUUAUUUUAUUUUUAAAGAGGAUUAUCUCUAAUCCUAACAAGGACUGCUGUAUUGGUCACAUAUGUGGCAAUUGCUUCAAAUUUUGCUUCAGGAAAAAUUGAAUGGCAACCCAGGAAAAACUUCUACAGCACAAUCCUAUACAUGUCUGCUCAGUAGUAAGCAAAUCAAUGGUGCCUUAAAGGUAAAGGUACCCCUGCCCGUACGGGCCAGUCGUGUCCGACUCUAGGGUUGUGCGCCCAUCUCACUUAAGAGGCCGGGGGCCAGCGCUGUCCGAAGACACUUCCGGGUCACAUGGCCAGCGUGACAAGCUGCAUCUGGCGAGCCAGCGCAGCACACGGAAACGCCGUUUACCUUCCCGCUAGUAAGCAGUCCCUAUUUAUCUACUUGCACCCGGGGGUGCUUUCAAACUGCUAGGUUGGCAGGCGCUGGGACCGAGCAGCGGGAGCGCACCCCGCCGCGGGGAUUCGAACCGCCGACCUGACGAUCGGCAAGUCCUAGGCGCUGAGGUUUUACCCACAGCGCCACCCACGUCCCUAAUGGUGCCUUAGCAUCCCUCAAAUUAUUCAUAUGGGAAGAAUCAAUUGUGCUUAGCAGGCACAUUUUUGUUAACAGCUCUACUCCACUGGCUUGGAUAAUACCAUCCUUUUAGAUUCAAAAAACAUCUUUAGAGAUAUAAACAUUUCUGAAUCCUCCCAGUUACAAAAACUGCAAUCAGGGCAUUGAAACAUUUUUGAGGUGUUACCAUCUGAGAAAGAUCUUUGAAACAGGACCUUAUCUAGAAGCCUGUCUGUUGUCAGCUGCUUAGAGCAUUCUUCAGUGAAAUAAUUAUUUUUGUGAUAUAUAGUUUUGGGGUUGUUUUAAGCCUUGCUGAAAUGCUCAUUUUGCAAUUGUGAUAUUUUAUCUACUUGAUUGUGAACUCCUGAUUAUUAUCAAUAUAUUGUUGUUGCAGUCCUAUGGCUUUUGUUUCAGCACUUUCUGUGGUUGCUAGGGAAACCAGAUUCAACAGAGGGGGGGCGCUUGCACCUUUGAAUGGCCGUGUGCAUCCCUGCCAGACCCACCCCCCCUUCUACCCUGCUGUAAAAGAUACAGAAGCCCCUCCCUCUUGGCCUCUGGUCGCACUAUGGACAGCAAGGCUGCUGCUUUAGGCCAAGAAGAUGGUUGCUGGUUUGAGUUUCAACAGGAAGGGAUUAGCGUUAGCAUAACAGAGACCUCACACUGUUCUGAAAAGAUGCUCUUUCCAGAACCAGGUUGAGUAUUUUAAUAUCCAGAGAGCUAUGCCUCCUACUUAUCCUACUGUGGCUUGGACUCCUGCAUAUUUCAUAGUUGGUAGAAGUAGAAAAAGUUGCAUCUGUUGAAAUUCCUGGAAUUGCAUGGACUGAAUUUCAAUGGAUAUGUUUGGUAACCCUGUUUUUUCUUUGAGGGUGUAGGAGAUCAUUUUUAGCUCUUAGAUUACUACAACUGUGAGAGGAGUUUUAUGGUCUUGGAUAUAUGGUAAUGUUCAUAACUGCACAUACAUAGGUCAGCACAGGAAGACCAACCUGGAACCAUUUUGAUUCCUAAACUGACCAAAUGUUUUCUCUGCAAAGUCAAACUGGAAAAGUCUCCCCACUGUCUCUUUCCUCACAAAUCCUGUCUUAAGGACACAUUUAAGAUAUGAUUAAGGUGUGAGCCUGUGACCUGGCCCAGGAAAAGUAUUUUACCACUACAAAAGAAUGGCCAGGCUCCCCAGGCAAUCCAAUCAAGUAACUUGCCAGACAGGAGAUAAACUGGGACAGGAGAAAAACAACAUGCAAAUGUUCUGUUUCAGACCACCUUUUCUGGGAUGUAUCUGAGGGGUGGUCUUAGGUUACACCCCUUCUGUGAUGAAUGCAUAAUGUUUCUGGGGGUGGUCUUGAUCUAGAGGAUGGGAAUUUCAAAAGUCUUUAUAAGCCCUUGCACAGCAUUUUUAUGGGUUCUCUUCCUCUCCUGCGUGUGAGGGGAGCACCCUGUUGCAACAGAUCAAUAAAGAUCAAGCUUACUAGCUGCUUUGCUUCUCAAUAUUCUCUGGUUGGCCUCUGUUAUUUUCUCCUACCAAUAGGGAACCUAUGUAAGGACUCUAUAUGGGCUCUUGGAUACCCCAUAAGGGAAAAGGGCAUAUUUUUAUUUACAACACAACUGCUACUAAAAUAAUGGAGGAAAAUCUUGUGGCAGCUUCAAACUCCAAAAGAUUCAGAACAUUCUAAAUAACAUUUUACUAUGUAGUAAGGUCUUUGGACAUGAAACAUUAAGGCCAUGUGGAAAAAUUAACUAGAAAACUAUUUUCUGAUCGAUCCAUGAAAGAGGUGAUGCAAUCUGAAUCUGCUACUCGCAGUAGGAAAAAAAAUCUGAAUGCAUUUAGAAAGGUGAUUAAGUUUAGCACAAUCCUUUUAGGCCAAAUUCCUGCUGUUGGCUGUGUAGCAAUCAAGAGUAAAGACCUUUUAAUUUGCAGCCACAGUUGCUAACUAGAUAAUCAUGUGAGCCUAUCUGCAAUUGUUCCAGUUUGAGGGACAAAGGUAAGCACAACCCUGGCUUACUAUAACCUGGGCAAAAGAUAGGUCUCUAUAUUUGAGCUUGCAGUGCCACCUAGCCCUUUUUUCUGCAUUCCAUCAAAACUCUUUUGAAAUAGCACAACUAUUUGGGGCCUGCUUUGUAAAAUCCCCCCUCCCUUUUAAAAGUAAAAUAAUCACAAGAUCUUAUGGUUCACCAUUAAUGCUGUCAUGCUUCUUAAACUAAUUGGUCUCUUACAGAAAAUUUAACUGAAAAUUAACAGAGCUCUUUAAUACAUUCUAAUAGCAUUUUGCCUUUCAUUUAUAAUUAUUCUAAAACUAUCAUUUUCUGUGUCAAGGCUGCCACAGUUAAAAUAUUUCCUAGUUUGCAUAGAGUAGCUUAAAGAGAAACUCUAGUGCUGGAGUAUUUGUUUUUUGUCAGUAUUACAGAAAUGCAUUUUUAUUUGUAUAGUUUAUUUAAAAUAUAAUGGAUCUCCAAAUGCUGACAGUCUUGAAUUGAAGUCAUUAUCUUAUAGCUAGUGAUGUUACAGGGAGUGAACCCUAAACAGAGCAGAAAUAAUCUAAUGUAUUUAUCUGAUAAAUCUACCACACAGAUUUGUACAGUAUUGCAUGAUUUAAUCAUAAGAUAAACCAAGGAAGUUGUUUAUCACCUGAUAAUAUUUCUGAACAGUGGGAAAGUAUAAGACUUGUGUUAUAUUUUAUUUAACAAAAAUUGCAUACCACUUGAUUGUAAGGAAACCUCUAAGCGCUUUACAAAAAUAAUCAUUGUGGCUGUCAACCAACAUUAAAAAAAGAAAAUUUUAUUAGAUGGAUUGCCUUGUUUUUGACUAAUUAACUAAAGUAAGACACUGUAUUUACAUGAAUCUAAUGUGCACCUCAAUUUUCAAAACCUUGAAACCAAAGAAGUAUUUGCUGCUGAAUGUAAAUGCGCCAUCAAAUCUAAUGUGCACCCUCAUUUUCGCUGUGUAAUUUGGUCAAAAAGGGUGCUCGUUGCACAGUAAAGCCACAUAUUGCAAAAUCUAAACAUCCACUACUUCAAGGACUGUGAAUGAAAGGAUAGCUUUACUCUUAAAUAUGAUAACUUACCUCAUUAGGGAACUGCUUACUUCCUCAGCUGUGUUUCUUGUGAGGCCCGUACUUGGCCAUAUCCCUGCACAAUUCCUUGGCUGGAUGGCUGGCUUCUGCAUAUUGUCUUUCACUUGAGACCCCCAAAAUUAUCCACUGCCUCCUUCCUCAGUUACCUGCUUCUUACCUGCAUUCGUUUUAGGUGACUUUAUCUGUAGCCAUAUGGGAGCAUCCUUGCAUUUUGGACAGGAUUCUUUAAAGGGGUGGGGGAGGCCCAAAAUAUCGUACAGAAUGAGUCCCUGUGUCUUACCACUCCUGUAGCCAUUUGUUCCUAUAGUAGCAGUAGCCGUUCCAGGCCUGUUGUGCAUGCAACAUUUAUUCUCCAUCCUGGAUGUAGGCUGCACACAUGAGCUGAGACAAUAUUUGAAUUACACAGCAUGGAGCAAAAUUAGAGGUGGGUGUUUUCAACCAUGCACCUAGUUGUGGGCUGAAGGACAGAGGCUUAGCUUAAUGUCACAAGGGCACUUGAGCAACCUAUUCUCAGACCACCUUGCUUGUUUGUCCACACUGUAGUUCUUAAGGCAAAUGAGGCACUGGGAGGUGUUUCCCCAGCUGAAAAGCUGUGUGUUCUCUACAACCUAUGAGCCACUGGUUUCUGACUGUACUACUUCUACCAGCGCUGAUCGAAGAGCUAAGGAUGUACAGGCAGAGUGAGACAUACAAAUAUGGGUCAGGUAAAAGGAGCAGUCUGUUUUCCAGCAGAGCUGUGGUUGAAAUGGCAGGUUUCAACCAUCUGUGUAAUGAGGAAAUAGAAAACACUGGAUACUUACUGCGCUCAUGAGAGAAUCCAGCACGCUGACUGCAAAUGCAGUUCCACACGCAAAAGGUUGCGUGAGAUACAGUUCUGUAUCAGGGUCGUCGUCAUCAUCUUGGUCCAGAAACUGAACAUUUGAAUCAUUCACUAAAAAGAUAAUGAUUAACAAAAAAAUAAACCAGCAGAAAACCUUGUCAUGCUACAUGUGUGGGGGGGGAGUGUGUGUGUGUGUGUCCCCAGAAACAUAGGCAGGUUGGUGAGAAUGGAGUUUAAAUGGGUGUUUGAAAUGAGUGUUGGGAGAGGAAACAAAUAAACAAACACCAGUUGAUCGUUAUGAAAUGUGAAUGUCCCAAAAGGUGAAAUAACGUUCUCAUGUGAGGAGUUUCUUGGUAUCAUCAGGAGCACAGUCAAGAUUGCCUUGUCAGUAGGAGGGAACAACUCCAGCUUUACAUUACAAAAUAGAGAUCACACAAAAUACUGUUUCAGCUCAAAGACAAGUAAAGGCUCAGAUGGCUUCCUAUAAUAGACCUGAUGUGGCACAUUUGAGGAAUUUCACCUGAAAUUAAACCAUAUCUGAAAAAAUAGGAUGAGUGUGAUGAAGAUUUGCUUUAUUUAUUUAAUAGAUUUAUAAACCACUUCAUGACCAGAGGCCAUCAAAGCAGAGUACAAGUGGUUUGUUUUUGUUUGUUUUUUUAAAAAAAGAUGGUCAGAAAGGAAUGGAGACAGUGUUCUGGAGCCAUAUUCUCUGGUCCUAAUAUUAUACAGCAGAAACACUACAAUAUGUUUUACAUGCUUUAUUAUGAGCACUCCCUUAUCCCAGGCAAAUUUUGGUCACAACAUGUGUUAGCCUAGUUCACACUAAAAGGAUGAACGUGAGGCUGCAGUUGGGAAUUGACAUUCUCCAUUUAUAAAAAUCCCUCUGUGUCUUAUAGUCAAUGAAUAACAAAAUUGCUUUGUUUAACAUUCUUUUCUUCUUUUUGAAGCAAAUGUCUAUUUGAGAGAGUACAUUCCGCUUCAAAAAUGGACCUUUGGGGAAGACAAGAGUCUGUUUUCAAAUGCUAAAUUAAACCAAGGCACAAUCUUCAGCAGCAUUGUAUAUACCACUUCCUACUGGCAGACGUGAAAGACUAAUAACUCACACAAGGCUAAUACCUGACACAAAAGCUUUCCCACCUUUUACACGGUGACAAUUUCCGAAUCGCAGCAAAAUCUAAUGUGAACGUUGCAAGGCUAAGCCUCAAUAGCUUUAUCGUCCUGGCCUACAUUCUCCUGCUAGGAUUAGUAUGAAAUGUCUCUGAGCUAAGAUGGGACUAGAGGUAGGAUUGGUUUAAGAGUGCAGGACUUUGCCACAGGAAGUGCUAAUCAAAAUUUCACUUUCCCAAAGAAGCCUGUUUAGAAGCUUAGCUGGUUUCAGGACAUCAGAACCCUUAGCUUUUGUGUGGAAAGUGGGCCCCCAAAACAAACCAACAGCUUAAGGGAAGAGCUGAUGCUGGAGUUUCUUUCUCCCCCACCUAAAAUGUCUCUUAUUUCUUCUUUGACUCCUCUGAGAGCUGUUAAGACAUGUCAGUCAAAUUGACAGGUGGCUAGAUUUUUUUUUUAAAGGAAAGCAAAGCAAGAGAGGGAGAGAGAGCGAAAAUGUCUAGACCAAAGAAAAAUGAAUUGGUGUGAAGAUACUAUGGGAGCAGCCGGCAGGUCAAAUGAGUGUGAUCAAAGAUUUACUGAUGCUGCGUAUGGAGGGGGAAAAAAUCAUUAAGAAAAGCCAGAACAAGACAGUCGAUUUCAACUGGAAUCACAAAUAAAACACAUUCAAAGCGGUGCUCUGAGGGUAGCCCCCUCUGAUACAGCCAGAUAAAUAAAAGAGAAAGCUGAUGACAGUAGGAACAACAAUAAAACAAAAGACAGUUGAUGUGAAGGAAAAAGGCACUUCUUACCCAGUUCAGUUAUCAUUAGAAUGUGAGUUCCACUGUUUUUUUCCUGACUGAUUGAAACCAAAGGCAGAAGUUUGCCAGGCUUAGCUAAUAAGUAAAGUGUUUAGGAGGGGAUUGGGGUGGAAGGGGAAAGAAGGCACAGAAAGAGAAUAAAGUAAGGGAUAAGACAGGUAAGGUCUAAAACUAAAUGGAAAGAAAGUGAACAGGACAAAAGGACUACAAAUCAAGCUUGCCUUUACUAUGAGAAACAGAAUGGCUUUCACGCUUCACACUGCUUGACAACACUCACUAGUCUAAUGCCACAGCAGAAAUGGGAAACAAGCAAACGGUUGCCACAUUCUCCAUGAUAACACUCCCAAUGCCAUUACGGAACAAAUUAGUUAUUAAUUUGUCAGCGUAAGAGCAGAGGAAUGAACAAGCAAAUAUUUAUUUUUGGUUAAGAUGCAGGUAGCACACGGGGCAAAGGGUUGCAUUUUCUCUGCAACUAAAGGGCCACACCUACUCUGGCACAUCAGUCCUAAUAAACAGAUGUGCAAUCCUGCAUCUGCCCACAGGGGUGCUGUCGUCCAGCGGGCAAGUGUAAACUGGGAUAAUUGCACUCAAUGCAAUGGCUCUUACUACCACAACCACCUGCAAGGGGGAGAGGGUAGUGUUAAGGUGGCUUUGUUGAAAGGCAAGGGGCAAACAACAGAGUGUAAUGGUGGGCAGUAGCCUGUGGACCUUCCAGCUGUGGCAGGUUGCCCACCCACACUUCUGUCUGAAUGUAGGGAUCAGCCCCACUCUUAGCAUUGAUUUCUGUUCCCCCUCUGGUGGUGCAUCCAGGCUUUGUUUUAUAGAGCAGAUUCUGAAGAUCUGUCACCAAAUAAGGGAAGAAGUAAAAUUAUGUUCAGGCUUCAGUGAAAGAGCUUGCUUAAUCAUUGUCUCUCCCCCCCCUUUCCUUCACAAGAAUAAUUAAACAUCAGUACAUUAAAUGAAAGGUACUACGUAUGACCUGUGUUCAUUUCCUUAGGCUGGCAAAGAGGGAGAGAAGGAGGGUAAAGAAAUGAGCAAACAAGAACAGAUCACCUUCAAUUUCUCUUACCUAAUUCUGUUAUAAUAGGGAUAUCAAUUCCUGUUGUGAUGGAGUGCUGACGUAGAAGGCCAUGCACCGGGCUGUUGUCUGGUGAUGAUCUGUCCAUUCCUGGUGGUGAAAACCCUGUGGAGAAAACAGCAUGCCAAAAUUUAGGUGUUACACUGGGUUACCACUUAUUUAACAGCUUUCAGUGGUUCCUGGUCUAUUCCUGGGCAUAUUAAAAAACCCCACAACUUUUAUUUUAUUUACUUUGCUUUCAAAACCCUGUGGCAUGGGGCCAGCUUAUCAGAAGGGUUGCAUGUCUCUACAUGUGCCUGUCCAGAUCUCCAUUAUCAUCUUCUUAGGCCAGGGGUUCUCAGAGGGUGUGGCAAUGGCGUGGCAGGAGUCUCAAGGACAAUCCAAGAAACAAUGAAACAGUUCAGUUCAGUGUAGUGUUGUAUAGUACAGUAUCAACAGAAUUGUUUUUAUUUACAGAAUGUGGAUAAAUAUGUUUUCAAAAUGAGAACAAGAACAUCAAGUGAUACUGAGGACAAUCCUAGUUGGAUCUCCCCCCCCCCCCCCAUGUAUUCCUUAACAAUAAAAAAAUCAGAGCCAUGCUGAUUUUGAUUGCUCCAAGAAGCUCAGAAUGGUAUGUAAGGGAUACCUAGCCGAGUUGCAGCAUUGACAGGACCUAAUUAACGUCAGACAACAUAAUGGCACCUGCAGACCAUCAACUGAGCUUGGAAUUGUUAUUUCAGAUUAGUGGACUGAAAUCUCUGUACUGACCUAUAUGCCUUUCAUGCCAUGCUAUCUUACAGACCUUAUCAUACGACAGAAUGGUUAAUUGGUUUAAAAGGUAAUUAAAACAAGGAACAGGGCUGUGCUGCUAUCCUUACCCUUGUCCUUACUUGCUCUACAAGGCUCCACCCCCUGAACAUCUGUAUGCUGCCCCAGGGAGGAAAUUUAUAUGUCAGCAGUCAAGGCCGAGAAGUGAAACGCUUCGACCUUUUGUGCUCUAUUGCUGUCUAUUAGGUAUAUCUGACCAGCAGUGUUUGGAAAGAGUUUUUGGAAACAGGAGAAAAUCAGGCUAUAGUUGAAUUCAGAGAUUCUCCAAAGUGGAACUGGUAGUCCUUUGCAUUCUUCUCUAAGCAGAAUGUGGCUGCAAGAAAAAUACAUGGACUCUUCCUACUCACCGCAGCAUGCCAGCUUUUAGCCUCAACCCACCCACCCCCACUAUCCCCUCUCCAGUGUUUGUUUGAAACGCAUAUGACAUUUCUGUGAGACUGUCAGCAGCUUUAUAAUUUCAAAUUGUAUACACAAAGCAAAUGCACAGAAGAAAAAAAGUACUAAAUGGCUUGCAUUUUCUCCCUGAAUGGAAAGCUAGUUCUACACAACUGUAUACAAAUGUAUUUAUUUAUUUUAAAACAUUUGUGAGUAAUCUUUUCACUCAGAAACAGAGCACUCGGUGCAUGGAAUUAAAUGGCUGGUUGGCAUUUCCUCACCAAAAUAAAUUAAUAAAGGUCGUCUGGUUUGCCAGUCUGGAGGUGCCAUAUUUCAAUAAAAUAAAUGCGCCUUUAGAGCAACAGGAAUGAAACAAGUCCACUCCAGGGUUGCCAGGGGAAAUGAUUUGAUUAUAUACAGUGGUACCUCGCAAGACGAAAUUAAUUCGUUCCGCGAGUUUUUUCGUCUUGCGAAGCACGGUUUCAAUUUUUUCAAAUCUUCAAAAACCUCAAAAAAGGCUACCACACCGCGUGCUAUGAGUUGCUCCCCAAAGUCAAGUCGCAACUGCACCUCUUCAAGCAAUGCACCCUGUAUUACUGUAACGGUUUUAAGAAAAAGGAAACAAACUUGCAAGACGUUUCCGUCUUGCGAAGCAAGCCCAUAGGGAAAUUCGUCUCGCGAAGCAACUCAAAAAACGAAAAACUCUUUCGUCUUGCGAGUUUUUCGUCUUGAGAGGCAUUCGUCUUGCGAGGUACCACUGUAUAUAAAUGUUAAGUUAUUAUUAUUAUUUCCAUUCUCUUAGAGAGCUGGCAGGGAGAAGAGAGGUAGGCAGUAGGUCCUCCUUCCCUCCUCCAGGAACAUCCUCUUUGCAGUCUUUUCUAGCCAGCCCUAAGCAUAAAUUUUAGAUGCUGCCUAUUUUCUUCCUUCAAAAAAAAUAAAAAAGUGAAGGAAACAUAAACUGUUUUAUCACAACUUUUAUUUGAAAGUAUGAAAAACUGCAAGUGACAGCUGUGCGAAUUCAGUGGAUGUGAAGUUUUUGAAUUUCUUCAACUUGACAAGUAAACACCUUAAAUCGGUAAUGCUAUAUAUGCAUAAUACAUGGCCUGUAUUUUGACAUCCAUCAUCAAAUGCUGACUUGAGAAAAUACAGAUUUGUACGUCAAGGAAUAGCACCCACAAAGCAGGAAGGAAUUCAGGUCACAGGGUAUUAGGAAAGCAGUAUUUCAUUACAGCACCAGAAACAGGCUAAGUCAUGAGAUGUAAGUGCUGUUUGGGGAUGUGAAGAGAUUCUCUUCUACUUCACAGAGCCGUCCUUCAUUCAGAAAUGGCACGCUUUACUCAAAAUAUCCAUUUUCAUUCGCCUUCUCAUGUUUUCAGUCAUCCAAGCUUAAAUAUUAGGGCCCAUAAAACUGAAGAGGGGUGACUGUUAUUGUUGAUUUUCCUUUGGUUCAUAAAAUAACCCCACAUUAAUUAGGAGCUACAAUGCUAGCAGUUGCUUCAGUUUAUUGUCUAGAACAGUCAUUCUCACACUCCAAGCCCUUCCUCUGCUAACCACUUGAAAAUGGCUGGGGAGUCUCUCAGUGGACCAUUAAAUAAACUUUUUUCCUUCUUCAGCACCACCACCACCAUCUUCAAAAACAUCAUCAUGUUCUGGAAAUUACAUGACCUGGGCCUGAGAAAAAGGCAGCUUUAAUUGGUAGGUUGCUAGGGGGGAUAAUUACAUUAAAUUUAUAUUUAUUUAUUCAAUUUAAUUUUUAAUUGUGCCAAAAGCUUAUUUGAGCUACUGAAGGCAGUGUGAGACAUCUUGCAGUUUGAUAGCUAGCACCCAGUGUUGGAAGGAGUUGCCAUAUUUAGUAUAUUUAAAUAGUAUCGAGGAUAUUGGCUUGGAUUCUUAGUCUAUGUUCAAGUCAGGAUAUGGGGAUUCCUGCCCUCUUCCGACUGCAGCCUCUAAAAAGCCAGUCCUGGUGAUCAGAAGCUGCAGAGCAAGAGACAAAAGCAGUGACUUCCGCAGACACAAGCAAAAAAAGGCUGAUUGGAUCUAACCCCUUAAUAUUCAAGCACAUCUUUAUUAUUUUCUCUUAAUCCCAGUUAUACAACACACUAAACUAAAGCUGCUUACGAAAACAAAAAGCCACACAUACAAUUAUGUCUUGUAGUCUUAAAGGAAUAUAUUCUUUCCCUUCACUGAAAGGGCAUUUAUGCUCGAUAGGAAUCUUGUUUUUGCCUCGCUUGACCUCGGGGCCCUCUGCUCUUUGGUGUCUGCUACCUCUUUGGGCACCCCUCUGAACACACCUUUAGGAAGGGUUCACUCCGACAUCAUACACCUAUCAUCAGGAGAGCAGGGAAACUAAGUUUUAUAAGCCAAUUUCAUAGGCUACAAACAGGGAAACGCUUAACCCACCACCAAGGGGAACAGACCCCAGGGCAGAGUGCUCCUUAGGUAUUAAACUCUGCACAGUAGACUAACAGUAUUUUCAAGGAGAGACAAAAGCUAGUCGUGUAUUUAGCCAGUGUGGAAAUUACCGCUUCCCAAACUAAAGUUAACCAGACCGUUGGGGCUAAUAGCUAUAUUUUAGCUGGCACCCUCACAUAUAUACCCAAUGUGUAAUGGAAGGAGUGGGGGAAUCCAGUUAGCAGAUAUAUUCAGGUUAAAGACUUCUGAAACGUUAAGGGGAAGGUCAGUUUUUUUGCACAGUGCUAUCCAAAGACACCCCUCCCCAUAUAUACACAGAUGUGCUUGCGAACACAAAUUUGACCCAGUUUCUCCCUGAUUUUCAUCUAUUUGCCCCACAAAAUGUGUCAUUCAGAGCUAUUUCACAUUUGACAAAGCGAUUGCCUGUGGCUAAUUGUUAAAAAGUUUAAUAGCCUUGCUUCUUCUUAAAAGUUUAAUAAUUGCUAUGGGGGCUUCAAAUCUAAUCUGAACUACAGUGUUUAAGGAGCAGGUGUUUAAUUCCCCUCCCAAUUUCCAUAUAACCCCCCCACCCCCGUUAUUUCUAGGGUGGAGAGGGGCAGAUACAACAAUGUUAUGGUCCGUUUAUGUUUCUCCUGCAGGACAAAUAGCAGAUACAUAAGGAAAAUGAAGGGAUGGAAGGAUGCAGAAUUGCUCUUAAACUUUUUAGAACAGUGGGAAAUCCUACCAUAGCUUUCUUAGUAUCACAUCUAGUUGUUCCUUCAUUUUAAAAAAAGUGUUGUCAUCGAAAUAGGAUUACAGUGAAAUUUCAGGAUAAAAUUGGUGGUUCCUGCUUUGGUCAAACAUCCAAGGGAUUUUCAGAGGUGGUAAGAAAUUUCAGCAAGAAAUUUCUUGGGAAAUCACAUACAUGCCUAAAUACAUUCACCUGGGCAAACGCAACAAGCAGCAGACUUGAAUACUGAUUUGUGGGUAUGUUCCACUUGGCAUGAAUGAACCAUUUAACAAGAUCUGAGUGUAAUUAUCAUGAUUUUGAAAUUCUUAUCCAACCUCUGUUUGCUUUCUGGUAUAAACCAGUGUUAAAUUUAGUCUUGGUAUUAAGGAAUUCUGACCUGUGCUCACCUAUUCAAAUUAAUUAAACUGCAUUAAUCCUUACGUUUGCUAAGGCAGGUUGUCAAUGAGUUGUAAACGGAAGCUCACUGUUUCAGAAAGGGAAUUUUAAAUGCAACUUAGGGAAGACUUCUAUAGGCACCUGGCUUUUUAAGUGAGAAAAGCAAAGCAAAAAUAAAAACAUCAGUGCAAACAAAGAACAAAACAUAUUUUGUUAAGUAAACACAACAAUGCUGUUUAACACAUGACUGGCAACUGCUCAAACAUAAAUUAUAUAAAAAAAAUUCCCAUUGCCACUUAUGGGGAAAUUAUGCAGAUUAGAAUUUGAUUAGGCUUAUUUCAUGAGACUCAAUUUGGACUUUUAAUCUAUUAAGCUCCAAUAAAUGAGGCAUCUGAAUAGCUCCCCUGAGCAGCAGCUGUAAUAACCACAGCAGUCUUCCCUCCCUGCUUCUGCAAUACGUAUUUCAACAAUUUCUUUAGCAGAUGAUGUUAACGGAAAUUCCAGGUCUCUGAGUACAAUUACUUUUUAACUAGUAUGAAAAUGUCAGGUGUACAGGGUAAGGCAAAUGGAGCCUUAAAAUGUGCUUCAACGGCAUUUUUAUGGACCUCAACAUUCAUCACAUUUUCUGGUGCUACCGUCUCCCCUCUCUUGUUUUUGACCAGCUUCGUGUGUUUGGUAGGGCCCGCAGAUGUGUACAUGAAUAAAAACGCAAUGAGGCACAAUUAAAACCAAUGCAAAGCACACCCUUGUGCCAGGCAAGGUCUCCAUGGGGAAAAGGCCUGCACGCUGCACUCUCACCUCGCCACCUUGCAAUGGGAUGGUGUCUGCUACUGAAGCCUCUUUCUGGGUUCUGUGUUGUGAUCAAAUUGUGGGACACUUUUUUCCGGUGCUCGGCAAAUCUUCCGAGCAUCAAAUGUACAGAACCAGGGAGUGGGGCAAGCCAAAGGGCACACAAAACUAAAAAAUGCCCCAUCUGGUCAUUUUCUGUCAAUGGGCUGGUAGGGAUUUCCAGCCCAAAAUAGCCUGGGCCAAUAUUUUGCCCUUUCAGAGCAAAUCUAAUGUUCAAUGGCCUGCAGAAGCCUUGUGAUUCAUCGACGUGUGUACCUAUUCCUUGCACUUGUUCAUAAAGACUCCAAAAAAGUAUGCUUUCCCCACACAAAACUCAGAGCAAAAUUGGCAUAAUUAGCAAACCAUUUGUACAAUAUGUAAAUUGCGGCUGCCUAUAUUUGAGGAACUGGAAUAUGACAUUCCAAAUGCUGUUAAGUAGCCAUUGCUGAGCAUUAAGUGAAGCAGGAAGAGGGAGCUGCUGUGAUGUUAAGUGGCAACAGAGGGAGGGGGGAGUGUAUUGGGGUGCUGAUAAGCCCUCUCCUUACUCACUACUUAGCUACAGUGGCCAGCCAAUGCGGCUGUAAGGAUACUGCAGACAGCCUAUAUUGGAAUGAAAUGUGGUUUUAGAGCUAUGAAAUUGUCCACCCUCAAAGCUAUUAAUCCAAGAGCUCUGAGGCUAAUAACAGCUUCAGUGGGGGGUGGGUGUAAUUUCAACGAGAAUGCCAUGGGGAGGGGAAAGGAUUAUUGCUCUCCCUGCGGUCCCGAUCCCGCUUUCUUCCACAAACCCUUCUUGCAGCUGCUCCUAUGACAAUGUGGAAAACAGGCGUGCUGAAGGCGUUUGUGUAUUUAACAUCACAUUUGUUUGGGCCCUAAACUUGUGUGAAGGGCAAGAAGUCUUUGUAGUUACACAGGACAAAGAAGAUACUGAAAGAAUGAGCCGAUAUCUCAGAGUAAGAGUAACCAGAAUACAAUAGAUGCUUUGCUUUUGGUUUUAUGGGGAAGCAAACAUACUAGAGAUAAGCUUCUCUUAAAAAACAACAACAGUAAAAAAAGCAACAGCUGUGCAGACCAAUCCAGUAAGACCUUGUUCCAGCCCUGAGAGAAAGCAUGCAGAACACAGGCUGAACCUUGCAUGCUGCGUCCCAGUUUUUCCUUUGGUCAAUGCAAGUACUUAAAGUUAUAUUCCUUCGCAGUGGCCACAAGGAAGCGAAACAUAUUAACCAGGUGCUCUGUGAUAAAUAAACAAACAAAAGUACUUCCUCAUAAUUGGAAGUAAAUUGGAACUGAAAUUUAAGAGGAUAAUAUUCUUUUGGACGACAUACCUACUAUAUGGAAUUUGACAACUGGGCAACAAAAAUGGAUUCUGAUAUAGAUGCAUUGGAAAGAUAAAUGUGCAGCUCUAUUUAUUCAAUGGAUUGAAGACUGGACUACACAUGCCAACCGAUGAAUGGACUGCUUAUAGACAUAAACUUUGCAUGGACAAAUAGAAUUAAAUUUGGAACUCAUUUACACAAAAUACAGUAGGUUAAAAAUUGCAGUUGUUAAUUGUACCCUUUUAUUUAUUUUUCUUUCUUCACUUUUUUAUUAUAAAGAAACACUUUUUAUGUGCUGUAUUUAAAUUUAAGAAUAAAUAAGUAAUAAUAAUUGGAAUGAAAAGAGCUAAUAAAAUCUCUUACAGUCUGCAAGGGAAUGUUCAGAUUGCGCAGAAACGAGGCUAUGUUGAAAUACAAAACACAUCGGAAACAUUAUGCUACACUGCCCCUUGCUGAAAUACCUAUUAUGCCACUGCCUUCCAUUAAAAUAAAUACCUUUUACAAUAACGUAUUACAGGGAGUAUGGAUUUAUGUUACCUGAUAAUAGGUACAGACUGAUGGAUAAUAAUGACUGUUAUUAUUGAACAAGAGUUUUAUGCUAUAUAUGAUGGCUAAUCAUCAAUUUCUUUAUGCAGUUAGCGGCAUUGUUCCACUAGUGCCAAACAACGGAAGCCUCUUUUUCCCAUACACAUAUUAUCUCUGUAGAUCUGUAGUUGGCAGUGCUUUUCCAGUUAUGCUGUUGACAAAGCCUACCAGAAGGAAGGACUCAUUUGAGCAUAGUCAGCGUAAUGAGCAGGGGGGACACAGUACCCUGGGCUGUGGAGAAGGGCUGUAGCCCACUGGUAAGGCACCUGCUUUGAACAAAGCAGGCCCAGCUGAAUCCCUAGCAUCUCCAGGUAAGGCAGGGGGAGAUCCCAGUCUGAAAUCCUGGAGAACUACUGCCUGUCAAUGUAGCUGGACCCAUGGUAUAAGGCAGCUCCCCAUGUUCCUAUGGCAACAUUUCAGGCUUGGGGGAGGGAGACUGGGCUCUUUGGAAAUCAGGCAGGCACCUUCAAUGUACUCUUUUCGGUGCCUGCUAAAAGCAUGUUUGUUUAGGCAAGCCUAUCCAGACCAGUAGAAUGUCAACAAGGAUUUUAAUAUGGUCUUCAGCUUACCAUUUUAAAUAUCCCACCCCCUACAUUUCAAACAGAUGUUUUCAAAUGCUUUUUUACUGAUAAGUUUCAUUCUUUCCGAAAACCACUUUGAGGUUUUAUUGCAAUCAAGUGGUAUAUAAAUCUUGUGAAGCAAGCAUCCAGAGCAUCUCCAUGCAGCAAGAAUGGCAGUGAAGGAUCAGAGCGCUGCAGCUGGACAUGGAGCAAAGUAAUGCUAAAAAUCAUGUCUUGCUGUUCUUCCUGAUAACAUUCCUAGCAUGACUGUAAGAGCUGUUCGACAGUGGAAUGGACUCUGUUGAAAGGUGGUGGUCUGUCCUUGGAGGUUUUUAAGCAGAGGUUGGAUGGCCAUCUGCCAUGGAUACUUUACUUGAGAUUCCUGCAUUGCUGGGGGUUGGACUAGAUGAUCCUGUGAUUCUGAGUCUGUCUUAAGAUUCUUGGAAAACACACACACACACACACACACACUACAAAUUUUCUGUAUUCUCUCUAAUAACUACAACUUGUGCACCUUUGAUAACCAUAAAAUGCAGCAUACUAAUAAGGCAUUUAAAAUACAAAAGAAUGACUCAAAGCUAAUUACCCAUCAUGAUAAUCUAAACUGUAGUGUAAGAUCUUUGAAAUAUAUAUUUUACCCAUUAUAAGUAAGCAUAAGGGCCAUUCUUUUCGUGGUAAGAGGCAAUUGGCGGGCAGGGAGGAGCCACCAGCCUCAGUCACUUUCAGAGUAAGCAAAGGUGUGCUGGGGAAGCUCAAGCCUGUGAGAUGUGAUAUUAUACACGUGUGUGUGCGUGCGCGCGUGCAAAAGACACAGUUGUCUUCCAUUGAAUAAAACAGAACAAACCAUUGAAAAAUUCAGUGGAACUAGAAUCAGUCAGCUAAAACAGCUCUGGAAUUCCAUCUAAGAUGAAGGUCACAGUUGAUUAAGGAGAUCAUCUAAGAAAUUUCCAAGGAAGAUACAAGAGUUUAUCUUCACCUAGUGAAAUUUCCCAGGAGGGUUCUGAACAUCCUUAGACUGUCAUCAGAUUUCACUAUCACCUAAAAUGAAUUUCGAAGUGAAUUUGGAGAGUCAUCCUCGGGAGAAAUUUUUAAGGCAAGCCAGAAAUAGCAUAAUUUUGCAGUAGGUUUCUCCACACUGAUUGCUAUUGCAAAAGUAAAUGUAAACUGAAGCCACUUGGGGAAAUGUAAGUGUCGCUUUAAACCGAAAUAUGCUUCACAGCUGAUUUACUAUGGCCACAGGUGAUGGGAAUAAAUCAAUUUGUUUUAAUGUUACUAAAAAUGCAACAUUUCCCUCCUAAGUAAUAAUACAAACUUCUUGCAAAAUAAAAAACAUCCCUCCCCAACCCCGUUGCCUUUUUGUUAACUAGCUGCAAAGCUCGGACUUGGGUUCCCUUUACUGGCCACGUUGCAAUUCACAAGUGCCCUCUCCAAAACUCACCCAAAGAUUAAAGGUGUAUUUAACACAAGCCAACUAUGCUCAGUAACAAAAUACCUUAUUCUGGCCAUUAAAAGUCAUUAAAGAAGCAUCUUGAACUAGCUUUGAGUAACUCUCUUAGGCUGCAAUCCUAGACACAUUUACUCAAGAGUAAAUACCACUGCAAUUGAUGCUACUUACUACUGCAUACACAGGUUUCUCCGCCUUCUUUUAUAUCUGCACAACCUUGUGAGUUUGAUGAGGCUUACAGAUAGUGAUGGCCCCAGGAACACCAAAAUAGCUUCAUGGCUGAGUAGGGAUUUCAAUAUUUUUGCUCAAAAAUGGGAAGGAUGUUGGCGUUAUUAUUAAGUAUUAAUAAAUAACCACAACAAAUGUAUUCCGUGCUUGCUUUAUUUACCAUAAAUCUUGAAUUUAUCCCAAUCAUGAUCAUCUGAACAGAACUGCCAUAAAUCGUAAAUUACUUUUGAUCCCCUCCAUCUGAAAUGUCACACCUGGUCUUACACUGAAUGUAGCAUAGUCAGACCUACAACAACACAACUUGCUUACAAUGCAUGAAACUUGGGAUUAUUUUUAUGGUUUAGGGUAGGCGUUGGAGGAGAGCAGGGCUCUCGUGCCCUUACGAGAUAUGUGCCUUUUGCAGUAUGGAACCACAAUUUUAGGGAAUGCUCCACCUGUUGAUAUUCUGUCUGUUGGGCUUCUUAUUACUUGUGUGUGACCCCUGGUUUAUUUUUGAAUGUUCCACUGCCACCUGAGAAAGAAGGUACAGAUUUGCAUGUCCUCUUUGGCGAAUGCAGCAGAAGACCCAAUCUACAUACAGUAUACUGGGCCCAGUAAAGCCUUUUGGCACCCCUGCCCACACCUGGUAUCAGUGUAAUGUCAGGUCUAGGGCAGAUGCAUGUUGCUUUGCCAAAAUGGCCUUGUGGGCGAAAUGGGGAGGCCUAGCAGACUUAACAGUGGGCUCGAUAUUCCCCACGCUAGGUAUAAAAGAAUUUAGAAUUGACCAGCAUUUGGACAAUGCACUAAACGGAUGCCACAUGGAUGGGAUGCCAUGCACCAUCACUGCCAGUUGUGCACUAAAAUAUUAACGUGAACACAACAAAACCCUAGCCCUUUGUUCCUCCUAUUAUACACUGGGAACAUCUUGAAGUUAAUAUUCCUUUGGAGGCACAACCUUCUAAGCCAAAGAGAAAACACUGUAUUUUUAAAUUCAUGAACUUUCCUAAAGUAAUUGCCUAAAUGCACAUAAAUAACCAUUUAUAAAACAAACAAUAUGUGCCAAAACAAGGAAAUAUCCUGGAAUUAUGCUCGGGGGGCUGCCGGCUAUCAGCCAUAACAUCAAACCUCUCUCAUAAUCCUGUAAUAUAUUAUCGAUAUGUUCCAUUUUGUCGAAGCUAUCUUCAUAAUCAAGAUACUAUCACAGCCGCUGUGGGCAUUGGAACUAUUUUUAAUUUUAAUUUAAAGAGCAAUUAAAGAAAGACAAUGGAUACACAAGAUAAUAAAGUAAGUGAUUAGCGGCAUGCAAACGACACAGGCUUAAUGAUAAUACCUAGUCCUAUUCUCUAAAGGGCCUGUCGAGAGAACCCUCUUCUUACUCGGGGGUUGUUCAGCUAAUGUGCCUCAACCUACAAUUACAACAUUGCUGACACCAUUAACCACUGAAACAACAUCACUUCGUGAAACCCUUGUUGUCUCAUUAAAAUGUAAAGGGUCAGGUAAUUUGCCAGCUUUGUAGGUCUAGUUUUGUUGUUGAUAAUUAGCAAGCAUUACCCAGAAUAGGCUCCCACUGGGAACCAGUGAAACUUUGUGAAAUAUUAAAGGGGAAACUCUCUACAUUUUAUUGGAAACUGAAAAGAUUUGCAGCUGGCUGUGACAAUAGCUAGACAUCUGAAAAUAUGAUUUGGUACUGUGCUAAAGCCCAGCAUUAAUGAAAUGUGUGUCAAUUUUAGUUGUAUAAAGAUAAUGCUGAUGAAUCAGGUCUAAAUUUGACUUGUCUGCCUCAACACAGGCAGGUUAUAGAUCGACACCCCCCAAGAAUGACUUACUCAGAGGUUUCACUGUAUUGAACAGCAAAGUCUCCCCUAUAUUCACUUAGAAGUAAAUUCCAUCAGAUGCAGCACUCUUACUUCCAAGUCAAGGUAUUUAGUAGUGUUAGAUGGAGAGUUUAUGCCUCUGUGUGAUUUAGCUGCAUUUGUUAAAACAAGGAGAUUGAGAGAGAACGUCUUGGAAUUCCCGGUCCUCCUUUUAUUAUAACUUUCCUACCAUAAUUUUAAAACAGCUCCAAUAACAUUUACCAUCAGUUAAUAUGUUGUCUGGGAACUGAGCAGUGUCCUGUUCUUUAAAUGGAUCUUUUGGAACAUAAACCACAUUCCAAUAAAAAGUGAACAGAAAAUUAUGAAUUCAUUAAAACCACUUUGGUAUCUUUGGUACUACAUAUAAUAUUUAUAUUCCAAAUCCUGUAAAAAUAUGCUUUAAUAUCUUUAGGCAACUAUAAGGGCUUAAAUAUUUAUAAAAUGGCUAAAGAUAAAGCAUAGCCCUCUUAUUCCGACAUACAGAUGAUGUAAGGCAUGCAAUCAAAGACAAUAACACUUUCAACCCAUUUGUCAUCUUAAAGGAGCCUCUCGACUUCGGUUCCCUUGUGAGCCAUCUGCAUGAGAAUUGUUGCCUGCACAGGGCACUCCAGAGGAGUUUGCUCCUUAAAAACUACCAAGAGUGCUAUACUUCACAUAAAACAGGGUUUUCGGAAAACGGAGACAAAACUAUAAAUUUGCAGGCAAAACAGCUCCGGGAGGGGCUUCAAAAUACUGCUGUAUUUAUCUCUGGGACAUCUGGGAAACAGGAAGCAUUUUGAUUUAAUAUUUCAUAACACACAGGCAAUUGCUUCCUUGCCUGGUAUAUAAUUAAUGCUCAUAAAGAGAGGGUGUGUGUGCGUGCGUGUGUGUGUGUGUGUGUGUAAAUUUUAUUUCUCAGUAUCAGGUUAUAUAUAUAUAUAUAUAUAUAUAUGCACACACCUGCAUAUUAAAAGGUUUUGCUUUCCUUUUGAGAUACAGAACAACAAAUAAUAAUACAAAGGAGCCAUCAUUUGUUUCUCUGCUACUGUUAUUUAUGUUUGCAGUUAAUGUAUACCACCAUAUGCUUAGCAGUAGAUUAUAUCCCUCCUUUACCCAUUUUCAGCUCGUUCAUUUGGCCAGAGCUGGCUUGACUUUAAUUAGGAGCAGAGAGGCUGUGGUGGCAGGUGAGAAAGGCGUCUCUAACUGAACCAGCUAUUUUCAUAAAAGCCCAUCUGUUUUCAGGACCCUUGGUUCUCUUCUCCACACAACUAAAGCAGUGCAGAAACCGUGUGGCCACCCUGUUAGCUGAGGAGCCAGCCUCAGGCAAGCACAUUCCCUUCCCUCCGACAUUUGUGUUUCUCUUCACACAGGGUACGAAACUCACUUCAUACUGCCAUUUUAGAUUCUUGGUUAACAGAAACUCGGCUUAACGUAAAUGCUGGCUAAAGACCAAUCCACUGUUAAAUGGGGAAGGUGGAUUCCCCAGGAGUCUGGUGGUUGGCUCCCAGUCUGGAAGCUAGCAUAAAGUGGCCCAUUCUGCCAUGUUGGGAGCAGCUCUCCCCUCUAUCUUCUUUUUCAAAAGCUAGGCCUUAAAGAAAGGCAUCUCGGCACUAUGUCCCCCCCCCCUCCCGGCUACUUUUGCCGAAGUUAACUCUGCCUUGUUACUGCUUACAAGGCUUUCCCUAGCUUCAUGUUCAAUUCUGUGUUGUAAGCUAACAGAGGCAUGGCUAAUUCACUUGUGUUUGGCACACCACUUAUCAUGCAUUUAUGCCAAGAGUUCUGCAGUAACUGAGGUAGUGAUGCCAUGAGGUCAAAUAAUCUAUUAAAAAAACCCCAACACCUUCCACUGCCCACAAACCAUACCUUUAGAGCACAUUUAAAGCACAUCCCCCACCAAAGAAUAUAGGGAACAUUAGUUUACCCCUCACAAAGCUGCAAUUCCCAGCACCUUUCUACAACAGCACCUAGGAUUGGGAGGGGUGUGUAUGAUAUGCUAUGGAAAUGAUGUCAGGGUUGCUGUGUUAUCUGUUUAAACUGGUAUAAUUUUAUUGUCAACUUCACUGCUGGGACUGCAUAGGAUCUCAAUUACAUUAUGCCAAUAUUACACUGCUGGUGCUAGAGUCACUCCUGCAUAGGUUUGUCUAACCCCAAACUCAUUUUCUAUUUUUCUCUAUUUAUUUACUUUUACACCAUCUUGUCACAGGUCCCAUUACAAAAAUUGAAAAUGGACGUCGCAACAAGAUCACUUAUGUGGCUAAAAUACAGUUCCCAGGAGAAACUCCCAUAAGUUGAAGUCAUUCAGAAAACUGUUCUUUGAACAUUGGAAAGCUGAAAUACACCUGAACUGUUACGUUGCAAUCUGUCUUAUAAUGCCUUUGGAAAAAAUGUUACUGCUCAGUCUCUUUCUCCUCUCGCUCAGCUUCAGAACUGUUCAAAGCCAUAAGGUGUUUUUAUUGUCUGAGAAUCAGUUUUUAAUGACAUGCAUUGUUCUUAUUAUGCAGUAUUCAAAAUCACAGCUUAAAUCAUUAGAUGAUAAAAUAAAAUUAUUGGACUGAAUAUUCAGAGUUACGACUCAGAGUCAAAUCCACUACAUAAAGGCAAUUAUUAUACUUAACUAUUUAGGAAUUUAUACAUAUAAAUUUAUACUUAUUUAUACAUAUAAAUUCCUAAACAGUUAAGUAUAAUAAUUGCCUUUAUGCGUUUGGCAAGGAAGCUACCAUGCACUUUCUAUUUCAACUGAGGUGUGUAUGUGAUGUUUUGGAUUUGGUUCAUUGCAGCAAGUAUCAGCAGGUUUGAGGAGCAGCAAAGACACAUAAGAAAUUUAAAGAGGGAAUCCUAAAAAAAGAAAAGUGGUAAGCACUAUAUUUUUGACGACAUUAUUCUGCAGUGCAUACAAUAUACUUCAAACUUUCAUUUUCCUAAUAUUGCAGCAUCUGAUAAACAAGAAAUUUUAUCAUAUAUUGAUAACCCCUUUCCCUAAAAAUUCUUGACCAUGCAGGCAUGGCCAGCACCGACUGAGAGCGAUGUAUCAAAUGAUACUUGCACAUAUGAAUGGGCCAACAUAGUUACAGUAUAGAUGGAAUGCGUAUGUCCCUUCAAACUCAGUUAUCUUCACAAAGAGUCAGUUCACACAUGCUGUUGCCGGCAAUUAAGUAUACAGGAAUCAACUAAGGGACGAGUGUGAAUCAGGCCUAAGCCUCCCUUUGGCUGUGAAAAUUUAGAGCAGAGUAAAAGGCCUGGCCUUGCCCACUUAAGAAAUGGCACCUCAAGGAUGCUGAUUCUGUGAAAAGGACUCACACACUCGCAUGCAGUUUGAACCAACAUAAACUUCCAUUGUGGACAAAUGUUUGCAGUUGGG